AUGCUGGUGGAUAGCUCAAGCUUCUUUAACAUUAGCUGUUUAGCUGUUACCCCUGAGGCCUUGGUAACUCGGAAAGUGCCAAAGUCACUCCUCCCAGCUAACAGGCACCGUGGUGUGCCCCAUCAUUACUGCACCUUGUGGAUGGUACGUUCCUUGAUUAAGAGACGCAAGGGCCUCCGCCAGUCCAUGGUUGCUCUAGACAAAUCAGGACAGAAGGUCAGAGAGUGUUCCUCAAAGCGGAAUGGUCAUUUAUUGCGGACCACCACCAUGAAAACCAAUCUAUCCUGACUCUGUUAAAAUCAGAUAAUGAUGUCCCUGCUUACCUCUGGGUUUCCAGUGGCUGGUUUAGGGAUUCGGUACCAUCCAUACAGUAGCAUGGCUUUGGCGUGUUUGAUAGAGAAGCAGUUGGGAAGUAGCCUGUGAAGUAGAUAAGGAAUCUUUGCAGUCUCUAUAUUUUUAGUAGUCUACACAUUUUUAUAUUCUUCCAGCACCUCCUGUCUUCCAUGACUGCCGUGGGACUCAUGGGCAGCAGUAUUUAACUCCAUGUUAUGGAGGCUUGCUGAUACCCAGCUGAUCUCCUCCUAACACUGGCCUAUGACAUCAUUUUGUUUCACUGGCUUCUUAUAAUUGUAUAAACUAAUAAUAUGUAACUUGAAUAAAGUGAUAAGUGUACUGAUCCUCUUUGACCACUAGUCUAGGUGGCAGUUUCAUAAAGCUUCUGUGGAUUGUCUUAUUUCUAUUGGCAAAACAAAGUAUGUGUGUGCACAUAUAGAGGUGUUUCUUUUUUGUUUAUUUGGUUUGCUUUGGUUUUUAAAUAGAAUUGAUUUUCAAUUGUGAUAGACCGCUAUAUGUGGCCAAUGCUGCAAUAUUUCACCAGUCUCAUUACCAUACUUAAUUUCAGGAUCCCUCCCUAUCUAUUAUAAGCCUAAAAUAUAAAAACAGGAAAGAAAAUAAAAGUUUUUGUAUGCCAAAAAUGCUAAGGAAUGGUUUCUGUUUGUAAGUGCAUACAAGACAAAUAAAAUAAGCGUAACUAGGUUCAACAAAAGCCAACUAGACACAAAGAGAAAACAUUGCAUCAAAAGAAAAUUAUGGACAAAUGUAGUGACAUCAUCUCUGCACUUCCACGUCAAACUCCUCUCACUAUAGAAGGAACUAGAGCCCACUAAUAUUGCAUCUAACUCAGAGGGUUUCUCUGGCAUCAGCAAAAAGCAGAAGCUGAGAAUGCAAAAUGCUGCAAAUAUGGAUUCCUUGUUACAGGCUUCUCCUCUAGAAAGUGCAAACUUGAUAAUAACAUUAGAUCACAAAUUGACAGACUGGUGGGAGCCAAAAGCACUGCCCGGUACGUUUUGUCCAAAUACAGACCCUGCAGGGUCUCCCACAAUCACCUUCACUCCACCAUGAUUACUUACUUAUCUAGUGUGUUUCAUACAGUAUCUGAUAUAUCCAGAGCCAUGGUCACCUAGGCUGUCUGUGCUUGUGAUACAUUGAGACUUCUUAUUAGCUAAUGUCCUAUUGCUGUUAGACAUGGCAAGCUUGUUCAUGCCAAAGGUAACGUCAAAAUAUCCCUUUCUUGUUGUCUUUUAAAUUAUCACUUUAUUCUUGCAAAGCUCUGAGUAUCCUGGUAGGGACACUUGUCAAGUAGGCCUAGUGACAUCGCCCCACUAUAAUAAAUCUACAUACGGUUCAUUUAAAAUUGCUACUGUUGCAAAGUGGUCACUACGAAUGUUCUGUCGCCACCAUGUUAUUGCAGAUAAUGGCAGCCAGAGAAAAAAUGAGGCAUUGCUUUGGGCAAGAUAGAAAACACACACAGAAUGCUCGGAUUGUUCCUCUUUAAAAGGAGGGAGGAAACUACCAAGCUAGCUGGUAAAAAUAUAAAUUAUAGGUACACAUUGAUAUUAUGCCUGAUAAAUCUUAGAAUCUAGAGCCCAAAAGACAGGAAAAAAUGGGGAAUAGGAACAAUUUGCAGAGCAAAGCUAGAUAUAGUUGAUACAGUACGUAAAAAGUAUCUCUAGAUCCACUGAGAAAAGUAACAACUUUAUUAACCUAUUUAAGAGGAAGAGAUACAAAAACAACUGUGUGUCAACAGUAAAAAUCUCUGAUUCCUAUAAUUACCUAUCAUAUCUAAUCUUGGUGCAUGAACAAAUCCAUUGUUCAGAAUGCUAUAGGUAAAGAUCCCCUAAACAGUGCAAUCCCUCCAGGUGUCUCUGUGAGAUAAUCGGUAGGGAAAUAUAACCCCCAAAAUUUGCACAGUAUGGAAUCUAGAGGGAUAUUAGACCAAAUGCUCAUAUGAAGAAGGAAUAGGCAGAGAUAGAAAAUGUCUAAAAAACGGAGAAAGGCAACAAAAUCAGGAUAUAUAAUAAAAUCCAAGUCUGAUAUAGCGAAAAAAACUGUCUCCGUUCUAUUGCUAUUUCCCUCACUUCUGCUAAUAAACACCUUCGUGGGUGUUCUAAGCUAGGUAAUUAAACUAAACACUGUUAUCCUGUCAGGUAGAAUUGAACUCUAAAGAAAAAUGAGAGAGUUGCGAUUAACGAAAAAUAAUAGUAAUCAUAAUCAAAAUGGUGAAAAAAGAAUUGCUUUGGGCAAAGCUACAACUGCUGUAGAUGUCAAGACCAAAAAAAAUUUGGUAAAUGUUUUGAAUAGGGUACUUUUUUCGACUGACCCUUUACUUAUCUGUUGUGGACACCAAAUAAAAGGAACUCAAAUUGGAGGAGUGUUGGAAUUUUUAAUUUGGCUAUUUAGCUAGUUUGGGCACCACUACCACUAUGGUUUGAGACAUCCUCUGGUAAAGUGUUUCCAUUUGCCUGUUGUUUAGUCCACAAUUACUAUUCUUGGCACCUAUUUAAAGCCAAUAUUGUGCUGCUUUUUUUUUUUUAAAUCUGAGACAAGUGCAGCUCUCUUCUUAUCAUGAACACUGUUGCACACAGCACCUUUAUCUAGCUCAUUACACUACUCUUCCGAGUAUGUAUUUCUAAUCUAGAAUCCAAUUUCCUUAUGCAAAAAAAGUUUUUCCCAGUAAUGAAGCAGAAAACUUAAUGUCAUUAAAACCAACAACGGCUUUCAAUUGAUUUAAUGAAGUAUUUCCAUUCCACUCGGGUAUAAAUUGACAUUUCUAUUUAAUGUACUAUACUGUGUUUAACUUACAGAAGUGUAGAGGACAAGUCAGUGAUUCAUUGUACUUGGCACAUUAAUGAAAUACUAUUUGUGUUAGCAAUGUCAUAAUUAAGGGCAUCCACCGUAUAGAGAGGCGAUUAGAAGGGCUGGUCUAAAUACAUGCUAGUUUUACCCUAGAAAUAUUAAUGACUUCAUUUGCCAUCCCAGCUGGAUCGCAUCACACUGUCUAAAGAACAUAUGUAUCAAAAAUUAAACUCUUUUAGAGUCUGUAUCUUGACAUAACAAUUCAGGAACAAAUCACAUAUAGAUGGUGGAGGUUACUGCAUCUGCUUUUAAGAGUGGUCAAUGGACAUGCCCAUAGAGAUGGAUGGGGGUUAUGCAUUAAGUGUAGACUGUUGAAAAGUGGUGCAAAAAGUGGGGCAGUCACAAUGGAAAUCAGAGGAAUUGGAAGGUACAUUCCAUUGGCGACUCCACCCAUUUAAUAUAUUUGCACCCACUUUCAGACAUUUUUUAUACAUAACUCCCUAUGUUGGAGUUCUGUGUUUAUUAAUCAUGUACAUCAAUGCUUACUUAAAAUAGUAGAAUUUUUCAUGGUACAAAUAUCGCAACUCUAAACUGUAAUACUUAACAUUGCUGUGUCAAAAUAUAUGCAAUUGUGAUUUUAAAAAAAUAGUAUGGUGGCGGGGUCUGACAGCCAAGAUGGCCAGACAUGUAUUUUAAGAGCUCCAGCUCCAAUGAGCUUAAAAUUGCCUUUUACAGCCUGAAAUUGUGCUACCAACACUCAGAAGUAACGUUGGCUUAAAGCUGAGAUGAGCAGCAACAAAAAGAAAUGCAAACCGCUUAUUUCUAACAAAAUUGCAACGGUCUGGCUAUGAGGCCUAGCAUGGAAGGCGGCCUGGCAGCUGGGGGAGGCAGACGAUCCCCUGACACGAGGUCUGCCAGGGAUGACUACACUUCUAAAGCCCUGCAAUGUAGUCCCCCCCGCCCCUCCCGUUUGAACCAGUGGGGGACAUCCCGGUCCCUGCUGGUAAAAAAUACUUACCUUCGAUGAGUCCAAGAUGGCCCCCAUGAUGCAACCUCCAGAGCCUCCAGAGUACCCUGAGGUCCUGCAGUGGAGACAGCACUUUGAGGCCAAAUUCAAGCAAAUUUACCACAAAUUUUGGAGGUGCAUACAAGCCAGGCCACAAGAUCUGGAUUUGCCUGCAAAACUGGAGAACAAGGAGGGGAUAAUGACUCCCAGCACCAGCUCUGAGCAGUGGACUCACCCCGAGGUACAUCAGCCUUACCGCCCAGGCUACCGUAUGCUUAUGUCCAUUUAUAAUGGUCGAGCCAAGGACCCUCGGAGACAACCUCGCCCAAACAAGCGACCUCCAUGGCUUCCCAGAGGCUCACAGCGGAGAAGACGGAGUGAGAAACCACUCCAGCGGGUGACUGUUCUAUACAGCUCUGAUUCCCGGGACAGUCAAUACCCACCUCGCCUGUCAUCCUGUCCAGUGCACAGCAGCCCCAACUCUGCGAUCGAUGCAUCACGCCGCUGGACAUACAUUACCGAGGGGCAACAACAAAAGGCCGCGACUGGCAUCUUGGGAAGUGCAUUGCCGGACAGGCUGAAGAAUGGCAUCAGGUGGAAGAGCCGUCUAGGGGUGUCUGACGGCGUUGGUUGCUGGGACUCACCUCCACACGGUAUCGCCUGAGGUUCCUACAAGCAAUAUCUGCAGUCUAGUGUUUUUUUAGCCUAAAUUGUUAUACUAGCUUGAUUAAAUAUGCUCUACUAAAUGCCUGCAAAUGUAAAUCUAGCUUAGCCAGCGGUAUCUGCUCAUAGAAACCCACAUUAGUUCUGUUUUACCAUAAUACUUAUCACAGGCAGUGCAGUUUACUCUAAGUGCAUAUAAUUGCCUCUUAUGUCUUUGUUUUAUUUUUCUUGCUCCACAAAAAUGCACUAUACUUGUCUCUGUUAUUAUAUAAAAGGUGCAGUAUUUUCAACAUUUUCAGCAAUAGGCUGUAAGAACCCAUAACGUGUAUAUUCUGGCUGAAAUGUCUUGAAAUGCUUGUACUUCCCUAUUUGCACCAAAAAAAUUAAGAAUGUAAAAAAACAAACAAAAAAAGAACAGUAUGUGUAUCUUAUUGUCACCAUUGCACUAAAUAUGUGGGGGGGGAGGGGGCGGUAGGUUGUGUGUUUAACGGGCAAAUAAAUAUGGCAGAAUGAAAAAUGUGACCCUUAAUGUGCAGUUAAUAUUUUUUUUCUUGUUGUUGGUUAGUAUAUAUGUCCCUAAAUGCAGAGAGGUAUUCAUUUAGUUUCCAUAGUGAUUCAUACUGGUUUAGAACUUUACCCAAUAAUUGCACCUGUUUUUCUUUGAUAAACACGGCCUUUGAUGCUUGAGUUGUCAUCACACUGUUUUUCUAACAUCAUUCAUUACAGCUUGAUCUAUAAAAUAUAAAAAAAAUCUGAUUAAAUUAAUGUGGGUUUGUAAAUAUAGCAUAAAUAUUACUGUGAUAGAUUUGUGUGUAUGUAAACAUGCGAACACUUAAAAAUUAUAAACACAGUUAUUAACUAAAGUGAGAAUUGUUGGGAAUUCAAGGUGAUUUCAAAAUUAAUUUCAAAUUAGGAUAAAAUAACCAACUUCUCCAAGUUUGGCUAGUUUAGUAUAAAAUUUGAAAUUCACUGAAAGAGUAAAUAAAAAUACAUUUUAUAAUAUAUGGGAUCUUGAUAAGUAUAUAGAUUUCCAACCAGUUCUUUUUUAUUACUGAAUUACUAAUAUUAAAUUCUGUGUGAUGACAUGUGCAAGCACUAACAAUCAAUCCACUUACUGCUAACCAUAUGCUAGUAAGGCUUUAAGUUGUUUUCAAUUCCAAACUGUUUUUUUACAAAAUGUGUUUUUACUUAUAUGUAUUAACUAUAUGUGCAAAUAAUGUUACAGCCCUCUGGGAAAUGUGUCCUGGAGGCAGAGUAUCCAGAUUUACCUGUAAAGUGGCAAGGCUCAUUUUACAAUACUCAUUUACCAUUUGAGUUGGUUUCAAUGUUUGUAAUAGUUUGCGUUUUUCCUGCAUUUCCUGGGACACAGGUAACCCAGGUUGAAAUUAAUUACUGGCCACUUAUACAGUGUAGAGAUAUAAACUGAUAGAUACAAUGAUCUAUAAACACUGCAUGUCCUCAAAAAUUGUUUGAUUGUUGAACAGAUACUUCAAACAAAACUACAAAACACCUGUCCUAAUAAAAGAUACAUGUGUUAAUAUAAAUAGAUACAUACCCGAUUCCUUGCUAACAUCAAAGGCGCAUAUCUCUUAAAGGUUUAUUUACUAAACCCUGAAUUAUUUUGUAUUUAAAACCUAAUUACAAAAUUUAAGUCAAUACAGCCAAGCUAGGAAAAGGCUGAAUUUGAAAUAUUUUUUAUCCUAUACAGUAAUGUAUGUGUUGUAAAGUAUUUCAUUUAUUUAGCCUUUCUUACUUUCAAUGCUUUCUUCCAACUGCUGUCCCAUCCACCAUUUACUCCAGCCUGUUUGUGAAUGUAUUACCUUUUAUAACGGGGGUUCUCAACCCAGUCCUCAAGGACCCCCGAACUGUCCAGAAUUUAGGGAUUACCCUGCUGUGUCUAAUGUGUUUUUAGGGGGGGGAUGGACAAACACUUUAGACACAACAGGGUAAUUCCUAAAUCCUGGACUGGUAGGGGGUCCUUGAGGACUGGGUUGAGAACCCCUGUUUUAUAACCAUGCACAAGCGCUGUGCAAAAUAUUCCUAAUGCAGGGCUCAGUCAUUCAUAUUGUCCACAUUUAAAUCCCUGAGUCAUUAAAAUGUGCACAGAAUAACAACUAACAAAAUAGAUUGCAUUUAAUUAAUUAUUCAAGCUAUUCUGAAGAGUAGGGUUGUAAGGAACUUCUUAAAUGACUGCAGACUGGGGGAUAGUCUAAUGGGAGUAGGUAGGUUGCUCUACAGGAGUCCUGUAAGUGCAAGUUAGCAGUAUGGGUACAAGCAGCAGACAGGAGGAUGUCACUGGCAAAGUGUAGAUUAUUAAAUAAAUUCAAUUAAUCUGAAUUUAAUUUUUUAUUGAAUUUUUUUUCAUAAUAAGUAAAAUUUGGAAAAACAUAUAUUUUAUAACCCCUCACGCAUUGCUGGGGAAUUUGAAUUUGCAGUGAAUUUGGAGGGACUUGAUCAUUUGCCCUCCUUUCCUCCCAUUAUUAAAAAGGAGAAGGCUACAUUGAAAAUUUAAAUAUCCAAGAGCCUUCUACUCAUCCAUCUCCAAUCCCCUUUGCUUUGGGAUAGAUAAUUAUUGAUUUAAUAUUGGGGUGAAUGGCAUGUUUCAGCCUAUAACCCUUCCACUAAUAAAAUGAGCAAAACAGAGUUGGGUAAUGAGAUAUAGUAUAUGAAAAGAUGCACAAGGCAUUAAUAAUAAUUUAACCAAGAAUGAAAUAAAUAAAUAAAUAAAUAAUAUAAUAGAUGUAAGUUUGUUUUAAUUAAAAUUAAAGGACGACUAUAGUGCCAGGAAAACAUACUCUAUAGGUGCCCCCACCCUCAGUGUCCUACUCCCGCCGGGCUGGAUGGAGAGGAAGGGGUUAAACACUUACCUUUCUCCAACGUCGGGCUCCCUCGGUGCUGAAGACUCUCCUCCUCCUUUCCCCGUCAUCGGCUGAAUGCGCAUGCGGCAAGAGCCGCACGCGCAUUCAGUCAGUCCAUAGGAAAGCAUUCUGAAUGCUUUCCUAUGGACGCUGGCGUGCUCUCACUGUGAAAAUCACAGUGAGAAGCGCAGAAGCGCCUCUAGCGGCUGUCAAUGAGACAGCCACUAGAGGCUGGAUUAACCCUAAAGUAAACAUAGCAGUUUCUCUUAUUGUAGUAUGCUUUGAUUUGUUUACUUUUUGUGUGAACACAAUAUUAUAUCAAAGGAUAAUUAUGUUAUUAUGUGUAUUUUAAAUUGUUUCAUUAUUAUGUAUCUGUUAGAGAACUCAAAGCCUUCUUUUUAUUCUUUUUACAAUACCUCCAUGCCCUGUCAUAGUACAGAGUCCAUUUUUCCUGAAGACAGGAAAUAGUGAAAAAACCCUGACUGGUUAUCUCAUGGUAUAGUGUCCCAUAGUAUCAGGACAUAUAUGCUAUACCAUACUGUAGACAAUUGCUUCUGACUUGUUCGAUCAAAUCCUAAAGUUGUUUAAAAAUCCACUGCAGAGUGUAUAAAAACUGCAAAUAAGAAAUUACUUGAUUAUAACAGAAUGCAUAUAUACUCUUCAGUGAUUUAUGAUCUCACAUGUUUAAUAUUUUAUUUCGAAAAAUGGAAUGUGACGUCUGAUAAGAAGCAUUCAGCCCAACUAGACUACCCAAUUUUCUAAAUACUUUCAUUAGUCCCUGGCCUUAUCUUAUAUCUAGGAUAGCCUUAUGCCUAUCCCAUGCAUGCUUAAACUCCUUCCCUGUGUUAACCUCUACCACUUCAGCUGGAAGGCUAUUCCAUGCAUCCACUACCCUCUCAGUAAAGUCAUACUUCCUGAUAUUAUUUUUAAACAUUUGCCCCUCUAAUUUAAGACUAUGUCCUCUUGUUGUAGUAGUUUUUCUUCUUUUAAAUAUACUGUCCUCCUUUACUGUGUUGAUUCCCUUUAUGUAUUUAAAUGUUUCUCCAAGCUAUACAUGUUAAGAUCCUUUAACCUUUCCUGAUAUGUUUUACCCUGUAAUCCAUGUUUUGUAGCCUUUCUCUAAACUUUCUCUUAAGUAUCAUUAUCCUUCUGGAGAUACGGUCUCCAGUACUGCGUACAAUACUCCAAGUGAGGUCUCACCAGUGUUCUGUACAAUGGCAUGAGCACUUCCCUCUUUCUACUGCUAAUACCUCUCCCUAUACAACCAAGCAUUCUGCUAGCAUGUCCUGCUGCUCUAUUACAUUGUCUGCCUACCUUUAAGUCAUCUGAAAUAAUUUCUCCUAAAUCCCUUUCCUCAGAUGUUGAGGAUAGGACUUGUCAAAUAUUCUAUACUCUGCCUCUGGGUUUUUGCAUUAUCUUCGACUUAUACACUUAUAUGUCAGUUGCCACAGCUCUGACCAUUUUUCUAUUUUACCUAAAUCAUUUGAUAUUUGAACUCUUUGAAUCAUCAGAAUUUAACUAGUAUAUUUUACCUUAGCGUCAUGAUACUCAGUGGAAAAGGGGGCUAUGUCAUUAAUUUGUCUGUGUAUAUAUACAGCCUUAACAACGUCUGAUCUUUUUGGUAAAUGUCAAACAAAUCUGGCAGUUAACGAGAGUUUGAUGGACUCUCUGAGAAAGUACAUGAAAAAACUUCCCUUUGACUUAACUUCACUAAGGUAUACAGUGUACACUAUGCUAAGCUUAGUAUAGAUAAACACAGCAUCGCAGAACUUAAUUUCCUGUGAAUUAUACUAAUCCUAGUGUAAUUUACAAGGUUAUAUGUGUAUGCCUUACAUUUGACUAUAGGUUUCAAGUACAAUAAUAGUCAAGCUUGUUAAAAAAAAAUACUUUAAGGGAGAAAUUAAAACUGCUUAUCAGUUACAUUUGGUUGUCUAUACUUUCAUGAGAGAGUUCCAUUUUUCAAGGACAGAUCCAAGCCAAUUCUGCCAUUUAGCAAUCAGGAAUCUGGAGAGAUACAUAUUUGUCGUAUGAGAGAAUAUUGCUAUUUUAGUAUCUGUUUUAUUAAGCACAACAUUAAUUUAUAGAUUUAAGCAAUUGCUCAUCACAUUUGCCCCAAAACAAGGGAGACUACUGGUCUUUUAAAUGUUUCUUAACCUCCUUCAAGAUAAAUGAUCUACUGUUAUGUCAUGGGUAACCUUACUGUAAAGAUAUAAAGUUAUCUGUGUGUGUCAUAAUAAUCGGGAGUAGAGGGAAAGCUUGUUGGUAAGUAUAUUUACUAAUCCAAGCCAACAACAGUGUCUUCCACCAAGAAAUGUUAUAUAUGACAUCAGUUUUAAUUAUUUGAUCAACAUGCUGUAAAUUUAUCAAGAAUGGCACUACAGCAGUACUGAUAAUGAAUUUUGUUUUUCAUUAAGAUUUUUUAAAUAUAAAUUUAUGGGUUUUUUUGUUUGUUUUUUUUUACUAAUUUUAGGAUUAGAAUUGGACAAAUCAAGGGAAUUACUAGAUUAGGAAUACAAUAAAUAAACAGAAAAAUACCUUAAAAAUACAGUAUGUUAAUGAAUUAGUAACUAAGGCAUCAAUUUAAUAUUUUUGAAUACCCUUUUUUCAAAUGAUGUAACAUUUUGUGGAUAUACUUUAAAUCAUUAAAUAUUUUGUUUAAAAAAUGUUUUAUAUUUUGAUAUUUUUUGAUAUAUUGAUAUAAUUUUAUAUUCAAACUUUAGCCAAAAAUAUUAAAUCACAAAUGUAUCCAAAUAUAUUAAAUGGAGGCCUAAGUAUAAAUAUAUAAUAUAGUAAGUUCAUUUUAUAAUUAUCAAGAUUUUCUGUAGAUAUGGAUGUACUUGACGAGGAGGCAUAUGUUCCAAUAUGAAAGGGGUAUAGUGCCUUAUGUGGAAUACCCUGGAGCAUCCACUUUUCAAAGUACAUACAUUUAUUGGGGUCAUUUCACAAGAAGAACUAUAGUGCUCAAAAAAGACAAAGUUUAGAAAUGGAAAUUUCUCAGAUUAGGUUAUAAAGAUUAUAUAUGGGGUAAUGCUAUAUUGUUUAUAUGUAGUGAAAUUAAAUUGAGUAUUUUCCUAUAUUAGCUGUGAAUAAAAUCCAGAAGAAAAACUGAAUGCAAGAAAACUGCUGAAACUCCUUGCCAGUCGGUAUCUACGAUAAUUAAACGUAUACUUUUGAUAGGUUAAGUUUAAGUGGUGCGCUGCUAAACUAUCUAUAUAAAACAAGAAUAGUCAACCUGGUCCCUACCACCCACUAGUGGGCGGUUUGGGAUUUCAGGUGGGCAAUGGUGGGUUCUACAGAAAACGCCCAGUGGGCCUCGAUGGCCGUGAACCAAGGCCGGGAGGGGAGAUCCUUUCAUCUCCCCUGCCGGUCCAUGCAGAGCCAGCUUUGCUGUAAGCCCUUUCACACCCACACAGCACCCUUCACACACACAUUGCAUCCUUCACACACACACUGCCCUCUUCACAUACAUACAGCACCCCUCUCAAACACUGCAGCUUACAGACACACACAGUACACCACACACACAGCUCGAAAAAAAGGUAGGAUAGAAAAUAGAAAAAAUAUAAGAUACAUUUAAAUACAUAUUUAAAAAAAACUCCUCAUAUUUAAAAAAAAAACUCCUCAUAUUUAAAAAAAAAACUCCUUUCUAAAAAAAAAUAGAAAAAAGAAAAACUUGCACUUGUGCUAUAAAAUUAAUUACUGCUGCACUGGUGGGCGAUAAGGUAAUAAAAAGUUGACUACCCUUGAUCUAAAGACUAAGGUAUUAAAUUGUGGAGUUUGUAAAGCACAUGUAGUAAAUGUUCCCAUAAUUAAAGCCACACAAAUAGAUGGGUCAAAUUCAUACCCUGAAACAUAGCCUGGAGUAAUUUGUGUGAAAAUGAAGAAAAACUAGUACCAGAAUUAGUGUCAAAAGUUAACAGCAGUGAAAAGUCAGUGAGAGAUGUCCAUGGCUGACUCAUUUGAAACUGUAAAAUUUCAGGAAAUAUUUGAAUAAAAGAUGGUGUGUUUCAGAGUGACAAAUAGGCCAGGUUAAUCAAAUGGUCAAAAUGUGAUACACGAAACAGAAGCAAAAAUGAAACAUAUUAUUUUUAUUCACACGUUAAUAAUCCUUAUUUUGAUCUUGGCAGACCCAUUUGUGCAAAACUGUUACAACUGUACAGGAAAUGUAUCCGUGUCUUGUGAAAUGUGGUGCACAGAUGAAAAAGGGCAGAAGUCACAAAUCGAAUGUGCCUGAUGGUUUCCAUGGCGAUUGCCAUACCUUUACUAUUUUUCACCAUAUUUCAUAGUUGUUUUGUUUUUAAUUGUAGCAGUAUUAUAUAACAGGCCUUCUGAAACUCACUGAAAAUAAUGCAAUAAAUAUUAGCUCUAAUAGAGAAGAGAUUGGUGUUAGAAUGUCUACAUUAAAAAAAACAGGAAAUUCCCCAUAUGAGAGACUGUGUGUGAUCAAAUCAGGGGAGGAAUGGGAGGCCUGCAAUUGGCUGCAGGAAUAGAAAUAAUUUUGGGCUGCUAUACUAAAAUAUAUAAUACAACCUUAGUCUUUCAUUGUAAUGAUUUAGUUAUUCCAGCAUCAGUAUAAACAGUUAAUAUAAAAUAAGGGAGAGGCGUGUGUUGUUUUUCUCUCAAAUUGGGCUAUUGUUUAGUAAUUGUCCCCCAGACCAAAACGGGUUUCCCACUUCUGGUAAAAAUGGAGAGUUUAGUGCACCAUAGCUCAUAGCUGCACACAGGUACAGAGGUUCCUGCUUUUUCAAGCUUACCGGUUAACAGCAGAUGGGUGUAAGAUACUGUAGGUGAGGGAGUUCAGCAAGUCGGGGGGUGCAACAUUGACGCAGAAAUCAAACUUUCAAAAUGAAUUCAUUCAACUUUUAAUAUUAAAAUACACAUUUUCUGAAUAGUCAAUGUGUAAUAAAAAUAGUACCAUAAAGAAAUCCAUAUCUGCUCUGAAAAAAGAAAAUAAAUAAAACAGAACAUAUAUGUGUAUAUAUGUGGGUUCACUGUAGUUGAAUAAAAACAAAAAUGGCAAUAUUGUUUGCCUUUUUCCUAAAUUUAACAACGAUAAUAAAAUAUUUUGAUGUUUGCUUUUUUUUACUGGUGUCAUAAUAUUUAUCAGAUGUACAUAAUAAAUGUAGACAGGUACUUAGGUAUAUGUAACAUUACAUGUAUAAAUACCUACUGUUCCUUUUUUAAUACCAGGAUGCACACUGCUCAUUGUUUUCUUGCUGGGGACACCUCCUACCUUUCUCCUCCUUUCCGAAAUAUAAAAACAGGUUAAAAGCAAGCAACAGGUAACAGUGGACAAACUGACCCUGGAGGCAGCAAGUUGCAGAAGCAGAACAGGUAUGGAAAACACUGGAAAUGAUGCAGUAUAUACAACUAUGAAGGAGUUUUAAUUUGUUGAUUUGUUAAGAAUCUGCCAAUAACAGUUUAACCCCUUAAGGACACAUGACAUGUGUGACAUGUCAUGAUUCCCUUUUAUUCCAGAAGUUUGGUCCUUAAGGGGUUAAACUUUUAACUAAAAAUGGUUUUACCAGAUUUUGGAAAACCACAUACAUUUUCUUUGUUUACUUAAAAUAAUUCAUUCACUAGUUCAAAAUCUUUGAAAAUAUAAAUACAACUUAAAUAAAUGCUAAUCCAGUUUUUAAAUAAUUUUUUACUUAUUUAUUGUAAUUUUCAUUUCCUUAUAGUGACCCUUUAAAAUCUAGCACUUUUAAAGCAAACCUGAAAAUAUGAACUAGGUAUGCCAUUUGAUAACACGGAGUGCUAUAGUAGUGAACACAGAGUAUGCAUUAGCACUAGAUACUAGAGAAGACAACAACCAAUCAGAGCUUACCAGGGAUCCAUACUUCAAUGUAUGUGGAGUGUUUGACAAGCAUGAUUCUACCCCUGCAUUCCAUAGUAUUUGGGAUUGAUGGAAGUCCAAGUUUGACACUGUGGCUUCCUAACAGACCUAAUUUCUCUACCCUCCUCUACCUCUUUCCUAUCAUAUCAUCCACUAACGAUUCUUCUUCUAUGAUGACUCUUUUCUUACUUGCCGCAAUAUACACGUCUGCAUUAUUUUGGCUAUCAAAUAAAGCUAGUAUCAGACUUCACUGCUACCAUAUACUUUCUACAGCAUAGCUUGUACCACUGUACAUUUAAUCUGUGUAUAACAUAAUGCCAUUUGCCUUCAUAUAGGAUCAGGAUAAAAUGUGCAUUCCUGACCCUAUAGUGUUAAAACAAACUAUUUAGGUUGCUGCCCCCCGCAAACACUCACCUUUAAAACUUGCAGCAGAGCAUGGGUUUGCAAGCGCUGACUCUGCCUUGAUCCGCCUCCUUGGCUUAGAUAUCAGAAUUUACAAUCUAAGCCAAUCCAAUGCUUGUCAAUAGGAAAGCUUUAAGAGGCCAAUGGGCACGCACUGCAAAAUGUCGUGCUGGACACUCAGCAUCUCCUUACAGAGAUGCAUUUACUCAAUGCAUCUUUAUGGGGAAAUUUCAGUGCCAUCUGAGUGACUGCCACUGGGGUGUCCCUGGUCACAAUGUAAACACUGCUUUUUCUCCGAAAAGGCAGUGUUUACAUGACAAUGCCUCCAGGGACACACUAUACUCACCAAAACAAAUACAUUAAGCUGUAGUUGUUCUGGUGAGUAUGGUGUCCCUUUAAUAUUUAUGAUUUAAAACAUUUUUAAGAAAAAAAUCUAUCAACAUUUUACUACUAUGUUUUCAUUUGGCAUUAUAUUUUUUUUAAUGAAGGCUGUAAAAUUAGCAUAUAGAGUUAGAGCACAAUAGCAAAUUUAUGUAUAAAUCGCUGUCCAGAGUUACCUUAAAGCAGGCUUCCCCAAACUCCAGCCAUCCAGAUGUUGCUGAACUACAACUCCCAUGAUUUGCAGCUUAUCUAUUUCAUUCAUAGAAUCAUGGGAGUUGUAGUUCAGCAACAUCUGGGGACCGGAGUUUGGGGAUGCCUGCCUUAGAGGAACACUAUAGGGUCAGGAACACAUGUAUUCCUGCCCCACCCCUCCCCCCCUUAACUCCCUUAAACUUACCUUAUUUCCAGGACAGUGUGGGUCCAACAGUGAUGGCCCCUCCCCCGAUCCGCCUCCUUGCUGAUAUCAUCAGAACGUAUUAUUUCAGCCAAUCCAGUGCUUUCCCAAAGGGAAAGUAUUGGAUUGGAUGAAAUUGGAAAGGAGGCAGGACUGGGGUGGGGCCAAAUGCCAGCACUGAAUCAAUGCAUCUCUAUGAAGAAAGUUCAGCACCUCCAUGCAGAGCGUGGAGAUGCUGAAUGUCAGUCGUGCACACUAGGGAGCAAUGUAAACACUGCCUUUUCACAUGAAAAUGCCUGCAGGGACUGUCUAUACUCACCAGAACAACUACAUUAAGCUGCAGUUGUUCUGGUGACUAUAGUGUCCCUUUAAGAAAAACAUUUUUUUUUUUACAGAUUAUUUAUAUAUUCAUUUAUCUUUUGCUGAAAAUUUUUGACAUAUUAACCCCUUAAAGACAGUGGCAAUUGUGCAACGUCUGUACGAAAAGAAAACCUAGAAUUUGUGAUAUCUGCAUGUUCCACAGUAAUUUAAGAGUUUCUCUAUAAGUGCACCCAUAUAUUAAUGCACCCAUACACAUUAAAUGAACCCACACAUAUUAAAUGUUGUUCCUAAAGGAAUAAAAAGAUUAUCUUUUAAUAUCUUCUAUGUGUACCAAACACAACAUUAAGUAUGAAAAAAAAUUGUAUAAAAAUUUUACACAUUUAGUGCAACCACAUAACUCAAAAUAGAUUCACUUAUCAAUCCUGAUAGUUACAUGCCUCAUACGUCAAAGAUGUAAAUUCAUUUUUGAUUGUCAACGCAAACUCUACACCAUUCCUACCCUUAACCUUAUGCUUACACUACCUCUACCCCUAACCCUACCCCUGCACCAUCCCUAACACUACAUAGCAUUAACCUUUGCACUACACUAACUCUACAAUAAUACAAUGAAGCGCAGUGGAUUUAUGAGUUAUGAUUACAUUUUACACAAAAUGUGUCAAAUCAAACCGAUAACAUUUUUCCUCUAGCUCAUUUGGUGUGUCUAUAUGCAGAAUUGUAUGUUUUUACUGUUGAUUUUUGUUUAAAGUGCUGGUUUUACAUCCAGGACGAAUCCUCAGAGUUUUCAAUUUUUGCAAUGUAAACACCACUUUCACUGUUUUGAGGUAUGGCGUUUGCAUAAUGCUUUAUGUACGUUUAAUUUAUAAAUUGUCCUUUCCUUUUAACCUAAUUAUUUGUUGUGUUGUAUAUUACAGCAAAUAACAUGAGUUAAACAAUCCGAACAAUCAUUGAAACAUAUUAUAGUGAUAAUCAUUAAAAUAAUACUAGCAUUAAAACAAUAGUUAUGUCAUAUGAAUAAAAUAAAAUAUGGAAAAUACUCCACAUAGCUAUGCAUGAUAUUUUAAAAUGUUUUUCUAUACUUGGGUGUCAGGUGUUACCAGCAUGAUGAUAGUGAUUUAUUUAAAUGUCAGCUACUAACUUAGAACUUGGAACCAAGAGGGGGACUACGGGCCUAGCCAGAUGUGUAAUCAAUCAAAAAGAGUGACAGCCUUCUCUGCUAGAAGAUCCUACUUGGAUGACCUACCAAAAUAUAAACAUUCUAUUCACACACACAGCCUAACCAGACGUCAUCUAUAUUUUAUUAUUUCCAUGAAAUUCCUCAUUACUUUCAACAUAAUAUUUCCCUGCCCAAAAGAUAAUGGCAUAUUUGCUGAAAUAUGAUAUGAGGAAUUGUUCUAAUGUAGAAGGUAAUUCUUGAAGGAUCUAGUGUAACCUGCAAAUAACAUUGACAGUUCAACUUAUUGCUAAAGUAUAUACAAAUCAUAUCAAUUAGCAUACAUAAUGAUUUAGAACACUGUUUUCAAACCAGAAAAAAAGUCUUACCAUAAAAGGGAUUUGUGUCUUAUUGAUAACAAUAUGUACAAGAUAGCUAAACUUUUUUUUUUUUUGAUGAUCUGUUGGUGCCCCUAUAACGUCAUGUGCCAUACUCCCAUGGUGUGGCCAGGAAGGCACCAAUAGCUUCCACGGUAUAGCUAAGCAUUAUGGGAAGCACAAUCGAUAAAACAUAAAAUGUAGCGUGGCUACUCUAUAUAUGCUCUAAUGAACAUCUGGAGGGAACCAAAUGUAUUAUAGGCUCUUUGUAUAUAGGAGUGGUCUAUAAUAAGAUAUAAACCCAAGUAUUUAAAAUCUUCAUAGAAUGUAAGGCUUCUCUGAUUGUAAAGUGCUGUGGAAUAUGUUGGUGCUAUAUGAAUACUAACAAGGAGUAAAUAAAAAAUAAAAAUCUCUUUUCAACACUUAGUGCACACAGACCUUCUGUGCCUAUUACCCAUAGAAUGCAUUGCCUUGCCCAAUUAUGGGCCUUGUACCCUAUGUCCCUAGAUACUUUCUCAAGUCAUUGAUUGCCCAAAAUAAAAAAAUAAAAACCUCAAGUCAGGAGAAACCAUAUGCACAAAUCUAAAAUAUAUAUACUCAUAUUAGAACGGUCAUAGUGGAUUUAUUAAACACACGUGGAUAGAGUCAGGAUGUAAAAUUAAAAAUGAAAAUGCAGGAGUGAAAAAUUAAUAAUAAUUUUCCUUUAAUAUAAGAUGCACUUGUAGAGCUAUUUUCUUCUUGAUCGCAUUUUUUUAUUAGUAUUAUUCAUGGUAUUAUCACAGGAGGUUAAAAAAAAAAAAUCUUUUUUUUUUUCUCUGCAUUAAAAUUAAAUAUUAAAUCCUCUAAAACAAAAAUCCAAAAAAGUCAUAAAAACACACAUUCUUGGGAUUUAUAAGGUUUCUAGGGUUACCAAUAUAUGAGAGAACAGAUGGUGAAAGCUUAGCUGGAAAAGAUAUGUCCGUUUAAAAUUCCCAGCGCCCAGCAAGAGAUUUCCUCCGUUUAAAGAAUUGUACUUGUCGUAGAGAGUGUGUAUGUACUUGUGUGUGUGUGUGUGUGUGAGUGUGUGUGUGAUUCUGAGUACUAGGGAUCCAGGCAAUGCCAAGAAGCCCAGAGGGCUGCUUUGGUGUAGUGAGAAGGCUGAGUAUUACGGAGAUUGUGCCACCUGUCUGUUCUCACACUACCCCCACACAUCGCUUUGCUUUAUGUAAACACUGCUUACUCUAGAUUUGUGGCAGAACUUCCCAGGAAUUCAGAUAUCACAAGAUACCUGCAUAUUCUGUCUGGGAUGUAUGGACAGUGUGACAAUGUCUCAUCUAUCCUGUACCUUCAACAAAACUAACACGACUCAAUAUGUACCAAGAAAGGUAAGAAUAACUGAAUAAUUAUAUUAACAUAUGCCUUCUUCAUACUCAGUAUGUUUACAAUACUGUACAAAAGUACAGAUGGGGAUUUCAUAAAUGACAGGAGCACUGAGCUGUGCAAUAGUAGAGUCUACAUGUCGUUUUUUACAUCUCUAUUUUUCCUUUUUCAAAGUUUGAUAUAUUUUUACACAUUUUGUAACUUCUUUCGCUCUUCUCUUCCACUGCCAGCGUUCUUGUUAUUGCAGAUGGUUAAUUGCUGUGUUUUUGUUAAUUUUUUUUCCUUAAAUUUGGAUUGAUGUAAUUGGACAUUUUUAUUUUUAUAUUUAAAAAAAUAGGUUAAAAACUGAUUGUACACAAUUUGCUAAGAUAAAUGAAUUGUGUUGGUUUUUAAUAAUUAUAAUUCAAUGCGUUGACAUUGUUAAGAAAAAAAUACAUUCUGUUGAAAACUUUUCAAGAUAUAAUAAGGAUUGUAAGGAAUAUGCCAUCAGUAGAAAUAUCACGUCUAUAUCAAGAGGAAAAUUACUUAAAUUUUGGGAGAGGGAAACUUCAGUUAUGAAACACUUUUUUUUGCAGAACUCCUUAUGCUUUGUUUUUUUUUGUAAGAAAUCCUUGUUAUGUUUUAGUAUACAUCCACAGUUCCACUAAGCAAUGGUCAGAAAGGAGGCUCGGGAUCAAGGACACCAGAUAUAUAAAUAGAACAUGCACAGUAAACAUUUGUGCAUUACACUGGCUUAAGAGAAGGACAUUCAUGGGACAGAAGCCAACCAGUUUAAUUUAAUGAUCACAAGACUAAAGGUCCAAGUGUCAUAAUAAGGUUAUAUCACACCUUGUUUUCUCUCCAUUUUCACAGCAGAAUUUAACAGUAAUGUUUGAAAAUAACCACAUAGAUUAUAUAAGCAAAUAAAAUAUGCAGUCUGUGCUUUGUAUAUUUAACACCUGAUGUGGUACAGGCACAAUACACAAUUUUGUAAUUAUUUAGGUGAUGAAUGGAUAAUAAUUCAAAAUUUUAGGUAAUUUCAUAGCCUAUAGCUUUAUUUAUUAUACUGUUGCUGGAAUUAAGUAACUAUUUUGACUAUACAACACGUACACCGCAAAUAUAAAAUAUAAUUAAUUCACAUGACUCCUAUUUAUUACCUUAUAUUUAAAUGUAGACACAUACAGAGCAGGGCUAUAAUAAAAUAAUUUGUGAAAAUAAACAAUGAAGGGUUAACGGGGUAGUCUGCCCACCAUACUUUGUAACUAUUUUUGAGUAAUCAAGUCAAGAAAUGGUUAACGUAUAUAACUCUAUACCCAGGAGUGAAGUUACCAUGCCACAUUACUCUGCUGGUGCUUAAAUAGAACUAUCGUUCUAGAACUAGUUGCUGAGUUAGCUGAGUAAGCAGAAUCUCACCUGACUUCAUUCUCAGUGUGACUUCGGUUUUUGUAGACAUUUGAUUACAGCACAGAAGGAUCAGAAGUAACCCGAGGCAUAUGGAAGAUAUUGCUGACAAACGUUGUAGUGAAGUAGUUUUUUUUUCCUUUGGGAUUCAGAUAAAUAAGCUUCUCUGCGAAACACAAAUAUGGGAAUAUGAUACGGCUAUCUGCAUCCCCCCCACGUUUUCAAUAUAGAUUUGUUUCUUUCCCUGAAACACUGCAAACUAUUGUUUUAUUCAUUAAAGAGCAGGGUGGUCUCUCCACUCUAGUCUAAAGAUUUAAUCUACGCUUGAAGUUGGCUGAAGGAACGUCAUUGCAGGUCACCCACUCAAGCCUUCUGUUUGAAGUUGGAUCAUACUCACUAUGUUCACUAAUAUUCAAGUAUAAAAUUUGUAACUUACACAAUUUUGAAACAAGCUUGACAGUCUUUUGAUGCAGACUGACUUUUACCCAAAGCUCCUUGAUGGUCAGUGUGAAAAAGUAAGCCCUAAAGAAGCAAUUGUGGGGGGCGAGGGUGCAUUUGUGGCUUGACCCAUGUUUCAAGGUGGAUGGAAUCUUUGUAGUAUCUCAUGUUUGGCAGUUAAACUGCAGAAAACGUGAAUUGCUCUGUUGUCCCAGUUCACGUGUAGGCCAAUGCUAAUAAUGACUAAAGCUUUAAAGAUAUGGCAUAUAACCUCUGGUCAGUACUCAGUCAUAGGCCUGCAAGGGAUCAGAGAAUAGAAAUCUGCGAUACUGGAGGCACUGUACUGCUGUUUCCUUUCCCAAGAACAUAAAUGAAAGACCCCAAGGUAGAAGAUUUCUCUCCUCCUUCUUCUUCUACUGGUUCUUAUCACACAGCUAAACAAGAUGAGGCUCUUUAAGGUAGGUUACCUCUGAGUAUAUUCAUUAAAAUAGCCACAAUGUUUGAAUUAUACAGGCCAGGGACAAGUGUCUUAGGGCAAGCAGGAUUCAGCUUUGUGUGUUGUCUUGCCUUCUUCGUGCCUUUAGGCAAAAUGUAGUAUGCAGCCGGGGGUAAUGACCAAGUGCUUUUAAUGUUCUUCUAAAACAUCUUCAUAGUUUCAUUUAUAUCAGGAAAAGUGAAAUGAUUCACUGUCAUAUUGAAAAUGAAGACAGGGCAGUAUAUAGUUUAGAGAAGGAUGGACAGGUGUUUUGUGAAAUAGUAGUUAGUAAAUUAAAUUAUUGCUGUUUCUCAAGCACUGGGAUAGUUUGCCCCAUCUAAAAUAUAAAACAAAAACGAAAAAUUACCCAGAAUACAGGAGGAGUAUAAUAAUCCUAAUCCAUUUAAAAAAAUAAAAAUAGUUAAAGAGGCACUAUAGUGUCAGCAACACAUGUAUUGAAGACACUUUAGUUCUAAAACCACUGUUUUGGUGGUUGACCCCCCUCACCUUGGGGUAGAAAGGUGAUUUACUCACAUCUGGCCCCACACAUGAUCCACCUCCUUGGCUGACAUCUUCAGAGUUGAUGAUCUCAAACAAUCACAAUGCUUUCCAACAGGAAAGCAUUGAAAGCAUUGGAUUGACUGGGAUCAUUAAUUAUGCUGGGAACAUUUAGCGCUUUGGUUCUUUAGUUGCUCCUAUGUGACCAAUGUUGUGACUAAUGUACCAAUCUAUAGGACACCAUGGGCUAUUUAACAAUGAAAUUGAUUGGUUUUGGUGUAUUCUACUAUUAACAUACUAUUCACUUCAGUUUGCAUUGCUUUUAUUUGACCACAGUUGUGAAUCCCACACAUCUCUAUAUGACUGCAAUGUUAUUGCAUACCUAUGAAGUUUAUGUGUAAAACGCCUAGGAACUAUUAUAAGAUACUAUAUAAACAAUCCAUUUGCCAUCCUGGAGGGGGUCAGUUUACUCGAUGACAUGAAAAAUAGCCUGUGCAGUUUCCAGAUGUAUAUCACCCGAUUAAUAAUGUGACUAGCUAACUACACAGGAAUGAAGUGUAUAAACUUAAACAGGCUUAUCUGUCACCACAUGGCCAGGAACUGUCCAUCAUUAUUACUUUAUUCUGAAAUAGCUCUGUCAGUGUACAUUGAGUUAGACAAGGAAGUAAAAUACAGACACACAUGACAUUCAAUCUUUGAGUUACAGGAAUAUAGUUUAACGCAUAAAAAAGCAAAAUUUGUUUUCUGGUUUAAGAAUGGACAUGGAAUAAAACUGAAUCUUUGUGAAAACAUCUCCAAGAACGGACUGGACUCAAUUUUGUGAUCCUUUCCCAUUGUACGAUUGUGUUCCCCAAUGUCCCACAUCCGGGGAAACCAGGAAACUGCUCCUGGACAACUCAAUAUGAUUGCAUAAUGAGACAUGAUCAUGCUACUGUGCAGUGGGCAGUAGGAUCAUGCAGAGAGCACUUAAUCAGUGCACUCUGAAUGGUCCUGUAGGUUGUGAGGUAGCCGCAAUGCUGUCUGUGCACUCUGAAUGGUCCUGUAGGUUGUGAGGUAGCCGCAAUGCUGUCUGUGCACUUUGAAUGGUCCUGUAGGUUGUGACGUAGCCGCAAUGCUGUCUGUCAGCCUUGUGUGCUUGAUGCCCAGCCGACAGGCCCCUUCAGUGAGCGGGCAAUGACUCUUUGAUGACCCUUCUACCCGUCCUGAUUCCAUACCAGGUAUGUAGGGAUAGUAGGCCUUUCCUGCCAUUUUGUUUUAUCCCAGUGGCAUAGGCACAGGAGGUGGUGGCAUUGGGUAUGCCAAGUUUGAAUUACUCGUGAUGCUGUUGGCCAUGAAAGUGCUAUAUUAUUUAAUCUUGCAUGCACUUCAAGAUGAUAUUUAGCCCUACAGGCAUGUAAGUAAUGUUAUCCAUCCAUGGAGCACGGCUUACGUACUAUUAUAGAAACAACAAUGGCAGUUGCACUUAAUGAGAGUAGCAGGUCUGGGGCCUAAAAUUACUGGAUUCAGGAUAGCUAGCAGCUGUGUUGCAAGAUCAUGCAUUUUAGCAAUCCCGAUUUUGGCAGAAUAGUCCCUGUUGUAGGGUCUUGUUACUUUGUGUCUCGCUUUUGAUUGAAAUUUCCCCAGAAAGUGUAUCCUGAGGACAUCAGUACAUGUGCUCGCAGUAGGAUGAGGGCAAUAAGACCAUGCAGCAUGGUGUAACACAUCUCUCUGCGUGGUCCACCCUUCAAGUGGCCCAGCGUGCAGGAUUAGCAGUAAAUCUGGAGUGCAUUCAUGCCAGGCUGAUAUGCCCAUUCUUCAGACAGACCCCCCCCCCUCCUUUAGGUGGAGUCAGUAAUGUGAUUCAGUUCACUGCCCUGCCCCUUAUAUAACCUACCAACCUGCGUCUUACUUUAUGGGACACCAGUGUUGGGGAUUAUAUGAGACUAUUGCAGCGUUUAUUUUUCUAAAGUAAUAAUAACAGUAAAUUAUGUAAGUCAGAUGUGCAGCUUUUGGGGUGGGGGCCUACGGCAUUUCAUUUUUCCUUUAUACUUCCCCUAUCUGAUAUGUUGUGUUCAUAAGUAUAUUAAUAUUUAAUAGAAUAUAAAAUCAUAACUAAAUGUAGUAAACGGCGAUAAAAUAAAAUUUCCUCUGACUAUUGUAUGAUCUGUUGAAGAGUGUAUUGAUUGAGAGUUUUGACGGCAUCCUUAGCUGCAAUGAGAACCUUGAAACUAUUAAAUACAGAUGUCUUCUUUAGCUAAUAGAAUUCAAACCAUUUUUCAAAAUUCCAUGAACUGAAUAGUCUGAGAGAGUAUCUGGGAAUGUGAAUAUCACAGGAUUGGAAAUGUCUACAAAAAUCUGACUGCAAACUGAUCAAGUAUAAAAGAGCAUGGUGGCAGCAUGACUGGUCAGAGAAAAAUCUUCUUGGCUGUCAGCAGACAAAUAGAUCCACAUGUUGGAAACUGCUGUUUUAAAGGGACACUAUAGUCCCUACAGCUUAAUGUCCUGUCCCUGCAGUGCACUGUAAAUACUGCCUUUUCAGUGAUACGUCAGUGUUUACAUUAUUGCCUGGUAACACCUCUAGUAACAGUCACUCAGAUGGCCAAUUGGGGUGCUUCCUGGGUCAGUGCUGCACAAUGUGCAUCACUGGCGCUCUGCAUGGAGAUGCAGUACACUCUCCAUAGAAAUGCAUUGAUUUAAGAUGCUGAUUGGUGCAGUGCGGUGUUUUGCGGGACAGGAACUCCACCUGCCCCUAUAUUAAUCUGGCCCUGCAACUUAAUAUAAAAAAGGUGUGUGUGGGGCAGAGAACAAUAGGAUAAAUCACAUAACAAAACAUCCAACAAGACUGCACAGGCAGCAACCUAUGGCGCACCGGCCUUGGGGGGGGGGUGCUAUCGCCGGGCGACCAGAAGCAGGUGAACGCUCAUCACGUGAUCCCCCUCCUGCUGGUCACUUCACAUCUUCUGUAUCUUCUAUUCAGUCUGACAGAAAGUGUUUACUGAGAGCAACUAACAGCUUCCUAUCAGAUCGGGAAGACGAUACAGAAGAUCCUCUACAGAGGUCUACUUGGCCACUCUAAAAGGAGGUUAGGAGGCACACCAGGGGGGAUAGUGAGUAGUAAAAGAGACCACAAAGGGAAGGAGGGGAGUGAAAGAGACCACACAGGGAUGGAGGGAGUGUAAGAGACCACAAUAGUAUUAGGGGGGGACACAGUGGCUAUGGUGGAGAAAGAGACACACAGAGAGACUGUGAGGGAGAGAGAAAGAGACACACAGAUGAGCUGUGGGAGAGGGAGAAAGAGACAUAUAGGAAGACUGUUAGGGUGAGGAAAAAACACAUAGAGGGGUUGUGGGGGGGGAGAAAGAAACAGACAGAGUGGCAAUGGGGAAGAAACAGACACACAGAGGGGCUGUAGGGGGUAAAGAGACUCACAGGGGGGCUGUGGAGGGAAGAAAGAGACACACAGAUUGGCUGAGUGGGAGAAAAAGACACAGGGGCUGAAGGGCUGAGGGGAAGUAAGAGACACACAGAGGAGCUGGGGGACAGAGACAAGGUGCUGGGGGGAAGGAGACAAACAGAGGGCAUGAAGAAAGGGAAAAAGAGACACACACCGAACACAAUAGUUGUAAAAGUGUAACUAAAAAAGCGGAUUUAUAUAAUUAAAAAGAUAUCUCUGAUUAUUUUAUCUAAUUAAAACAAGCAUAUGUAGUUUAUAUAAAUGUAUUGUUAUAAAGAUGUACAUGUCUCUUUACAAGCAGGAGAGCUUAAAAAUAAAUUUAAAAAUUAUAUUUUUUGCUUUAAUUAUGUAUAGGUGUCAUAUAAAUAACAUGUAAUGAGCUUGUUAUGAUAACAGUAGUGAGAAGUGUCAAACUCAGUAAUAUCCCUUCCUUCUCUCAUCUCUGGUAAGAGAAUAAAUGUACUCUGCCCUACAAGCCUGCACGUCCAACGCUGCGCUGCAGAGAUGAAAGCAGAUGGUAUCGGCUGGGCACUUACUCUUUUUUUGCCAUUAUUUAUGUCACUUGGUUGGGCAGCUGCUGUUAUUUUUAGCUUCAAUCUCCUUUCAGAUAAAAGCCUUCUUUUUCUUGGUAGCCCCACUGCCCUCUUACCCAUAACAUAAGCAUAUAAUGCUUUUACAGUUUGAUUUUUUUUAAAAGAGGACAAAAAGAUGCCCUGUAACCAGCUGAGUGCCAAAGAGUGCGUAAUGCAUUGCUAAUCCGCUAGUAUUUAAAGGAUUGAUUUUGGUGUUAAACUGCCUUCUAUCCAUUCAAUGUAUUCUUAUUCUACAAGUAUUAAACUGUAAUCAUGCUCUGAUUAGCAGAAAUGUUCAUCUAAUCAGAACCAUAAACUAAGCUGGAAAUUGGUAUAUCAACAGGUAUCAAAGGAGGCAACGUCAUGGCUGUUAUAAGGACUGCAGGAUAUAUAGUUACAGCAUUUUGGGGCAAAGUUCUAAAACUGGAGCAAUAACUAUGGAAACUAAUGGAAUGUUUUUUGCUGAUUGCUCCAUUUUUAGAAUUCUCCUCCAAUAUCGGACGUCAGGCAUUAUAUAAAAAAUAUCUUUAUAUAGAAGGAUUGCCCAUUAGUCAUCAUUUUGAAAAGUGAUUAUGAGGCUGUUACAGUUUCUAUAAUGAUCGGUGAAGAAACUUGCUGUUCAGUUAGAUGCCCAUGCCCAUGCACUUGGAGUUACAUCAAACUGGUAGUACAUCAAACUGUUCAUUAAUGGUUUCUUAUAAAAUGCAAUCAAAUAAAAGAGAGACUAAAAUGUUUAUUUUAAAGUGCAAUGGUAUGAAAAACGUAUAAGGAUAAAGUUGGAAGUAUAUUUAAAAAGAAGAAAGAAAUUAAGUCAGAUCCAUGCCAAGAUGUUGCAUCAAAACAAUUGCUUUAUUCACAAACCACCUCCAGAUGCACUUCUAGAGAAAUUCAUAAAGUAAUAUUGUUUUUAUCUUUGGGUUUUACACCAAACCAAUUCCUUCAUAGCUUACAAACCAACUCCAGAUGCACUUUCAAGUAAUAUUCUUUUCAUUAAUCUUUGGUGUAUAUCUCCAUGUCUUAUUCUUGACUUGGAAGAGCUAAGGGACCUUCCAAAUCUUUGAUAAUACUGCUUGACAAUCUUUUAUUUCCCUUUCUGUUUACAAUGAAAGCUUGCAUCGUUAUUCAGUAAUGUGUGAAUUCAAAGUGAAUUUAAUGGGAAUUUUCAUUAUUAGCACAAGAUAGCGGAAUUGGAAAAAUUCUCAAGCCCCCAUCUUAUCAAUUGGCUACUUUGGCCUAUAAUGUCUGAACUCACUUUGAGUUCUUAAAAAUAAAUACGUUAGUGUUUAUAGUGUUUGUAAGACAGGUGAAUGCAUUUUACAUUUCACACAAUACCAAACUAGGCAAAACUAUAUUUCAUCAUAAAAUAAAUUUACGUUAAAAAAAAACUAGUUUCAUACCACUUUUACCUGGAGUAUAUAUAUUUUUUUAACUUGCAAAACUUGUUUUAAAACCUUUUUUUUUUUCUAACUAGCAAACAUGUGAAAUAAAUCACAUACAGACUGGUAGAUUACAGCUUCAAACUAAAUGGUCUAUGCCAGGGAUUAGCAGCGUUUGGUACGCCACUAUUGUUGACUCCAUACAUUUGGUUUAUUAUAUCUAGUUAUUGGCAUUUAUUGGCCUGAAGUUGAUAGGUGUGGAUGGCUGGAAUUACAGUGCUUUGUGAGUGAGGACAUCCUGAUAAUGCGACACAGAAGAAAGGAUGUAGGUUUUUGGAAGACCAGUACAUUGACACAGAAAGACACAUACAAUAUACCACUGAGAAUAAAGUAAUAUUUCAGAACAUGAUCACACAAUGACAUAUCUAGCUCAAGGCUAAGCAGUCACAUUUUUGUUUAUAGUAUUACUGGGAUUCUUUUUUUUUUUUUAAUAAUGUCAUUUUCAAUUAUUCAGGUGUUUUUUUUCUUAUUUUUAAAACAACAGCUAGUUUUUGAAAAGCAAUAAUUCACAGACAUGUGAGUCCUUUACUUACUCAACCAUGAUAACGUAAUAUGAUCUAAAGUUUUCAGUUGAGUUAGUUAAAAAAAACUCUGGCAGGAAAUCCAUAUCAUGAAGACGUUUGGUGUGCAAAUGUUAGUGGACAAUAUAACAUACCAGUCAGCUUCAGAGACAAUACAGAGUGUCAUUAAAGGAAUACUGUAGUAUUUGAAAUAUAUAUCUGUUUUCCUAAUGCUACAGCCCUUAUGACCCUUAUUGGUUCGGUACCAGCAUGCCACAAAACACCUAUGUUCUUCCAUAGAGAAAUAUUGUAUUCCAGUAUUCUCGAUGGCCGACUGUGAGGUUACUGCUCAUGAGCAUGUAUCAUCAAGGUAUUUUACGGUAUGCCAGUCAGGAAACCACAAUUUCAAGCCUUUUAAUUAGUUUUAUAUUGGGUUUUGGGGGGUAGAACAGAGGGUGCAAGACUGCAGGCACUAUGACAACUGCAAUACGAUAAAGUUGUUAUAGUGCCUACAGUAUCUCCUUAAAGAAAAAAGUCUUGUCAUUGGCUAAACUUAACACUUACCAGGUUUCAAUGUCUUACGAUCUAAUUAUAUUCUCACACAUAGCCUUUUAUAUUGACAAGAUAAUCAAGGAUUAGGUCUUCUACAAAGGUAGAAUUGAUUAUAGCAUGGCAUAUGGUGUAAAUAUGUACCGUCAUAUGGCUACAAAAUAAGCAAAUCAUUAAAUUCUCAUUUAUUAGUAUGAGAAUAAAUAAUACGUCUCUAGACUAAAUCACAAACAAAUUCAGGCCAUAAACAGAUUAUAAUCCUAUGGCAAUCAUGAGAUUAAUGAAGUAGAUCCAGAAAGAGACUCAAGAAAAUUGUGUCAGUAAUAAAAGGGAAUAGUUUCUGCUCGUCAGCUUGACAAUUUAAUGUCAGAUCCAGAGGUACAGAUUAACCAGUAGAACACUCCCCUUGACACCUCAUCCAUAAUACACAGUACAUUUUGUUUGUUAAAUGUGUAUAGUAAAUAUAUUAUGGAUCUUUAAUGAUACUUUGAACUGCAGCAAAAUGCUUGAAAUUAAUGUAUGAUCUCAGCUGUGGAGAGAGGCUCCUUCCUUUUUCCUGACCUGUUGAAAACUCUACCUCAACAUAGUGCAAUUCUGCUCUUAAUAAUUAGUCAGCAGGGAUGGGGGAACAGGAUACAGAGCAUCAUACCAAAGUAAAAUAUUUUAUGCAUUGUCUGUCCUUGGCAAGUGUUUUCCUUGUUUAUGUUUUUAUAUUGCAGUGCGUAAAGUACUCACUUUCAAAAUAAAAUGGCUUCUAAUAAAUACUAAAUGAAGAUAGAUUUGUAUGGCCCAUCGUGGUAUUUUGUCUCCCAAACUACACAAGCUUGUAUGUUAUAACCAUCAUCCUAACAGGUAAUGAAGGGAAAAGAUAAUUAAUUUUAUUAAUGAUAAAUAAAUUGAACAUACAUUAGAUCAUUUAUAUAAAUCAACAAACAUAAAUAAACUCUAAAUGUCAAUGAAUUGUCACAGAUUAUUUGAAUAUAUCAAGUACUUUCUUAUUAGAGGAUGCUUAUCCUGAAGAUUUUAUUCACAUUUUCAAUUAUUUUCAAUCAUUAUCAUGCAACACAGUCAUUAUAAUCGAACAAACCUAUUUAUUUAUACUGUAAUCUAAAAUCCAAAAUUCGAAACAGUCCAUUGUUUGAUCAUGUAAAAAUUCUGAGUUAAUUAAUCCUUUCCCUCUCUAUCCUAAGAAUACAUUGGCUAACUUUUGUUUUGCAUUUAAAAGCAAUGGAAUACAAAACUAAAUACCUUGUUCUUUCCUCUAUUGCCCAUUCAGCAACUGCAGGUUUUCUAUAUAUUGUACAGCAGCUUAUGUCGGUUAAAUUCUCUGUUGCAUUCUAGUACAUAGCAAGGAGAGAUAGUUUUGCGCUCAAUAUAAGACUUCCUUUUUUCUGGUUGCAAUAGCAGUCUGUAAAGCUCCGUAAUGUGUAGAUGCUUGCAAUUAUUAAAAAAUAAAAUUUUUGAAGUGGUGGGGAUUUGUGGACAUGCAAUCACAUUUUACCAGUACAGCUUGCAUGAGUUUAAUUGUCUUGAUGAAGUUGUAAGAGGAACGGCGUAGAUGGUGGCUGUUAAGUUUGAUGUUUGAACUGUUUAAUGCUCUUCAUUCCUAGUAUGGUAACAGUAUUGUGUUACGUGUUGGCAUUUUAAUAGUCCUAAGGGGUAAAUAAAAAACAUGGAUUUUAUAUUUCCUGUUGUUCUUUUUCCUGUUUACCUUUACCUUGAUGCUUGUAAUUAGUCAAGUAGUUGUGCCCAGCAGCGGAACUACAACUGGUGAAGCAGAUAUGGCUGCAUCGGGGCCACAAUCUGGGAGGACCAUAGGGUGUCCCUCACAUUUAGGGACACUCCAUGGGUCCAGUUUUGCUGUAAAAGGAAGGACAAACUUCCAGCAGCCCCAGACUCUCACCAGUCUCAACCAGUAGUCCCACUGGACCCUAGGGAAGCCACUCUCCUGCACCCAAAAGCUACUGAAACUGGAGGGUGCUAAAAAUAUGGAAAUAAUCACUUAUGUGUGUAUCAAUGCGUGUGUGUGUGUGUGUGUGUGUGUGCAUAUGUGUCUGUGACAUCAGUAUGUAUCAGAAUGUGUGUGUGGUUCAGUGUGUAUGUACGUGUAUAUCUGUGCACCUGUAUGUGUGUGUGUGACAGUGUAUGUGUAUAUGUCUAUACAUCCCAGCAUUCCUACAACAUCAAAAUACACAAGUACAGCCCUGCAUUUAAACGCCAACAACAAAUACAUUACUACCUUCAUACACACAUAUUCCCUACAAAAACAUGCCUUCAGCCCUUCUAAAAUGUUAAUAAAUAAAAACUGAUGGAGGUAAACUGUAUAUGACUCAGGUCUAAAUCUUACUUCCUAAGAAAUGUUAUUCUAAAUCAGAACUUUCCAACUUCAGUCUCCCUCCUGGCUACAUAAUUGUGCAGAAUGCAAUCUUUGCUGAAGGUCAGCCGAGAAUUAUGGGAGAUUCAGCCUGUGGUUUGACGAAGGCAGUCCAUGGUUGAUUGGACACACCUGUUCUAGAACUACACAUCUGGCUAGCAUGCCUUUUGGAACCCUAUUCCUCAUAACAUAUUGUGUAAAGUAAAGACUUCAGGUUAGUUUCACACAAUAUUUCUGGUAAUAAUGUAUGCUAGCAGCAGAAGGACUGCCAAUAAAAUAUCUCAGUGGAAUGCUGAGCACUAGUCACAGAUUGUUAGAACUCCAUACCUGAUGCUUAAUGUGAAUCUACAAUCUGUUUAAAGAGAUAUACAUAUCUACCAGAAAAUGUUAUUAAUAUAUUUUUCAUCACAAUUUAAAAAAAAAAACUUUUAUUUUUUAUUUUAUUUAGAUCAUGGGUCUUCAAACUCUGCCCCCCCCCCCCCAGAUGUUGCUGAACUACAACUCCCAUAAUUCUUUGAAUUACAUAGAUAGCCAGAGAAUCAUGGGAGUUGUAGUUCAGCAACAUCUGGGGGGCCAGAGUUUGAGGACACAUGAUUUAGAUGAAGAGGGUUUUAUUUUUUAUUUUUUAUUAAACUACUGCCAUGUUGAUGUGCUUAGCUAAUCGGAUGAGGAACUUUAUCUCACUCCGUGCUGGAACUGGUUGGUCACGGCAAACAAGUGAUAGGCGUGUUUGUGCGACUAACAUGUUUAUAAACUGAACAGUGAUAAUGUCUCUAAUGCUUAUUUGGUUUGCUUCCUUUUCAUCCCGAAAACAGAAUUCUUGGUCUACAUUAGAAUUAGACAGAUAAAGGAUGCGUUUAACUCUGUACUGCAAGACCUGUCACUGCAAAUAGAUGUGUGCUGUGAACAGCUUUUGCAGUGGCCCUGUUUUUAUUUGGAUUAUGCUGUUUCCCCUAUUAUGACAGACUUUGCCUAUGGCAAUAUUGUUUGUACUUUUCUGACAUUCAAUAUUUUUUUUUUUUACUCUUGGCUUAAAAGAUGUUUUGUGUUGUUAAUUUAACUGCCAGAAAAGUCUUUAUGAUAUAUCAAAGCGACUUUAGAUUGUUAGGCUAAAAUAGCCAAACUCAAUUCUUGGAACCUUUUUUAGUUCAGUUAUUUUGGCAUAAAAUUUGAAUUCACAUGAAAAUUCCAACAAUUCACACUUAAGUGAGUAACCCUGAAAGUAAGUAAACACCACUCACUACCCGCUAAAUAUGCAUACUCCUUAUACAGUUUUUAUCACCACCACUUAACCUUUAUUCCUACUUUAUAAUAUUGUUUUUUAUUUUGUGAUGUGAAUAUGUACCUGCUAAGCGGAAAAUAUUAAAUAUUCAGAAUAUUUUCUGGCUCGAACUUCUGCUUUUGCUGUAUGUUCUUCUAAAUUUGAAGGUACCCCAAACCAAAAGAUUAAGACUGGUCCAUCAUUAUCUUCUUUUAUUGUUUUCUUUAAGGAAACAUUUCAGAAUGGGAGACCUGCAGGUAACCCCCAGCUGUGGUACAUAUCCACCCCCCAUGAUUCUAUACCCACACAGUUUAGAUGACGUUUCCCAACAGAUACAUUACAAAGAGGUUCUUUCCAUUCAGUCCCCUCAGGGAGACUGAAGCCAACUAUUUGUAUAUUCAUUAAUGCCAUGUAUUAUCUGAUCAUUUGAUAUUUUUCCAUUCUGCCCUGCAGGCUGUGCCUGUGAAUUCAAUAGUGCCCCAUCCACUAGAUGUUUAUGCAGCACAAAAGUCCAUAUAUCCCUGUCUCGACUGAAUAAUUUCUAGUUGUUUAAGUGUAAAAAUGAGAUCAGUCUGUAUAUUGGAUUACAAAUUAUUUGUCACAUUAAGUGAAACACAGCUGGAUAUUUUAUCAAAGGUCAUAUGUUUUAUUUGCCCUGGGGUCAGAUGACCGUGUUGAGUGCUAAGCACUUGACCCAUCUCAUUAAUCGUUCAGGACAAGCCGAUCAAUUGUUGCAGUAUUAAUUAUCAGUGCUCGGUCACCACUUUUACUUUAUAUACCUUCAAGGGUCACUGCAGUUUACCCUCCUCUUCAUAACACUAGCCAUCAUACAGUACCUCUGACAAAUCCAUGCAGUUCAUCUAUCAACAUAAAGCUCCAAAUAGUUAUUUUUCGGUUAUUGUAGAGUAUGACAGAGAUGGUCAUUUGUACCGAUAAUGGUGAAAGAUGAAGUGUCAGGGCAUAGUGUAAGUGCUGUAUUCAGGCAAACUCUGAGUGGUUAGACUUUGACCACUAACUGAGACAGUUAUUAAACCUCUGCUGGGACAAAGUAAAAGAGCGUGGAGAGAGCUUUUUUGUGCAUUUAUAUUCUUUAUUGAAAAAGUUUAAAAGUCAAGGUUAACUCACAGUGUGAUGCAAGAAAUAGCUGCACUACAUUUCUGACCAACUAUUUCAUAGAAUUUGCAAGCAGUCAGUGGAGGGGGAUGGUUUUAACAAUGCAUGUUUAAAAAUGUUUAAGUAGUUUUUACAAAUGGAAUAUAAAAUUUAAGCAAGAAUCUUAUCCAAAUCUAAAAAAAUGUUACAAGUUGUAUAGAUUUGAAAAAGAAAAUGAAAAAUGUAUUUUAAAUGUGCACCCUGUUAAUUUAUUACAAGUCCCAGAUCUAAACGAUAUUGUGUAAAUACUUGUAACAUGUAAUUUAACCUUAUAAUUUCAAAAUACGGAUAUGCUGUUAGAAUCAACUUGUUUACUAUGUCUAAACCAACAUUAUUGCCAAUACCUGUUUCAGAACGUUGUUUGAUAGGAUUAACCAUAGGGCAAGUCAUUAAGUUUUGGUAUGUUCUUGGUAAAUGUUAUUUACACCCAAUAUCUAACCAGUUUGCAUAAUAUUAGGGUUUCCUUAAAGAACAGUUUAGAUAUGGAACCUUUGCUCAUUGUGCCUAGGGAUCUAUCAAUGCCCGGUGAUGAGACCUAAGAAGCUGAUAUUGUGUUUGGAUUUGGAUUGGGAUCUCUCAUGCAGAAGGGAUCUACCUUGCAUUUCAAUUCAUUGACUGUCUUGAGGGUGGGAUUGGUUUCAUAUUCUUACUGCAUAGGAUUGUUGUAGUGGUCCAAGUGAGGCAAUAUUUGCUUGAGACCUAAGCAGGAACUUCCAAUACAGCAAAGUAAUAAAGGGCUACUUCAAACAAAAAGCAGAGCUUUAAUAAAAAAUUAGGGUGGAAUGAAGGGCGCCGGUUCCACCACUGGACAUCUGUUGCCUGCAUGCUAUGUGUGCUGAUAAUUGAUAUUUUGAUGCACAGAAUUGACAUUAGCCAGCCCUGUAGAUGUAGCUAGCAGAGAGCUAACACCUCCAACAGCAAAACAAAUUAUCUCUAUAUGUCUGAGGUUUCAUUCUGAAUUGCUGUGCAUACAGAAUCCGAGCACCAUGACCACUUCAAAGCACUAAAGUUAAGGUAGACAGAGUAACCCCUUAAGCUUUUCUCUGUACCCAUUGUAACUCUCUGACAUUGUAGUUGAAUGUUGGCAAAAUUAUUGUCUUGAUUUAGGACAUUAAAUUUGUAUAUGUUUACUGAUGGAUUAAGUAGUUUUGUUGUGAAUUUCAAACAUUUAGGGAAAACAGUUGAAUUUUUUAAUGGAAAUUUCAUCAUUUACAUACUCCAUAAAUCGAUUACACCAAUGGCAGAGUAUGAUGCAGUAAAAAAAUUAUGGCCAGCUAAAAAAGCUUGUUACACAGAGAAAUUCAAUAUAUUUUUUAGGAUAAACUUACCAUUUAUUAUCCAGAAUAUUGCAUAGCAGCUUCCUUUAGAAUUUCCAAAAAUAGUCUGCUACCCUGACAGAACCUAAUUUAUAGCCAGGUGAUCUAUUUGAGAAGAGGUUUCUCUUCAUACUUGCCAUAAGCUUAAUUUAUCUAAGAAAAACCAUAACUGCAUCCAUCACCUUUAAAUGACUAUUUCAGAAAGACUUUUUUGUAAUGUCAUAUUCAUUAAUCAUCACCGGAACACGUUAAGUUAAUGGUCAAUACGGACACGGGGGCGUUCUGAAUGAAUAUAGGGAAUAGAUGAUAACCUUUACAGAAUUGUCUUUUGGAAUUGAAAUCAUUAUUUUCAUGCCUUAAAAUCAUUUAAAGGCAUUAAUUCCUUUGUGUUGGCUGAACGGGUUUUCUUGCAUAUUUGUGGUCUUUUAUACAAUGCUAAAGACUCCCUUGAAAUUUUCUGGACUAAUAAAUACUAUUAUAAUAAAUAUCUCACACAUGAUGCAAUAUUCUAUCAAAUGCUGAUUUAAUUUCACACAAUGUACAUCUUAAAAUGUGUCUGUCAUAAUACACCUAGCAUUCAUUUACAAAGCAUAAAAUGCCAUUAAUAUGAACAUGUUUCAUGGGCUGCAGAAUCUAAAAAAAUCUGCAUCAUAAUCUUAAACUGAUCCCUCUAUAUAACCAACCGGCAAACCACGUCACAUCAAUUACAUCAUGGCAAGGGAAAGGGUGGCCCUGGACCCCAAGGAUGGCUGAGGACUUGUUUGGGGACCAUAAACAUGGGUACUCCGUACAAGGCGAAUAGCGAUUAUAAGUCUAUUGCUGCGUGAAAUUAUGAAUGUGUACAAGGUUGUAGUGGAUUGAUAAAUGUAUAUAUUAAAAAAUAUUGCAUUUAUGUUGUGGUGAAAUUGCACAGCUUGCAGGAAUCAUAUUGCUUUAUGUUGUGUAAAAAUCUGUAGUCUCAUUCUGGUGAAAAAUCAGAAAGCAGCAGUUUAACGAGACCUUGUCAUUCAUAAAACAUUCCUACACAUGGGGAAAAAUUCACUCUUCCUCGAGUUGUCAAGAAUGAAAAAUUCUACGCUAAAUUUUAAAAAUCUUUACUUAAAUAAAACAACUACCUUUGUUCCACCCGUAAUAUGGGGCCAACACCAAAAUCAAACUAGUAGUUCAGAAAAAAAGCGAACGAACUGGUAUUCAAAUACUAUCCUUCGUAACACUUUAAUAAGGAAAUACUGUAUUUUUAACAUUAUAAAAAAGUAUGCAUUUCUCAACUACCUGACACUGACAGGGCACUUUUUUAAAUAUAUACUGCUCACAGGUUUUGCACGCAAUGACAAAUUAUGGUAGGUUUGACAGGAACAUACUAUUUUGAUUGUGCACUGAGCAUUAUGGGAAUUGCAAUCCUCAGCAGCUGGAGGGACGGAAGUUGUCAUUUCCCACCAUAAGGGUUUAGAAACCACACAGAACCACUGAAUAGAAUGUUGAGGUUCCAAGUUAUCUUCUUUGAUUAUUGUAUCUGCCAAACACCUGCAUUCUUUAUACAAACCCAGCCUUUUAUAUCUGUAUACUGAACAGCGUGACUUCGCUCUCGGCUCUUGGGAUGGCUUUGUUAACAAGUGCCCUCAGGAAUGUUUCUUUCAGUGGCAUAUGUCCCUGGUUGUUUGAAAUGUAUGUAAGACUAUGCUCGUUUGCUGGCUACGCAGCCUCUCCAGUCUCAAAGCUAGCAGGUGCUCCCUGUACACUCUGAGGCCGUCAUCACAUCUACAGCUACAAACUUGAUGCCUCUCUGUUCUACAGCACUUUGUGUGCGCACAAGGCCUGUAACAAGUGUGCCGUCACGCAAAACAUUCAAGUGGUUUUUUUUUGUACCUUUUCUAUGAUCAUGCUAUGAGUAAUUUAACCCUUUGUAUUACUAGGGAAAAAAAUAUAUUAUAGUUAAUAUUUUGCAGGAGUCACAAGAACUAAAUGUAUGCCAUGGAGCAAAAAAUUUAAGCAAAAUAAAAACUGUCACCUUAUGUUGUUUCAGAACUAUUUAGAGGUGUGUAAAUUAGAGGCCUCAUCCAUACCACAGCCCACCAAUUGGACAGACAUGUUUCAAUAAGGAUAAACUGAUGGAGUCUAUUAACAGUGGUACAAUACUUUUUGUAGAAGAGUUCCAAAGCAUUUGGACAGACCAAAGGUUGCAGAGUACACAGCUGAGCUGUGUUUUAUGGUUGUUGUUUAAAUCUCAAAAUUUUCCAAACAUGUGUUCCAGUGUUUCUGCAAUUUUACACACACAUUUAUUUAUCACAAUUAGUCCUGAGCCAGAGCCAGCAUAUGAUCCCAGCUUCUCUAUGCGACCCCUUAGUAGAGAUGUCGCAAACUGUCCGCCGAACUGUUCGCGAACUGUCCGCCGGCGAACAAUAGCGUGUUCGCGUUGGGUGAACAUAUCCGAUUUCCGGUCCGCCCCCUAUACGUCAUCAUUGAGUAAACUUUGACCUGGAACCUCACAGUCAGCAGACACUUCCUGGGAGGGAGGGUCUGCUGCUGAUUGGGUGGAAUGUGUCUGCUGGCUGUGAGGUUCUGGGUCAAAGUUUACUCAAUGAUGACGUAUAGGGGGCGGACCGGAAAUCGGAUAUGUUCGCCCAACGCGAACACGCUAUUGUUCGCCGGCGGACAGUUUGCGAACAGUUCGGCGGACAGUUCGCGACAUCUCUACCCCUUAGAGGUUCCAAACAACAAUGGGCAUGAUGAGAUAAAAGACCGAAUAGUGUGAUAUUGGUAGGGUUCUUUGGAUUUAGGGAAUGAUAAAAGUUUAAAGUCUGGUAGUAAUUUGCAUUUUGUAGGUAAAAAUAAUUGUACAUUUCUGCAAUAUAUAUUGGUAAUUUUUUUUAAAAUAAAUUAAAUUAACAGAGAUAAUUUGUACUCUGGCUAAAUAGAUGAAUAAAACAAUUACGGCACAGAUGGCGCAGGUUUAAAAAUGCCAUCUACACAUGUGAGUAAUUUAUAUGAUGGAUCCAUGGCUAGCAAGUUAAUGCAUAAUUAACAUUUUAAUAAAGGGUACAAAUUAAUGGCACUAAAACUAGGUUAUGUACAGGAGAAAAUUAUUUUGCUGCAUAAUAAACCUCAGUGGAUUCCUUUCAUGCACUAACACCUGAUAGCAAUCUUUUUGAAAACACAUUCAUACCUUUACUGGUACUGUGAAGCAUGGUAUACACCAACACACUAGGUACAAAACACAAGGUGGAAAGCAAAUGGAUUUUUGAAUUAGAUACACUUAGCCCUAACGGCUAAAAUUUAGAUUUUGAGUUUGCUCAUUUUUUAUAAUAAUAUAUUCCUUAUUUUUUCAUAUAAUUGUGUAUAGUCACCUUUUUCUCAUACAAUAGUUAUAUUCACCUUGCUGGGCCCCUAGCAAUAUGGUAAUAUACUACAGAUAAAUGUAUUUAUCAGUCCAUUAUUAUUAAUGUAAUUCUAUCAUGUUACAGUUUUAUACACAUCACCAUAUUUAUAUAUGAAAUAUAGGAGUUUUUGUAUAUAUUAUAUAUUGGUCUUAUGUGUGUUAGUUUUUAUUUUGUUGCAUUUUUAGACAUGGUAUUAUAUUUAGGGCGUUGUUGCCCACCUUUAAUAUGGACGUUACAAUGGUUCCGGUACAAUAUACACAGGGACAAUGUGAACCAGAAAUGAGCGGAAGUCAACACGGAAAAUCACGUGACCAGGAAAAGGACCGGCAUCGGAACAGAUGAACUGAAUUCCAAGAUUGAAUGGAACACAUAUAAAAUACAAAGCAGAAUUCCCACAGACUACCUUUGCACUGAAGAAGACUGGAUCCAGUCGAAACGCGUUUGCAAUUUAUUCUUUCUCAUUUAAGGACUUGAACAUUACUGCGGUAGUGUAUAUAUGUAUUUUCUUUUACACACUUCUUAUAUAUGUCCUCUUUUUUGGUAUUUUAAUAUUUUAUUAUUAAUAAAUUAUGUUUUUUUGGAACAUAUCCUGAGUUUGCCUGCAGAGAUGCCAUCGAAAGCCAAUAUUGGCACCCUAAUGCUUCUUAUAUAGAGCCUGGCACGGCUCUACACUUGUGAGUGCAACCUUUAUCAUUACUCACUUUCUUUUGUUAUUGUACAGAUUACACUAUGUGUGGUUGUAUCUAUUUAUUGUUGAUUCCAAGAGUGGUACUACUACUUCCCUACAGUGGAUAUCCAUUGUGAAGUAUAUGUUACUGUAUAUUUUACCUUCUAAUUCAUAACACUGGGUGUUAUAUAGGUUUGGUAGUGUUUGACAUUACAAGUUAUUUAUUGUGUGUAUUAAGGUGCUUGGGGAAACACCUAAAACUUUUUAUACACACCCAAUAUCACUAAAUCCAAAGCGCCCAGACACCUACUAAUUUUUUUAGUAUUUUUUGCUGUACAAAACACAUCCUUGUAUGAUGAAAGAUCACUGCCACCUAUAGGAAAGGCUUGGAACUCAUUCCUCCUAUAUUUGCAUGAUACAGCUGCAAUAAAUAUUUUUGUAUUGAGCCUGUAAGACGUACAGCUCUUAUUUGUUCCACAUCAGGAUGGUGUACUGAGAACACUCAUCCAAUUAACUAAAGGUCACAAUAUAAAAGAAUACAAAUAAACACCUUGUAGCUCUUGAGAUUAUUUAAAGAAUUACGGGGCUCUAAAUUUUGCAGGUCCGUUUCCAAUGCCAACAACUUGCUGACUGUAAUGGAUUUAAUAUUAUUUUUGGCAGUUUUUGAUGUGUACUGAUAUUUACAUAAUUCACUACAACAAUUCCCUGCAGUAGUUUUAAACUGUUAAAGGUGUUUUUUUUCAUUAAGAAAAGAGGCAUUAUAUAGAACACACAUGGGUUAGAUAUGUAGACAGCGCAUAGAUGCAUGUGAUGUAACAAAAUACCUAUUAACAGAGUAGCAGAUAAGAAAUUCUAAAUUAAACACACUGUGGAAAAAAGAAAGCAUGCACUGAGCUAGAUUAGGGAUCCCACUUUCAAGCUUACAGUCUGCUACAUACAUUUUAUUUCUCUCUUCAAAAUGGAAUAAAAAACAAAUAUAUUAUUAUACUACGGACUGUAUUUCUAAAUCUACACAACAGAUGCCAUUCUCUAAUGUUAGCAAAGUAAAAGAGGUUCAGGCACUCCUUGGUUCAAGACAGGCACUUUAUUAGGAACCACAACAGCAAAGUUUCGACCCCAAAAGGUCGACCCCAAAAGGUCUUUGUCUUGCUUGACAAAGACCUUUUGGGGUCGAAACGUUGCUGUUGUGGUUCCUAAUAAAGUGCCAGUCUUGAACCAAGGAGUACCUGAACCUCUAUUACUUUACUAAUGUUUGGAAAUCUAGUGUUUGAUUCCUGCUCAGAAAGCACCCUGGCUAUGAUUGGUGGGAGUGAGUGCAGUUCCACAUAUACUUUUCAUUGUCUAAUGUUUAACUGCAUCAUUACAGAGAGCAGGAUAGACAAAAGAAGCAGUAGUCUAGGGGUCUGUUCUCUCAGCAGGGAAUCCAACAUUCUUGCUUUAGGAAAAUGUAAGCAAUAAUUAUUUAAAAAGUAACAGUCUUACCCAAAUGAAAAUAAAGAGCUAUCAUAGCGAGAUGUGAACAAAAACCUACCAUCACUGACUUAUAUAUUAGACCAGCUGUGAUAUACACUGAUCAGCCACAACAUUAAAACUUACCACCUAAUCUUUUGUAGGUUCCCCUCAUGCUGACAAAACAGCUCUGAUGUGUCGAGGAAUGGAAUCCACAAGACCUUUGAACGUGUCCUGUGGCACAAGACAUUAGAUCCUUUAAGUACUGCAAAUUGCGAGGUGGUGCUCCAUGGAUCAGAUUUGUUGUUCAGGCACAUGCUCAAUCAGAUUGAAAUGUGGGAAAUUUGGAGGCCAAGGCAACAUCCUAAACUCUAUGUCAUGUUACUUAAACUAUUCAUGAACAAUUUUUGCAGUGUGGCAAAUACUGGACAAUUUACCAAAAUCUCGAUAUGGAUUAUAUAGAGAAUUGAUAAUGGAAUUCCAAAACAAAUUGGACAAUUCUCAUAUUUAGCUAUUUCUCCACCUAUUUUUUUCUAUUUCCUGGUUCAAUAAAUCUGAUGCAUAUGACCAGAUAGACUGUCACCAUCGGUGCCAUUAUUUUAUUUCACAGUGAUAUAUGUAAACCGGUAAGCACACGUUUUUUUUAUACUGUGUCUUUCUAAAGUGCCGUGUUCUAAAAUGCAGUUUAUUAUAUCACAGUAAAAAAUACAAAUAAACCUCACAUUUCUUAAAUUUGUCCAGCAUUCCAGCACAGGAACUCUGACUAAUUACACAUACGUUGCUUAUUGUAACUCAUUUUUAAUGAAAAUUGAAUAUUAACUAAGCCAACAAACUGUGUUAUUAACAUUCCAUCAUUGUAUUUUAAAAUAUUGGCUGUAGAACAUAUAGUUUGCCUUGGCAGAGGAUAUAGCUGUAAAUUCAGGGGGUGCUUUCUUUAUUUAGCAUGCUGUGUGUUGGCAGGGAGAUGAUGUUGAGCUGUCACUUAUUCACUCAAUGAUACUAUUGUUAGGUGAUAAGCUUGAUUAAUGUAUUUUGUAGGAUCACUGAACCAACUAACAAUGAGAUGUUGUAUCUGUCUGAAUAGUGAUAAAAUGUUGCACUGAGUCUGAGUAAUCCAAAAUGCUUCAAGGUAGUCACAAAUUCCUCUGCGGUAAAAGAGAACUAGACUAGAUGGGCCAAAUGGUUCUUAUCUGCAGUCACGUUCUAUGUUUCUAUGAAUGCUUCAUAUAUUUUAAGCAAUAGUUUCAAGUGUUCUACAAACAUAGCAUGGUUAUUUAUCAAUGAUUGAUGGGUCUAAGGUCUAACCUUUGAACCCAAAUGUUAAACAAAAGUCAAUUAAUAUAAACUUAAUGAAUAUGGUGCAUGAUGUAUACUUGAUCAGGCUCUUAGCAAGUAAUAGUUACAAAUAUUUACAGGGUACAGCAUCUACGGUACAAACCAGGCAAUAUUCUCAAUAUUACAGAAAUCACUGACCAGGCCAUGUUCUGGGCAUGAUAAAGCUUACUGACCAAGGCCACAUACUCAGCAUUAGGAAAUCUAACAGCAUUAGGAAAUCUAACCACGCUGAUUUAAUGCCUGUCACCAAGACCAUGCUCCCUGCUAUUUCCCUCCAAUGAAUUGAUCACUGCUGUUCUGUCGGCAAAAUACUUGACUUAUUAUCCCCCCUAUCUUUCCUCAUAUCCCUCCCUUUACCCACCAAUUAGAAGCCCGCUCUCCUGAAACCCCGUCUGCCCUUCUUGUCCAACAUCACUACCCUUCGCUGCUGGUUCCUCAAAUCCCUCAGUCACAUUUUUCCACCUGUGCAAAACAUUAACUGCUCAAUCACACUCUCAAUUCUGUGUCAAAUAAGUUAAAAAAUAUGUUGUGUUUAUGCAGUGCUUACAGUGGCCUUGAUUUAUUUUUUGGAUAAGCUUUCAAAUGAUUUAAUAUUUUUGGAUACAAUUUUAAAAUGUUUGUUUUAAAUAUAUAUAUAGAUAUAUCACAUAUAAAAAUAUUGCAAUAUAAAAAAAUUCAAAAUAUAAAAAUUAAAAAAUCAAAGUAUGAAAUAUUUUUAAUAGUUUAUUCAAAAAUAUUAAAAAUUUUAAAAGCAUAUCCAAAAACACUAAAUCAAGAUCAAUGUGCCCAACUUGUUUAGCGCAAGUUAAAAAUAAAUCUCUCCUUUAUUUCUGCGGUGCAUCACUGUCCUCUGUUCUUUAGCCAGUUCGUGCAACAUAAAGCACAGGAUAAUGGUUGUGCAGAGUUUAUUUAGUAUACUUGAAGGUGCAGGUGCUAAUGUGCAGUUGUCUAACUGCAUGGAAAUUGAAAUGUGUAUGUUUUAGGUGACAUACACUGUGCAUUAGCAGUUUUCCUUAGUUGUUUAAUUGAUUUCAUUUGAGUUAAUUGUUGUGUGUGUUACUUAAUGGGCGCUGAUAGCUGCUGUCAGCAGAAAACAUAGCCCAUAGCAAGUUUAUUUAUACUACCAUUGCCCGCUAAUGGUGUAGCAAGUGGAGACAUUAAAUGCCCAGUUAAGAAAAAAAUGGAAAGAGCAGCCAAUGACAAAGAUGUUAGUGCCAGUUUUAAUGAGCAAAGUUAAAGGAAUACAAUAAGCAUCAAAACAACUUUAGCUUAAUGAAGCAGUUUUGGUGUAUAGAGAAUGUCCCUAUAGUCCCACUGCUCAAUUCUCUGCCAUUUAGGAAUUAAAUCAGUUUUGUUUCUGUCUAUGCAGCCCUAGCCACACCUCCCCUGGUUGUGACUCACACAACCAUUAUGAAAAAAAUGGUUUCAUUUUCAAUCAGAUAUUAACUUUCUUAAGAAGUUUUUAACAUCCUGUUUUGUGAAUUGAAGUUUAAUCAAACAUAGGAUGCUCCUGCAAGAUCUAGCAGGCUAUUAACAGAGGGGAUAAGACAUUCUAAAUUAAACACACUGUUCAAUAAAGGAAGUUUAUACAUUAGAUUUAUCUUUACAGGAAGUGUUUAGGAAGGCAGUGUGAGUCACAUGCAGGGAGGUGUGACUAGAGCUGUAUAAACAAAGUGAUUUAACUCCUAAAUGGCAGAGAAAUGAGCAGUGAAACUGCAGGGGCAUGAUCUAUAUACCAAAACUGCUUCAUUAAGCUAAAGUUAUGCCUAUAAUCCCUUUAAAUUCCUGUAGUAUCCCUUUAAAUUCCAGAGAUGGGGCUCCUUAAGGCUAUAUUGAUACCUUUUAUUAAUAUAUGAUAAAAUAAAUACCUGAUAGAGUUCAGUAUAGUAAAUUUAGCCUACUGUAUAAAUAAAUAUUGCUUUUAAUUUGACUGGCUCUCAUAAAAUAAAUCAAGUACAAUUAAAAUCUUUAAAUCAAGAACCUAGAAGUCAAUGUGCCAUUCAAAAUGAAAUGCAUGGAUAUUAUAUUAUUUUUAUUAGCAUUUAUGAAGGUUGCCCCUUUAUUAUAAUUCAAAAUCACUGAGAGAAGAUAAUGGGACAGUAUUUUCUCUGCACUUUGAAAGUACAAGAACAGUUACAAUGUCCCUGGACUGGAUCCCAGAAAUGUAAUUUAGUAAGCUAAUUUCAAAGCCAAAAUAUUUUGUGGCAAAUGUCAUUCAAACCUUGCUUCUUUCAGGCAUGCAAGUCUUCUGAUAUUUAACAUAUGGAUAUACAUCAACUUUUUGUAGCAUGGAUCGACAUUCACGGCCAAUGUGUUAGAUCAUCACGUCAGAAAGAAAUAUUACAUUUCUCCCCUGGAAAGGCUAAAUCUGAAAUUUAUUGAUUGGCUAUUAAAAGUAGAUUGAAAUAAAGAGAAAAAUAAAUAAAUACAUAAAAAUAAAAUGGAAGAUUUAUACUUACCUGCAUAGAGUAUGUAAACAUAGAAAAUAAUACAUUCAUUAGUCAAAACUAUUACUCAAAAUGCCACAUAUGUAUUAGGUUGGAAAUAGGUUAUUUAUACAGAGUUCCUGAUAGAUUUAUAUCUCAUAUUAUACAUGUGGAAUCUUGUGGAUGGACUCAAAUAAAUUAACAAUUCCUUGAGAUUCAUUUUGUCAGGGUUGUUAUAAAAUACGAGGUAACAACACUUUGUCGAAGAUGGGCUAUGCAUUAAUAGGAACUCAUACAAAAAUAAAUUCAGUACAGGAUAAAGCAAAAUAUGUUUUGGUUUCAUCUACUUGUGUUUGCUCGUAAUUAAUAUUGAUUGGGUCUGGAAAAACAUAUUGUUGAGAACAAUUACAUAAACCAAUUUUAUUUUUCUUACCAAUUUUGAGAUGGAAACGGAUAUAUUUGUUCUAUUAUAAAUUUAAGAAAUCAGCACCUGUUAUGUUUCAUGCAGCAAUAUUUAUUUUCUUUAGAGUUUCAAUGUGACAUCUGUAUCCUUGUAAUAAAUUAUAGGCCCUGGAAGAAAGACAAGGAGCUGUGAAGGGGUCUGUAUUUUUGUUAAAAAAAAAGGGUGCAUAGCAACAUCAGCCUUUGUAUGAACACUUCAUCUUGUAAAGCUAGUUCUUAUUACUAAUAGUUACCUUACUAUUACAAAUAAUUACUUUUAUUCCUAUGGAAACCAUUAGGUUCAUGGAAUUAAACACACAUUUACAAAUGCUUGGAUUCAAGUCAACGUGCAGUCAGUGCUCGAUUGGAAUCAGACAGAUAGACCAUAGUCACCACGGAAUUAUGGAUCUCUGCCAUUUGCUUCUGGUGGUGGCAAUUAGCUGACAGAUAAUUCUAAUAUAUAUUGAAUGGUAACUAACUUUUCAUCAAUGUGAGACACUUACCUGACACGUACUAUUGUUUGGAAAUUGUUAUUCAGUUACCAAAGAUAUGUUCAUCUCUACUGAGAGACUGUAGCCCAUAAUUGGUUAAUGUUGUUGCUGAAGCCAAAGUCCUCAUGAAGUGGAUUAGGCAGUUGCCUAGAGAAUAAUUAGGGCUGUGUGCAUGCAUGCAUUGCCAGUUGUGUUGUGUUUAUAGAGAUUGUGUGUGUUUUUUGGGGGGUGGGGUUGUAUUAUUUGUAUGAGGGGGAGGUUUAUUUUGCAUCUCUGUGUAUAUCUGGCAGUGUGGUUAGCUUCCCUGGGGUCCAGUGGGGACUGGGCUGGCCAGCAGGGCCAGACUGGCCCACUGGGAUACCGGGAAAUUUCCCGGUGGGCCGCAGCACCUGGGGGGGCUGCAUGUAGAGAGGGAGGCCUGCUCCACAUAUUUUAAUAAUGUUGCGGCUGCCGGCCGCAUGUCUGUGCCACCGGGUGGCCGGUCCGGCGGCACACUCAGAGGUGAUUACUCACCUUGCAGCCGGCGGCCCCAUCUCCUGUGCUGACAGCUAUGCUGCUGUCAGUAUCAGUGAGUGUGCCGGGCGGCCGCCUAAGCGAUCCAGCAGCACACUCACUGAUACUGACAGCAGCAUAGCUGUCAGCACAGGAGGACUGAGGGAGGGGGCGGAGCUAACUACCAUGCUCCCUUACGGUUCCCAUAAUUCCCAGAAUCUACACAUCAUAGAGUAAUCACUACUCUAGGAUGUGUCCAUGCUGGGAAUUAUGGGAACCGCGAGGGAGCAUGGUAGUUAGCUCUGCCUCCUCCCUCAGUCCUCCUGUAACAAGGUCAGAAGGGACACAGAAGGGGAAGGGGAAGAGGAAGGGGAAGAGGAAGGGGAAGACAAAAAGAGGGGAAGGGGGAGACAAAAAGAGGGGAAGGGGGAACAAAUAGAAGGGAAGUGGGGACAAAUAGAGGGGUAAUAGAAACACUGGGGAAGGGGGGACACAGAGACUGAGGGGUAAUAGAAAGACACCAAGUUGGGGAGGGGACAAAGAGACAGAGGGGUAAUAGAGAGACAUAGGGCAAGGGGGGACACAUAGACAGAUGGGGUAAUAGAGAGACACCAGGGAAGGGGGGACAAAGAUACAGAGGGGUAAUAGAGAGACAUAGGGGCUGGGGGGACAAAGAGAGGGGUAAUAGAGAGACACAGGAGAAGGGGGGACUCAGAGACAGAUGGGGUAAUAGAGAGACACAGGGGAUGUGGGUACAUAGAGACAGAGGGGUAAGAGAGAGACAAAGAGACAUACAGUAGGGAAGGGGAACAAAGUGACACAAGAUUUGUGGGAGGCAACGCUGGGCUGGGGAAAAAGAGACAGAGAGUGAAUGGGAGAAGAGAAAGAGGCACACAGAGUCUGCAGUUAGAAAGAAACACACAGAUGAGAUUUGGAAGGGGAGAAAGAGACAAAGUGGCUGGGGCUAAGAACAACACAAAAGGGGCUGGGGGAAAGAGAAAUACAGAGGCUGGAGAAGGGUAAAAAGAAACACACAGGGACUGGGAUGAAGUAAAAGAUGCACAAGGGUCGCUGUAAGAGAUAAAAAGGAGACAAUUGAAGACAAGAUACACUAAACGAGGUAAAGGUAACAGAUGUAAAUUGAUGUGAUCCUGACAGUAAUACACACACACAUAUAUAUAUAUAUAUAUAUAUAUAUAUAUAUAUAUAUAUAUAUAUGCAUGUAUAUUGAUGUGUGUAUUAGUAACAUAUAAUUAUGCCUAUAAUAUUUACACAUAUAGUAAUAUACAUUUAUAUAUGCAUAAUACACACAUAAAUGUCAUUACAUAUAUAUAUGUGUAAUGAGCACGUAUUGGCUCAGUCUUGUUGCUGGUUGCAUACUCAUGCACAAUAACAUAUUCAAAGUGAAUAGUGCACCCAUAGAACUUCAAAAUUAACCAGAUCACUUCAUUUUUUUAGUUGUGCAACUGCAGACAUUCAGCAUUUCAGUACCAUUACUAAAAUGUCCUUAAUAGGCCAAAGUAGUUGUACUGAAACAUUGAUUACAUGCAAAUGUAUGUCUACUUAAAAGAAAGGUGCUCUUGUGUUUAUUUUGAAGCCCUACAUGCGUUCGUUCGUUGGAGUAAGAGUUUUCAAUUUCAAGUUAUUUUUUCACCAUCUAUAUCAGCACACUAUGCUGGCGUGACGCAUUAUUGGGCUGGUAUGGAAUUUUUUUCCAGGGCUGAUUUUAGUUCCCAGUCCGGCCCUGCUGGCCAGGUGAAGGCAAGCAGUGGUCAGGUAGAGAGGCUGUGAUAGCUGCUGUGGGCUGCUCUACUCCAGAGUGGAUUCUCGUUUACAAGUGAUCUGAGAUGCAAUGGUUAAAUUGAGGAUUGUGCUUUGCCACCUGAAAUCAACAUUUGUUUUGCAUUACAUUGGGUAAUAGUAACAACCCUGGAUGUUGGGCUAAGGUAACAUGCUCAGGAAGUACUUGAAAACCAGAGUAAUCUGAAUGUACCUUUCCUGGUUAUUAUUAUUAUUAGCAGAUAUCUGAAGUCCCACUGGGCCUUUUGAUAGGCCAGAGCCUGUUUGUCUCUGGCAGCCUUGAGUGCCGUGUAAAGGCACCUCGAGUGCCAUACAUGGCACACUUGCAAUAAGAUGCUGACCACUGAUCUAGUGAUAUAGUUGUUACUCAAGUAAAGUAAAAGUAAAGUAUUUGGUUGCAAAUCUUACCUCCUCAAGAAACUGUCGAAGCAUACAUACACACACACCUGGAAAAUAUUGGGUUACAGUUGUCUGAGAGACUUAGGGGUUGUAGUGCAAUAGCAGCUGGGCUUUAUACUGCAUUACAGACCAGCCCUGCUUUGGAAUACAACCCCUCCUUACUUGGCACAAGCUCGGUAUUUCCUUCCAAGUGUGAAAAUUAUGUUUAAGUGGGACAAAUACAAGCACUAUCGGUUAGAAAUAUUUCUUGGCCGUUGCCAUGGUAAUAUGGAGUCUUUCCCAAUCCUAAUUGGCAAUGUCACAAGUUGGUAUUGACAGUUCAUGAUACUGACUUUCAUCACAUUGAUAGGUAAGUGAUUGUAGCAGUAAAAUCAAGUGCUGCAGCCUCUUCAUUCUAUCACUGUUGCAAAGCUUUUUAUUGCUCAGGUGAAAGUGGAAAUGAAUAACUUUUUAUGAAGCAUUUGUUUUGUUUCAUGUUCUUCUUUUUCUAACACGGUGAUACGAUCAGUAAGCAAGUAUCAUCAUUAUUAUCCUCUGUAUCCAAUAUCCUAACAUGUUCAGCAGCGCUGUACAUAGUGACAACAAUAAAUACAAAAUGUGAAAGACAUCAAUAGGCAGGUAUGGAAUGUGCUGGUCAAUGAAGCUUACAAUCAAGAUGACAGUGCUUCUGCAGAGAAUCAACAUAUGGCGUACAAUAAACCUCUACAUGUUUGCUAGCAACAAAAAUUAUAUCAAAGAAAUAUAAAUCCUUUAUUUCUCUUCUCCGUGAAAACUAAUGAUACUAGGUAUCAGCCUGUCCUAUCCCUGGAUGGAAGACAAACACUGAGACAGCUUGCAGGGAGACCAGGUAACAAGUGAUCAAGCACUAGAGCGGACCCCGAUUAAAAGGAAAUUAUAGUUUUAAAAAUAAUACUUAUUUCUAUAAAUUAAUUCUUUGAAUUGUUUUGAACCCCAAACCUCCUCCUAUGUUUUAAAAUGUCCUUCAGAUACGCCAUUUUGUCCAGUCUCCUCUUUGACUCUAAGAGAAAAGCAUUGGGGAUGGGAAGCACGUGCAUUGCAAGUGCCACGUUCCUCCAAUCAAAUGCCUCUCAUAGAUAAACAUUGAAUCUGAUGCUUCUCUAUGAGAUGCAUUCAUUAACCAUUGAACAUCCUUAUGCAAAGUGUGAAGAUGUCAAAUGUCAAGAACCGAGUCUAACUCUCUGUACUCACAGUGGAACCACCAUCUAGUGACUGUCAGUGUAACAGCCACUAGAGGUGUGUUUAGCCCUGCAAUUAAAACACUUCCCUAUCUCCAAAAUGACAAUGUUUUACAUUGCAUGAGCAAAAUCCCAUUGGCACUGCACACAGAUCACUUCAUUGAAAUGAAGUGGUUUGGGUGCUUAUAGCUUUUCUUUUAAUCUGGAGGUUUCUUCAAUGACGUAAAGGACCUAGACGGUCAUAUGGGACUGACCACUCUCCAUUGCCUCUAAGUGUCACAAGAAGUGCCAAAAUUACCUCACCUCCUUUUGGCAGAUUAACUAAAAGAAGGUCUACAAAAGUUGGAAAACAUUGAAAAUCAUGUUGCUAUCCAUUAGAGGUUUUCAAGUUUCUUCCUUUUUGUGUCAAAGGGUCACUAUUAAUUUCUCUUGUACAUUAGUCCUGCACACACCAACCCUGCAGAUGUAAAAAGUGUACUAAUGUAUUAGUCUCAUUCAAAGUCAUAGUCAUUAACCAGAAAAUAUAAAUGUCCAUCACUGUAAAUUUAAAAAUGAUCCCUUUAAUGCAUGAUAUAAGACAACACAGACAAUGCUUCAAUCCCACUUAAUAAAGGCUUUUGUUACAAAUAUUAAAUGUUUAAAAAGAACCUGUCAAUCUUAUACCAAGUCUGCCUAAAUUUCCCCCAUGUACAUUGAAUACAUCAUAUAUUACAAAGAUACGUUGCAUUUAAUGUCAAUUUUAAAAAUAUAUAUCUCAUCUCCACUUCAGCGCUGCCAUUUACUCGUCUUCAUAACAACACCCACCUCCAAUCCACCCUUUGCUCCUCCUGCUCUCUUCUGUCAUUUGCUUGGGGUAAGUGGUGUGGGUAUUAUGCAUGGACAACAGAAGGACCACCUAUGGGAGGACUUUUAUGCUCUCAAUGACAGUCAUUUUUUUGGCAUAGAGUCUAUCCUGAAGAUCUGACUGGCAGCUGGAGAACCUAGUUUGUAAAUAUAUUUUUACACACUGUACAUUUACUAGCACAUCUGCUAGAACAGUGUAAACGCUAAAUUGUAUGCUGUUUUAAAAGAGCAUAAGUUAAAAUAGCCGCGACGGGUACCUGUUAAAAGCUAACUACUUUUAGUUGUAAAUGUUCCUACUGUUUCAGAUAUUUAUAGAGUUUAAGGUGAAAUUUGAAAUCCAAGUGCCUAUAUGUAUAUGAAUACUCUAAAUGAAGCAUCAGUUUCCUUAAAAUUUUACUUUUUGAAUAUUGGUGGUUAGAGAGAAGAUUUCCUGUUUGGGAUGUGUAUACACUUUACAUUCUGUUGGUCUGUGAUUGAAUAUGCUGCUUAGCAGUAUGUGAAAUUCAUGUACUUUCAGUGUGAAAUUAAUUAACUAAUCACAUUUGGGAUUCCAAAGGAACUUGUAAGAUUAGUUAAUUGAUUUCACAGUAAUAUAUCAUGGACAUUAAAACUCUGCAUGUUUGCUAGCAACAAUGUGUUCUUAACGGCUUUAAAAGUAUGUUAUGUUUGCUUGUAAGUAUUUCUUAUGUCGUAAAAAUAAAAUAUGGCUCCUUUAUUGAAAGACACACAUGUGAGCACAUGCACCAUGCGUACACACACAUGCACAUUCUAAGAAGCAAUUCCACAUAAAAACUGCCAAUUAUAUAUACAUAUUUCCCACUUAUCCCUAUUCAGGAGGAACAGUUCCUAUUUUGGAUCCUAAUUCCUUUGUACUCUAUCCCCCUAAAAUUAAAGUGUCCCUCUUUGUCCAUUUGCACUGUAGUCUUGCAGCACCCAAUAUUUGCAAACAGUGAAAAAUAUAUUUCACUUUGCAAACUCAAGCACAAACUAGUUAUAGUUUUGGCACCCUCUAAGCGAUUUUGCAUGAAAAAUGGCCAUUACGUGCUUAUCGGCGCAGCCAGUAACUUUAGCACUGUAAUUUUAUAUAUGACGGAGAACAUCCUACGGCAUAUAAUAUAAAUUCAAUUUAUUGACCCCUGCAAUACUAGUAUAUACUGAUGACAGUGUUAGCAAACCAUCUGUCGAUAUGUAAGCCAAUGUAAUAUAUUUCCCUGAAGCACAGACUCCUGUUUGCUACCUUUGUUCAUAAUGACUUUUUGGUUUAUUUUUUUUAUUCUUUUAAAACAUAUGCCAUAGUUUUUACAAUUAAACAGGAACUUUUAUUUUAUUUCAAGUAUCUCAAGAAAGCUUAGAAAAUAGUUGUAGAUCUUGUAGUUGCAGAGGCAAUUUAAUAAACAGUAAGUUGUAGGAAAGUGAUAGCCAAAAUAUAAAUUACAAAUAAAAUAUUCACUUCAGAAGAGGUAGAGAAUGUUUGUCAUAAAUGCUGCUGCAAACUAAAUUGUAGUUGUCUAAAAGCUUGUUGCCAUGUACCACAACUGUUUUUAAUGAAAAAUUUCUCUAUGACUAUAUUAUACUAAGAACAAGCCAUUCAUAAGAGUUCCACUCCCAAAUGGAAUGACGCUUUAAAUUAAUGCCUGCUGGGCUACUGAGAGCUUCUAAAGCUAAAUAAGCAUAACGUUCUGUGCUGGUAGAUUGUAAUGGCCGCCAAGUGUGACAUAUGUUCCUUAAACAGUUAAAAAUAUUUCAACCUGAACUACUGAUACAUCUUUAUGAACCUCACACAGAUCACUUUGGUUUGUUCAUCUAAUUCCUAUUUCCGAGUAUCAUCUCAGUGACCCAUACCCAGCCAUUAUUACACACAGGAACAUAUCAGAUGUGACUUUUAAACAUACCAGAACUUGUUUUUUUUCUAAUCCAAGCCAUCAUGUUCUCUCCAUUAGUUUCCCAAGGUCUCCUAUGUCUAUUUUUAUAAGUCGAGAAGUAAAAUCACAAUGAUCAUGAUAUUUAAUGCUUUUCAUGGAUUCAGGAUGUAAUGAGCCAUUAUAUGGCCGAGAUUAGACUCAUCAUUUUGCUGAUCACAAAACGUAACAGUAAAAUGAUUUUAUAAGCUUUCCUAGCUUCAUUUUGCCGGGAGGACACAGAGCUCCAGCAGUUUAAAGCAUCUACGACUCAAACUAAAAAGGAUGGGUGGUCUUGAAAUAGACAAGAGUCACUUUCCGAAGAAAAUAAAUCAAUUAUUGCGCAACGUAUUUCAUUAAUGCUGCUGAAAAUUGGAUAUCUUAUGAUAUCGUGUUCUGAAGCACUUAAGAAGAACAUUUAGUGGUUACAUGUGGAAACAUGUUUACAAGCCUUUUCAGCCAAAUGGGAACAAGCAAGGGAGAUAUAUGGCCUUCUUAAAGGACCACUGAAGUCACCCAGACCACUUUAUCUCAAUGAGUGGUCUGGUUGCAGUGGACCUGUAGUUUUAUCCCUGCAAUGUAAAGCAUAGCAGUUUUAUACAAACUGCUAUGUUUAGAUUGUAGGUUUAGCACGCUUCUAGUGCUUUGACAUUGAGAACCAAGUCAAACAGUAUACAUUUUGCAGUACAAAAAACAACCAAUAAUAAUGUACCUUAUACACCUUAAUAUAUAUGCAAAGAUACUUAUCAAAUAAGGUUGAAUACAGCCUCCCUCAGAUCGCUUCCCAGCUAGCGAUCAACUUGACAGCAAAAUGUAGAAAAAACAACGAGGGAACCGGCUGAUAAUCUCUACAAAAGUAAAUAAAGAGAAUAUAGUGUAAUACAGUUUACAGUAUAGACAUUGCGCAAAAUGAAAUGCACUCACUGGAUUUUAGACAAAUUGAAGAUUGUAAGAUGCCUCCCCCGAUAGUAUGGGGGGCCUAGGGAAAUCCCCUGGAUGUUUUCACUCCAACACAGGACUCCGGGUGAAGUUUGGAAAGAUGGCUUUAAUUCAAUAUUAAAAUAUGUUUAAAAAUAAAUAAAACAAAUAUAAAUAAGGCUUUAAUUCAAUAUUAAAAUAUGUUUAAAAAUAAAUAAAACAAAUAUAAAUAAGGUCCCUUUAAUUCAAUAUUAAAAUAUGUUUAAAAAUAAAUAAAACAAAUAUAAAUAAGGUCCUUUAAUUCAAUAUUAAAAUAUGUUUAAAAAUAAAUAAAACAAAUAUAAAUAAGGUCCCUUUAAUUCAAUAUUAAAAUAUGUUUAAAAAUAAAUAAAACAAAUAUAAAUAAGGUCCUUUAAUUCAAUAUUAAAAUAUGUUUAAAAAUAAAUAAAACAAAUAUAAAUAAGGUCCUUCGUUGUUUUUAAGGUCCUAAGGUUCCCUCGUUGUUUUUUCUACAUUUUGCAGUACAGUGUCAGGCUAAUUUUUUGCACCAUUUUGGUGUGUCCAAAUAGGUUUUCCUGAAUAAUUUGCAUGGAUGGUAUUAGAACAAGCUGAACUCGUGCGUCUAUGAAAUUUGGUCAAGUGUACAAGUCUACAAAUUAGUUGAUUUAAGUGUUUUCAGUUUGAUAAUCCUUAAAGGAAGACUAUAGUGUUAGGAAUUCCUAAUAUAGUGUAGUGACCCAAUGCACUAAAAUGAUUGUAUGCCCUCCCAACCACGUAAAGGGUUAAAAAAAAACUUUAAAUGCUUACCUGAGUGCAGCGCUGGUGUUGGCAAUCCAAGGGAACCUAUUGUGCGCAUUAAUCCUUCCCCAUAGGAAAGCAUUAAUUCAAUUCUUUCCUACUGGGUAUUUCAACACGCUUGAUGUGCAAAACGUCAGAUUCUGUGAAUCUCCAGGAAGGUCCUCUAUUGACUUUCUGGUAGAUAGCCACUAAAGGCAGCCUUAACCCUUUAAAGUAAACAUUGCAGUUUAAUUGAAACUGCAAUUAACAGGGUUAAAGGAGAGAAGAAAACUGCACCUAGGACACUUCAAUGAGAUGAAUUGGUCUGGAUACAUAUGGUGUCCCUUUAAAGUAUUGAAUUGAACUCCCUGUUGCAAAAUUCCAACUAGUAGAAAGUUAAUACUAUUGUCUACUUUCUUAACCUAUACAUCUUUAUCUAAGUGUAAAGUGAUAUAGAUUUAAUAUUGCAGAUUUCACUGUACAAAUUUAUUUUUGCUCUUAGAGACAUUUUUUCUGAGAAUCUGUCAUUUCACCACAGCAGACAUAUAUGCUUGUAUAUGUAAGACAAUGUUGAUGAUCAAAAAUAAUUUUUGUUGGUAUGUACUUUUUGCCACCACGUGUCACUAGAAAAUGUGACAUUACUGACAACACAAUAGGAAUGCUCAUAUUCACUGUUGAUAAAAUGCAUUCCGACUUUGUGACUACCCAAUGAUGUUUCAUUAUUGUGAUAUGAGAUGGAAGCAAAUCACAUAUUCCAGAAAGUCAGUGACAACUUAAAAUUGUUACUUCGAUAUACAAAGUUAUGAAUAUUUCAUAUGGCUGUAGCUCACUCUGAGGCCAUUUUAACAAUAUACUAUUUCACUGCAACCUGCAACCAAUAUCUAUCUAUCUAUCUAUCUAUCUAUCUAUCUAUAGAUAUAGAUAUUUAUUGCCUCUUUGCCUCUUUAAGAAGUGUUUUUAAAAAUAUUUGAUAAAAAAAUAAGGUAGUACAUAUUUUCUCUUGGGCAACUAUUUAAACCAACCUUUGCCUCUGUGUAGGAAAUUUGCUCACCUAGUUAACAUCUUAACCUCUAAUGGGUUUCCUCUUAUGUAAAAUUAGUUAAUCUGUUUCAAAGCGCAAGUUCUAGUUUGACAUAAUGUCCAAAUGUGUCUUACCAUGCCUACCCUCAAGUAAUCAAUUGUUUAGUGUGUGGAGCAAUGGAAAAUAGUACAUAUUGAGUUAUUGCAGCCACACAUUCUAAAUAACCUAGCAGGAGGAUUGUUCUGUAAUAAUUACAACACUAACUAAAAUUGUAAACAAAAAGUUGCACAAUAUGGAAAAAUAUAGACGUUCUCUUAUUUUCCUUCUAGAUUGGCUACCUGUUGUUCUAGAGAAUUUGAUCAAUAUUUCCUAACAGAGAUACUUUUCAUCCUGUAGUCAUCUAAAAAAAACUUUAUUGGAGAAUAUAUCCAAGUAAGAUUUAUCCAGAUAGCACAAUAUAGUUAUGAAAGGACUAGACAACCUCAAAACCAUCUGUUGUAAAACUACAACCACUAUUAUAAUUCUGGCUUUAUAUGUUUAUGGGUCAUGCAGAUCAAAGAUCAUCGUAGUUCUAGCACAAUAACAUCUGGGCCACGGAUUAAACAUGUUCUACAGGCAGGAAACCUCUUAGAAAAUUGAAACAGUUGCAUGUGUACAUUCUAAAAAUAGUAUUAAGUAUUUAUUACACCUGCUUCAUUCCUUACAUCAAUUACAGAGUCAUAAAUUGUACCAACUGUUUAUUAUUUGAUAAAUAGUAAGCAGAUUGUUAUUUCUUGGAGGUUUUAUAUAGAAUGUAUUUUAUACUUUGCUGUAUUUUGUGAGCAUUUUAGUAACUUUAAACUUGAUUUUUAUGGUUGUCACAUGUAUAAUUUAAUGUUGUUUUUUUUAAAACCUACAUGCUCACCCAUGAUCGUUCCAUAUUGCAUUACUAUUUCAAAGCUUGUUUCAAAUGUUUUGUAGUCCGAUAUGCCUUAUUACAUUUUAAUCCCAUCAAUAACAAUCAAAGUGAAUUGGUCCAUUUUUGUUAAUAGGAAGCACUGGGUAGAGUUAUGUAAAGCACAGAUAAUAUGUAUGAGUCAAAUUUCGCAAUGCUUUGCCCCAUGAGUUUUCCCAUUAACCUGACCCAUAGUGCUUUAAAUGACAUAUUUAAUGCAUUUAAGGUCUACAAUCUGCUGCUGAUAGAUAUGAAUGGACAUAGAGGGUAAUCAUUUUCAAAUAAUGUUAUUCUGCUGUAAUACCACAGAGCAAUGUGUAAGAACAUGAAAACUACCCUUUAUCUGGACUAACACGUUCAAAAAUAAAUAAUAACAUAUUUAGUAAACUCGAGGCCCAUCUUUCAGUGCAGUCCUAUUUUACGAUGCUUGGCUAACUUCUCUUCCAGUCCUGAAAUCUAUCCAGUGUUUUUGAUGUGUGCUGCUAUCUUUUUAUACUUACUUAAAUAUGAAACAGCAAUUUUACAAACAUGCUUGCUUUGUUUUUAAUAGCAUAUAUAUAAACAUGCUGCUGUUAGAACAAAUAAGAAAAAAGCAAAUUAACCGUAUGUAUAAAUAUAUAUAUUUGUGCUCAGACUUUCUAAUAUGUUAUGGAAUGUAACAGAAGAUGCAAUGUUGGUUGAGGUGUGCCGAAACCAACGUACGAGUAGGCCUGUAAUUAAAAAAAAGGGCCCACCAAGGUGAAAUGUAAUAUAUAGAUGGGUGUAAGUGGGUGGGGUCAAUCAGCUUGAACGGCAGAGGUGAGUAGGGGCUAGGGGUUUAAGUAGGGGGCCUUAACUCCUCCCACAAAUUCAGGCCUAAUGGCCUUUUAACUUGUGCUCGGAAUUUCUAAUAAGUUAUGGAAUGUAACAGAAGAUGCAAAGUUGGUUGAGGUGUGCCGAAACCAACAUACAAGUAAGCCUGUAAUAAAAAGAGGGCAAAAGGAGGAUUCAAGUAAACACACUUUAUUGCAAGUUACAAAGCUAGACUUCUGAAAGCUUGACGAAGCUCUCUCUCUAGUCGUGGUAUGUAAGUAUUGUAAAUGGAUGAUUUCCAGCGGCCCAGUCUUUAAAUGAUGUGGACUGGUGUGUUUGAGCUUGAUGCGGAAGAAGCUGCGCCAAAAGGAAGGAGUGACCGGAGAAGGAAGCCGGGUUGCAGCCCAACCUUGACAGUAGAGUCCUAACGGGAAGUAAUCUGUGGUGAGUGGGUGCCCUUGGAGUAGCAAUAGUGGAGUGUCCGGUGAGUGUAUGUGGUGAGAUACAAGAAAUAAAUCAAGUACUUUGACUGGACACCAAGCAUUCUCGGUAGGAAAAAGAGGAAUGAUAGUGGGAUGAUUGGUGUGGUUAGUCUUAGUGGAAGGUAAAGAAAUUAUAUAGUGGUCAUCAACCUUUUUAAAGGGACACUAUAGUCACCCAGACCACUUCAGCUCAAUGAAGUUGUCUGGGUGCCAGGUCCCUCAGGUUUUAACCCUUCCGAUGCAAACAUAGCAGUUUCAGAGAAAUGUUUACAUUUGGAGUUAAGCCAGCCUCUAGUGGCUGUCUUCCGGAAAACCACUAGAGGCGCAUCUGCCAUGCUGGAAGCAGAUUUCACAUUGAGAACACAUUGAGAAAUGCUUUCCUAUGGACACAGUGAAUGCACGCGGCACUUGCCGCGCAUGCGCAUUCGGCUCCGCUGAGGUCGGACAGGGGAGCUAAUGCCGGAGGGGGAGGAGAGGUCACCAGCGCCAAGGGAGCCCAACGCUGGAUUAAGGUAGUUAACUGAAGGGGUUUUAACCCCUUCAGCGCCAUGGGAGGGGGACACUGAGGGUGGGGGCACCCUCAGGGCACUAUAGUGUUAGGAAAUGUGUUUUCCUGACACUAUAGUGAUACUUUAAGAUGAGAUAGUUGAAGACUUGAUGUAGUAUCUUAUAACUGUGAACUCCCUAAGUCUAAGGAAGCCAUAGAAAGCCAUAAAGAUAGCUGCCUUUAUAACCAGGUUAGUAUGAUAGUCGAAUGGUGAUUUGUCCAGUAGGUCACUAAGUAGUCUGAAAAUAGGACCAUCUUUUGGCAAUCUGGUAGUGACAGGGGGAACUGUAACCUUGUGAAUACCUUUAAGGAUGUUCUUAAUAGGGUAUGAUGCUAAGAAAGGUGCGUGGUUAGGGAAGUUAGUUAGGAUGUUGUGUUGUACCCCUGUGCAUUAUUCCAGGAUCCUGUUUAGCCUUGACUUGCAGAGAGUCCUAGUAAGGAAGUAUUUCCCAAGUAAGUGAGUAAGUGGAUUAAUCUCAUAAGAGCAAGCAUUAGGCUGCUAGAGUAGAACCUGCCAAGAAUGGAGUACAUUGAUGGUGUGGCAGGCUUAUGCAAUAUAUGAUCAGAUAAUGUAACUAAACCCCUAUUAUUUUUUGCCUAGGUGAGGUGUUUUUAAAUAAAACUAUUACAAUCGCUAAGAUUUGAAAUCAUUGUUUAGUGAAUAAGGGAGUGCACUGGGUUUUGUAUUUUGUAUAUAUAUAUAUAUAUAUAUAUAUGUACUGUCAAUUUGCUUUUUUCUUAUUUGUUUUAACAGCAGCAUGUUACCAAAAAAUGCUUAACAGGAUGGGUGGUGAUGUCAUCGAACGGCUAGUUGGCUGUAAGUUGUCAAAUACUGACAAAAAUGCCCACUGCUCUUAGACAACAGCAAUGACCAAUGUAUUCAUCAGUCCAAAUGUGUAAAAAAAAAUAAGGUUACCUGCACACUAACUCUGAUCACUGGGUACAGUAAAAUAAAAUAUGUUUUAGUACCAGUAUUGGCUAUUACAUUGUAAGCUUAAUUGCCAUCACCAUUACAAACCUCUUAGAUGAGUCAUAUGCUAACAAUUAAACUCACCCCUCUGCCAGUCCUUACAUUGGCUCCCUGUAUCCUAUAGGAGUCAAUUCAAAGUGCUAACCCAUACAUUUAAAGCACUGAACAAUUCUAGCCCCUCUUAUAUCUCUUCACUGAUUCAUAGGUAUGCCCCUCCUCGUACCCUCCGCUCUGCCCGUGACCACCUCCUGACCACUGUCUGCACCCAUACGGCCAACUCGCGAUUGCAGGACCUCUCGGGGGGGCUCCUUUCCUAUGGAAUAGCCUGCCUACCCACAUCCCCUGGUCUUCAAUCAUUUAAGAAGAGCCUUAACACACAUCUCUUCAGGAAAGCUUAUGGCCUCCCAUAGGAACCUCUACCUUACAUACCUGUCUAUUGCUUUCUCUACCCUCUCCUCCAGCCCUGCUUCACUCCCACCCUAUUUGAUUGAUAUUUCCUGUCCUAACGUGUCUUAUACCUCAUCUCCUAUAGACUGUAAGCUUGUUUGAGCAGGGUCCUCUUCAACCUAUCGUUCCUGUAAGUUUUCUUGUAAUUGUCCUAUUUAGAGUUACAUCCCCCCUCUCAUAAUAUUGUAAAGUGCUACGGAAUCUGUUGGCGCUAUAUAAAUGGCAAUAAUAAUAAUAAUAAUAAUAAUAAUAUGCAAAAUUUCUAAUGAGACAAAAGAACCCAAGAUUAGUGGGAGUUUGGGUGCAUGGAUUAUUUCUGUGCAUGGAUUAUUUCUAUUUUAUUUGUUUUUCUAUUACACAGCCAUGUUACAGGGCUGCUGCUCACCUCGGUUAGUGUGUAGGGAUAUAUAAAAAUACAUUUGUUGGUGUCAUUAGAAGGUGUUAGCUUUGAAACCAGAUAAUAUGAGAUUUUCCUUGAUGUUGACAGGUAAACUUACCCUUUAACUGUCAUUGCUCUGGUACUAAAAUUCCCUGCCAUUUCUUUGGAAAUACAGAUUUAGCAUAGUGUACAAGAACAUUUUUCGUUUUCUAUUUGGACUGAGGAAUACUAUAGCCAAAGCUACAAACCAAGAACAGUGGGAGUUUAAGAACAGUUCUUACUUCUGUGUUUGUAAAAUCAGACAUGGUAUACAUUUCGCUACCAGAACUUUUAGCUAUGGAAUCUGAUGGCACUAUAUAAAUAAUAAAAUAAUAAAAAUUAUAAAAAUAAUAUAUACAUUGGAAGGGAGCUUACCAUUAAAAGGAGAGGGAUCACCAUCAAAGUACUUAACCCCUUAAGGACACAUGACAUGUGUGACAUGUCAUGAUUCCCUUUUAUUCCAGAAGUUUGGUCCUUAAGGGGUUAAAAGGGAAAUGACAUCUUUCUUGAAGCAUUGUCUAAUAUUUUAUAUGCAUUAGUUGGAAGCAGGCAUCAUUUAACUUCUAUAAUAAUCUUUCAUUUUCUCUCUAUACAUAUCUAGGGUAAUCCAAUUUUUCUUCAAUUUGCUAUUAAAGCUACAAGACAGUUCUACUACAUCAACAUGCCUGCUUUCCUUUUAUCGAAUUACAGUGUCAGGAUAUUCUUUGGUAUUAAUUAUAUCUAGACACGAUCUGAUUGUCACAUUUCCUGCUCCAGAACCGUACACCAGAUCUUGUGUGAUUAUGUAGCUGGGUACUGCCCCAAAUGUAUUAGGAAGUCAAACUGGAAAUAAAUCAAAAUGAUAAUUAAACAGCAAAUCCAUAGUGAAUACGUUUAUGUUGGUUGUAAUAAGCAAAAUGUUUAUAGAUCAUGGCAUGAGCAAGUGUGUAUGAGACUUGUACAGUUAUUUACUAAAAUGGGAAUUGUCCAGAGUUUAAAGCAAAUUCAAAAUUAGCUUAAGAUUUAGGCCAAAAUUGCACAAUGAAAAACUUAAUUUUUCUCAUUCAGUUAAAGAGAACCAGAACAUGAAAUUUACUCUGAAUUAUAUAUGAAUUUCUGGCACUUCACAUUUUAGUGGAUAACUCUGAUUUUGAUGCACAUCUGCACACACUACGAUCUAGUAUUUGCUGUUUAAUAAUGUUUUUUUUUUUUCAUUAUCAUUUUAGUUUCAGUUUGACUUUCCAAUCUUUUGUGAAAUGUGACAAUGGGUGGAACUUCUGCCUCCAAAUCCUGCCUUUUACCAUCAGCCAUCAGUCACAACACCUAUUGUCACCUGCUGCAGCUAUACUGAUUUUCCUCUCCUGUUGCUCCUCUCACACGUCUCCCCUCUGUCAGUCCUUAAAUUGGCUUCCUGUAUGCUAUAGGAGUUAAUUAAAGGUACUAAUCCACACCUAUAAAGCACUGACCAAUGCUAGCCCCUCCUUUAUUUCUUCACUGAUUCGCAGGUAUGCACCUUCUUGGUCUCUCCAUUCUGCCCAUGACCUUCUAAUGUCUGCUGCUCGCACCCGUACAGCCAAGUCACACUUGCAGGACUUCUCGUGGGUGGCUCCUUUCCUUUGGCAUAGCCUGCCUAUGAACAUCAAGCUCUCCCCUAGUCUUCAAUCAUUUAAAAAGUGCCUCAAAACCCAUCUCUUUAGGAAAGCUUAUGGUCUCCCAGAGUAACCUCUACCUCACGUACCUGUCCCUUGUUCUCUCCUAAAGGGCAGCACUCUAUUCUCUCCUCCAGCUCUGCUUCAUUCCACCUUGUUUGAUUGCUCCCUCCUGUCUUGUUGUGUUUUACACCCUACCUCCUAUAGACUGUAAACUCGCUUGAGCAGGGCCCUCUUCAACCUAUUGUUUCUGUAAGUUUUGUAAUUGUGUCAUUUAUUGUUAAAUCUCCCCCUCUGAUAAUAUUGUAAAGCGCUAUAGAAUUUGUUGGUGCUAUAUAAAUACCAAUAAUAAUAAUACAUGAGCAGACACCAUCUAGUGUGGCACAGAACCUGGGGUGUUGCAGGAUUAAAUAUAAACACCAUUCUGAUCUAUCGACGACACUCCUGGCAAGUGUAUUAUGGUGGUAGGAGAGAACAUAAGUUCAGUAUACCUCCCUACCUGCUCCCACCUGGCUCCCACCAUACACCACCAUACAAGUCACCUUGGGGGGUCUUUGCAAACUCAUACCUAAAUUUGGAAACUUUCAAUAAGCCUGAUACUUACUGGCUUUUUUUGUUCCUUUUUCUUUUGUCUAGAGGAUAUUUAUGCCCUACCUUAAACAUAAUUUCCUCAAGGCAAAGUUGACAUUUAGCUCACAGUUCUAUUUUACCUUACAUUAUUUCUUUGGAAGAAAUGAAUGCGGAUAGUUAAAUUUAAAAUGUGUGCCUAUACAAAGAAUGAAUAAAGAAUUUUGUUAUAUUUCAAAUAUAAGAAUAGUUCUCAGAGCAUUCAUUGUGAGCGCGCUAAUUAAAAUGAGUGACAUUAAACACAAAUUUGUUAUGGUUUAUUCACUAAAACAGCAGGUUCAUUUGGCAACUAAAAUUUAGGCCAAAAAAACUUAAUUGGAAACAUGGCUGAUUUUGUAUUUGUAUACCCCUGUUUCUCCCCAUGUAUACAUAUAGAUUACACUUUAUAUGAUAACAAAACAAAAUCUAGAGAAUGAAGAGCCACUUACAUGCUGUACCUCAGACCCAGGAAUGCAUUUUAGUAGCUUAGGGAGAACUCUGCACAAUAAUAUGGAAUCUUCAGUAGCAGCUCGCAGUACAUGUAUAGUAAAGAUGCCUCAAUGUAACCAGGUAACUGUAUGAAAUGUAUGUGGGCACAUACUGCACUUAAUGCAGAUAUUUUUACAUAGUAGUGACAUUUUUCAUUCAGUCAGAGGCGUACCUAGAUGAUGUACCAUGUAAAUUGGCACCCCCCACCAUAGGUUUGUUUUUUGUUACACAGAGACAUGCUCACAUUCAUACACACACAAACAUUCAUAUACACAUACUUACAUUCAUCUACACACAGUCAAUAUCAUAUACAACAACAUGUAUAAAAAAACAGUUUGAAUUGAGAUUUGGAGUCCUGCCAUUGGCACCCAAAAAGAGAUAAUUAAUAGGAAAAAGAUGAAGCGACCAAUAGAGGUAAAAAAGGAGGAAUGAUAUAAUAUAUAAAUGUAUAAAUAUGGAUUUAUUUACUGUUCCUCCAUUUUUUCCACUAUUGGCUACUUCUUCCCAUUUGAUCAGUGAGCUGAAAAAUAUAUACAUAAUAUUUAUAUAUUCGUGUGUAUAUAAUACACAAUAUUAUGUAUAUUUCUUUGCAGUACACCGUUUGGCCCAUUUUGCUUGACUGGUCCAUUUUUAUAACAUUUUGUCUGAAUUGAUUUCCAAAAAUGUUUCCAAAGAUGAAAUUCGGACACUUUUGGUCCAAAUUUGUUUUUAACAUUUUGACCAAACAAAAAUUUUCCCACCAUUAAUAAAUCUAUAGAUCAGUGUUGUCUACAGCUUGGGUUGCAGAGGGGGAAGAAACAAACUGGAUUCCAGAGAAUCAUUUUUCAAAGUUUGUUUUGAUGGUUCCCAUUAAGUUAAUCUCCUUAUCUCACUUCAGGCAAAGUUGCACCCUUGGCAAGCACUGCCAAUUGUAAAACAGUGGUAUUGAACUCCUGGCUGCUGUAAUUAAGUGUUUUGUAAGAGUUCUCUUGAAAUGCCAGAGGGACUUCGGAGAUUGAUUAAGUAAGGCUAAAGCUGGAUUGAAAAAGAGGUGUGAAUCUGUAACGGAUGUCAUUGUUUUUCUAAGUUAUUGGCUGUACGUGACUUUAGGCAAUAAUUUUUUACUAGUAUCAGCUACUUGAACUUGUAAAGCGAGAUUUUUCAGAGCGCAAUGAACAAUGUAACAAGUAUCAAAUUGCAUAUAUGCAUUGACAAGUAUCAAGUUGCAUGUAUACAUUUGAAAUGUCUUUGAUAGCAUUGUUUUUAUCUUUAUGUUUAUUUUGUCUUUAUUGAUGUCUCUUUUUAGCGGUAAAAUUUGAUUGAUUGGUGCUGUAGUUUUAUUAAGUAGUGAGAACUGUUUUAAUUUAGCCGCUUCUUUAUAUUAUAUUUUUUUAUCCUUUUUUGCACUGACCAAGAAAAAAGAAACUGAUAGCAACAACUGCUUGUAACUACAACAAUAAAGCGUAUUUAAUAGAACAAUCAUAUUCAAACAGGGUAUUUUUAUUAGUCCAAAUGCCCCAGGUCCAGAUUAGCAAAAAUACCUGAGACCAUCCAGGAAAAUUCGGAAUGCAAAAUCUGGACAUUGUUCACAGUAUUCAUCAAUGUCUGAAUUUUGCAGAGCAGGCCCCAAAUUAGUGUGAAAGCAGUCUGGUUUUAGCCUGAACAGAUGCAUACAAGCAAUUACAAUUUGGAAUCAUAGAAAUUCUCAGCAGUGUAAAGGAAAGUAUGCAACAGCUGGCCCACCACAGAAAUUCUGGUUGAAAAAUAAAAGCAUAUAGGGGUCAGAAUGAUUUUACCCUCCCUUUAGCCCCCACACAACAUGCCACAGGGGGGGGCUUACCCCCUAUGUAAUGAGCAGAGAUUACUCAUCUCUUAAUAUCCCAUAGACUUGUGCAUUCAAUCUUAAAUGGACUGGGAUUCGUCUGAAUUUUAGGUGAUUGGUGGGUUGUCUGAAUUUAGAAAAUCGCGAAAGGAACAUAUCUUGAAUAAACAAACCGGACCACAAACAAGCAUUUUUUAUUUUUUGUUUCUUAAUGCAGUGUCACGUCCGUGACGCAAAAAAAAAGGAAAGGGGAAAAAAAUAUGAUUGAUAGCUAAAGAAUAGCCACUAUAUGGUUAUUUUAUUCACAGAUCAAGUGAGAAAUGACCAAGAGAGUGAAACAAAACAGUAAAAUAAGAUCUUUUAUAUCUACAUUUACUUUUAUUUUAUUUUUGGGUGCGAAAAUACACCUACCAGUGUACUAGAAAAUACACACAUACUAUUUAUAUUUUGUAGUACAUUAAUUAGCCAUUUUUUGUGCAUUUUUGGUUUUGUCUAAAUCAUUUUCUAGAAUAUUUUGCAUGGAUAAUAUUUGGAUGAGUCGAACCACCACAAAGACGACUAUCGGACUUCCCGAUCUAAAGUUGUUGUUUUUUUUUAAAGUGAUUCAGCCAAACCCAAUAUCUAAUAUCGUAUAUCCCAUCCCCUGACCAAUGGAAUGGGUCAUCAUAUAAUGAGAAUAGAAUGAAUAUUAUAAAGAAUAUAAUGAGAAUAAUAGGGAAAAGGGGGGAUAUGAUUAUUGUAAUUAUAUUUUGUCCAUCCAGUUAAAAUGUGUGUUCAUUAAAUAACCCCUUUUUCUUUCAAAUGUGGCAACAUGGGAAAAAAUGUUACAAAUGAUUUUUGAAAGUGUGACAUUUUUGUACUCAAAACUCUAAGCCAGUGGUGCCCAAAAGGUAGAGCCCCAGAUGUUUUAAAACUACAGCUUCCAUGAUGCUUUGCCAUUCUAAAGCAUUCGAAACGCAUUUAAAGCAUCAUGAGAGUUGUAGUUCUACAACAUCUGGGUAUCUACCUUUUGGACACCCCUGGUCUAAGCACAUGAAGGCAAAGCUGAGAGUGUAAGCAGAAUGUAAUAGUAAGAGGUUCUCGUGGGAAAUUACUUUCCCAUAUCUCCUGGGGUCUGUGGGCACUAGUUAUUUAUCCACCCAUAUUAUGGAGCUGAACACAUUUGUGAGUGUCUAUGUCACUGCAACGACGGCGUUAUAUGCAGACUAUAUUAAAAGGAGUCAUAAUUCUUUACAUUGUCCACAUUAUUUAUCAGAGAGUAAGAAAUUAGCACAUAUGUUAUAUUCCUAAUGUUAUACAUUGUAUGUGCUCAUGUUUAAAACAGACCCACCCCCACCAAUAAACCAUCAUAUUAAUCCGCAGAGCAUUAAUAAUAAUUGUAUGUUGUGUGAGAGUGUAUUGUUAAAUUAGUCCAUUAGUAUUUUUGACACUAAUACAUUUCACACCCACCUUCAAUGGAAUUUUUUUUUGGUUUGACUCAAACAUAUGAUCCUCUUUUUGUUCUGCCUGAGACAGAAUUUAGCCUAGUCUAAGCAUAUUUCCAUGGUUGGGUGAAUAAAAGCAUCAUUUAUGGCCAUGUUUUUUUGGCUAUUAAAUUGUAGUUUUCUGAAAAUUUUACUUUUCUACCAGGCUCAGACCCUAUCCCAUAAAAUGGAUUUAAUGCUGUGUCAGUCACCAUUCCUGUUGCUUUGGGAGCAGAGAUACAUUCCAAAGGGUGAUCAGUUAGUUUAUUUAAAACAUUGGUCUGAAUUUACAUUCCCAGGAUGUUAAAACACACCACUAACUCUCUGGAUUGUUUUGUAAUGUUAAUACACAUUGUUUAUUUCUCAAGUUUUACCAUCCUAAGGCUAUUUUGACCUUUGUCCAGAGAUGUUACAAGCAGCGUCGGUUUGUCAAUAAAACAAUAUAUUCAAUACAGAUCAAAGCAAAGUUAUGCAUUUUGGAAUAAGGAGCCCACAAACAACUUAUCCAAUAAAUGGGGUUGAGUUAGGGAUAACAUUAAUUGAAAGGGAACUGGGAACAUUUAUAGAUCACAGUCUGCUGUUGAAAAAGCUAGUAAGGUGCUUUUGUGUAUAAAAAUGGGCUUUGAUUCAUGUGAUCCCAAUAUCCAAAUCCAGAUCUAGAUCCAAAUAUAAUUUUUACUUCUUUAAAAAUCAAUAGUAAGACCCCACCUUGACUAUGUUGUGCAAUUUUGGGCACCAGUUCUAAAGAAGGAUAUUGCUGAAAUAGAAAAGGUGUAGAGGUGAGCUACAAUAUUAAUAAAGGGAUCGAAAACAGUUAUGAGGAAAGGGGAGAAAAACUGGAAUUGUUAUCUUUAGAAAAAAAGGCAUGUCAGAGUGGAUAUGAUAGCACUAUACAAAUAUAUACAGGGUCAGUAUAAACCACUGUGUGCUAACUUGUUCAUUAGUGGGCACACAUAACAGACAAGAGUUCACCCAUUGAGACUGGAAGAAAUGUGUUUUGCUUAGAGCAGAGGAAAGGAUUAUUUACAGUAAGAACAAUAAAGAUGCGGUUCUCUGCCUACAGAGGUUGUGUUAUCAGAUGCUAUAGAUAAAUGGGGAAAAAAUGGCUUGGAUGCAUUUUUGCAUAAACAGUAUAUUCAAGGAUAUAAUUGAUGUGUAUGUAAUCAAGUUGUUGAUCCAAGGAGAAAUCUGACUGCCAAUAUGGAGUCAAGAAGGAUUUUUUCCCCUUUUCCUAAUAAUUGGAAAUGGCUACAAUUGUUUUGUUUUUUGUUUUUGUUUUGUUUUUUUGUUAUUUGAUUUUAUGCCUUCUUUUGGAUCAAAAAUAAUGGUCCUCAUUGUUGAACUUGUUUGACUUUAACCUGGACAACCAUGUAACAGGAAGCAUGAAAGACCUGUCAUGGUCAUUAGCCUGCAGAGCUCAAUGUAGAGUAUGCCUGUUAUUAUCUAUGAUCUUGUUUGAGAAGUAUAGGAAAUACAGUAUGACAGAAUUAUGGGAGAUAUAGUUACUAAGAUAGAGCACUAAAAUAAAACAGAACUGUUACAGUGUUUAUUGACACCAACAUUGUACAUUGUACUUCCUGUAUCCACUACAUCAAGCAAGUAUUGAAUAUAUCUUCAGAUCUGUGCUUGGAACCCACUAAAUAUCCAGAAUUUGAAGGUGCACCUACAAAUCAUCAGGUAUUUCAAUAAACAUGGCAGGGCUAAUGAUUCUAUAGCAUCAUAGUCUAGCCUGUUUAAGUACUUUAUGUCUUAAAGGACCACUCUAGGCACCCAGACCACUUCAGCUUAAUGAAGUGGUCUGGGUGCCAGGUCCAGCUAGGGUUAACCCAUUUUUUAAUAAACAUAGCAGUUUCAGAGAAACUGCUAUGUUUAUUAAUGGGUUAAGCCUUCCCCCUAAUCCUCUAGUAGCUGUCUCAUUGACAGCCACUAGAGGCGCUUGCGUGCUUCUCACUGUGAUUUUCACAGUGAGAGCACGCCAGCGUCCAUAGGAAAGCAUUGUAAAUGCUUUCCUAUGUGACCGGCUGAAUGCGCGCGCAGCUCUUGCCGCGCGUGCGCAUUCAGCCGACGGGGAGGAGAAGAGGAGGAUCGGAGGAGGAGAGCUCUCCGCCCAGCGCUGGAAAAAGGUAAGUUUUAACCCCUUUUCCCUUUCCAGAGCCGGGCAGGAGGGGGUCCCUGAGGGUGGGGGCACCCUCAGGGCACUAUAGUGCCAGGAAAACGAGUAUGUUUUCCUGGCACUAUAGUGGUCCUUUAAGCACUUUGUUGUAUACGCAUGCAGUUUUGUACAUUUGGUAGUAUUAUCUGUACCUAUGUUUUGCACAAUUGCACUUUCUCGUUAAAUAUAUAUCUAAAGAAAUAAAAUUAUCUUUGUACUAAAAUCUCUGGUGUGCUUGGGAAUUAUUUCUAUUACACUCAUAAAAAAUGCAUGAGCUAAUACAGAGUUCCCAUGAAAUUCUGUGCUGUGGCACUCAAGAAAAAAAAAAAAAGAUCAAAUACAAAGAUAAAAUUCUGGCCUGUUGACAUUCAUAAAUGUCUAUGCUAAAUCAGAUACAAUUAAUGUCUGGCCUCUUGGAAAUUUUUCCAAAUAAAUUUCAUAUUUCUCUACUAAACAUAUGGACAGUGCAUAAAAAUUUGUGUCGAUUACUAUAGCAGAUCUGUUGGAAUCAUUCCCACUUUGGAAAGGGGUUAACAAAACACCAGUAAAAGAUACUAGUGAGAAAUCCAUUGCUACACUGCAAGCUGACUUUUGGAUUGCAGUCUAAUGCCCUGUCCUAUUACUGGCACAGUAGGAAAUGGUUUCAGGAUGAUAUUUUUGCUUCAUCUAGUCCAAAAGAAAUACAAAUGAACAUCAGUUUUCUUUAACUUUUUUUGUUUUUUUAAAGUAACUAUUUAGGACAGACAAGUGUUCAUAAUAAUGUUGAUUUCAUUUUGACUGGGGGGGGGGGGUUGGGGUGGGAAAGGUAUGGGAAGACUAAAGCAAAAAUACCAGGAUGCUGUUGGGUCAAAGGGCAUGUGUUGGAGCCAAAAUGUGUAUUGUAACCAAUCCCUAAGAUCACUCACUAACUUAUUCACAUGAUUUUAUUUACAUUUAUUGCCACAAAAAUGAUAAUUAUUCAAACCAUUUAUUUUUUUCUUACAAAUACCUAAACAUUAAAUAUUGAAAUGUACAUUUAAAAGGUGCAGUGGCUGCCUUUAACUAUACAACCUGAUAAUAAACCGUUAUCUCUAAUGCCAGUUGUUUUGGACUGCAUCUCCCAUCAUUCUUAGCUUCUGGAGAGCUUUACACCAGGGCUAGUUUUUGAGUUGUACAUCCUUUAGGUAGAAUACAGGAGACCCAAAUGUCCUGGGCAGUAAUUUGGGAAUUCUGUUCGUAAGGGAUAGAAUUCCUAUGGGUUGCAGUCUGUUAGCUCAAUCAUCCCUUGGAAAUAUGUAUCAUGGGGUGUUGCCUGUCAUUCUUCCAGACAAUGAUUUCAUGUAGAGAGGUACCUAGUGUGUUGCUGUGAUUUUGCCAUCCAUCAUUCAAAUUGCAUAUCUGCUAAAACUACAAUUUUAUUGUAUAUAUUCUUCUGGCAGCUAAGUAGUUAAAUCACUAGCAUCAUCCAAUGCUGUGAAAUUAUUUAGUUAGAAUACCAGGUUCAUUAGCCACUAUCACUAUCUUAAAAAAAUAUCAUUUGAGUUAGGGAGUGGUAAGUUAAAGUAUCUCUGAUUUGCUACCUGCAGCUUUAGCUUAUCAAUCAAUUUCAGAUUUACUAAGCAGCUAUUUCUAGUGACAUGAGAACCGACUAGCAAAAAGCAGAUCAAAAUACCAGAAAUGGAAAAAUACCAGCUGGUUCCUAAGUCACAUUUUACAGAUUAUUAAAUAGACCCCUUGAACUAGCCCCUAAGUAAUCCAGCCAAGCGCACAGUAACUCUCAGUCCUCAGCCCUCAAACUGUGUCUGCGUGUGGGAUGCAGACAGCAAAAAUAUGUUCUAACACAGCUUAAUGACAAACACUCCACUGUUUACGGUGCAGAAUGUCUACAUGCAGGGACUGACCAGAAUCAAACAUUAAACAAGUCAGCUGCUAAAACACAUCCCUGGGAUGGUCCGUGGACAUAGAGCCUCUCAUGGUGUCUUCGGGAAUAAUAUCCUGUUCUCCUAGAUCAUUUUCAUUUCCAAGAAUUUCCUCGUACUUAGUGAGUGGAGACUCCCAGCCUUUUAAUGAAGGAACCUGGACAUGCAUGGGAGCAGCAUUUACUUGAUACAUUGUUGAGAGUUAUUUAACUACACAGAGAUAUGUUCAAGCUUUAUGAGAUGUGGGAAAUUAAGUUACAUAAUAGAUGCCUGGUUUUAUUGUCUCCAGGCUCCCAGGCAAACUAAUAAGGACUGUUUGGUUUCAUUCCACACUCAUGAAACCUUGGUUGGAUGUCAAUGUUAGUUCUUUUCAAUGAUGAUAUGAUAAAGGUGGUACAUAGGGCAAUACAUUCCUCCUCUCAACCUUGACUGAGCCAUGCCUUGUCUGUGCGAACUCUGCAUAUUUAUAGUGCAAUUUCAUCUCCUACUCUGAGUGAAUGAGGAGAAGGGUGGAGAGCAAUUGGGAGAGAGGGAGGGAGGAAGGCAAGGGGGAGGGAAUGAGGCUACUUCCAGCACCCAUUGUGUACACUUCACAAAAGAGGAAGCAUUAAAAACUCUAACAGGAGAAGCUAUCGGGUCUAGUAGCAGGUAAGUUCUUAAACUGCUUUUCCAGCUGUAUUUGGUUCCACAAAAUUCACCAGGAUCUCUCCACACACGUAUUGGAGAUGGCCAGCCCUGUAGGUAAGUAAAAUAAAAUCCAGGAAUGUGUUUUUAGACAAAUCUCAUCAUGGAAGGUGCAUUUCUGUUUAUUAAUUAUUUAGUAAAUAUAUGUUGUAAUAACAUGUUCUUUGCAAACUUUGGGACAAGCUGUAUGUGCCGUAGCUUUGGAAUAAGCUUUACUUACUAUAUAAUGCUUCUCAAUACAUGUCCACCCUGGACCAUGCAAUAUAUGAGUGAGUGCUUUGUGCCUGAAUAACAGUGGAUCGAAAUCCCAUGUUUCUGAGACAGUUACAGUAUAUCACAAGUAAAGGCUAAACUCCCAGUAAGUCUGAUGACCAUGUGAUACAUAUGUCUGGCUAUCACUUUAUUGUACCUUCAGAGGACUGCACUUAUAGUCAGAUUAUCGCUUUCCCCAGGUCAUCUCAUGUCCUGUCCUUUUAAAUCUGCUCUACCUGUUUAAUUGUAGCAAUCAGACUACGAUGUAUUAAAUGUAUUGUGUACCUUGUGCUCUCCAGGAAGAGUUGUAAAGCCUUCUCCUUUCUCAGGUAUACACAGCAUAGCACGAUGUAUGUACUUUAGAAAGAGUACCCAGAAAUAGACACAUUUUGUGUGCAUUUGAUCUGCAUUCUUGUCCUGUCCCAUGAUUGGUCUGCUUUUUAGAUUUCUUUUUCAUUUGAUAUCAGUCCAUUCUCUACCAAUCCAUGUUAUAUAAACCCACGCUCUAUUACUGGUCCAUUCUAUGUCACUUCAUUUUCUAUUAGAGAGAGAGAGAUUCUUUAUUUCUGCUGAGUUCCAUAGUAAAGAGCAAUAACACCAUUCACUAUUACAGGUCUUGGACAGUGACUAGUGAUUGACAGACUAUAACUCCACCAUCCAAUUCACAACCCUCACACUGCAUGCGGGCUAACCUCUCAUGCAAUCUGAAUACAUCAUUAUGUGGAUACCAUAAGAAUAUACGGGAAAACGUGGGACAUAUUUGUGAAUGUGGCAAUAAGUAAUGCAUUAAACUAAGAUUAGCAGGCGUUAUGUGUGUAUGCUGCAUGUAUUUCUUUCAGAACAUCUAUUGGUGUCAUAGAGACCCAGGAAGAAUAAUAUGAGCAAGUUAAACGAGGAUAAUAGUAUGAGUGGAUGCACUCUGUACAUCUCUGCUAUGUGUUUCUAUGAGCAGUAUCCUAGCACUCAUUGAUGGCUAACCUAAUAUUGCAUAUGUUUGGGAGCUCAGCCAGCUCGAUAUAUUUUAAUAUUUAUUUAAAACUAACAUAUCUACACAUGCUUCCUGGGUGUCAGAGCGUUAGAAUGCCUCUCCUCCUCUACAUAUCCUUUCACACCCAAUAACUUUCAAUACUCCCCUCUGUUCUGCUAUUAGAUACAGCUUCGUAUUACUUUUUAUUAGUCGGUAUACAGUGAGACUUAAUAGGUGAUCAUAUGAAUAAAUCUGACACAGACUGCAAAACAGCUAGAACCUAUGCGCAAACAAUGCUCUGACUUUAAUAUCUUGUAAAAAAAAUUACAAUACAAUACAAUGUUAAUGUGAUCUUACUAAAUUAGUCACUUACAAACGUACAAAGCGCUGUAUUAGAAAGUAUGAUAACCUGGGUGAUCCCUGCUGCAGCAGCGCGUCAGCGAUAAUCCACCCUGGGAUUUGGGGGCUAGCGGUCUCUGACAGUGUUCUUUGCUUGAAGAAUGGACUGUAAGCUUUGCGGGACACAGGCAUUCUACUGGGUUAAAAGCAUAUCAUGGGGGUUAUACCUGAAGAGCUAUUGUGGGGUUAAAGUUCUAAAAGCAUUGCAGUCACCAUGGAAACCAGUGGAAUGUUCAUGCUGAUUAAUCCACUUUUUAGAAGUUUGCCCCAGAAUGGCUUUUUAUUAUAAAUCCUCUAUGUGUCACGUUGCCAACAAUACCCAUGGAUGAAAACAGAUAUAGUGCUGUGGAUCUUUACCGAUGUGAAGUAAAGUACCAUGUUAGAAAAACAAAAUAUAUUGAACAGUUAUCAGCACAGGUGGUUUAGAAUGGGGGGUUUUUAUAGCUUGGUUUUUUUUGUUGUUGUUUUCUUUUUUUUUUUUUUUAAAGCUGAAAUCAGUAAGUGUGCAUUAUGUGUGUUACUGUCUGAUUGUAAGAGUUGUGACAGUGUGGGAUGCAAAUCGACAUGCGUUUAGGAUUUGUUGAUAUGCACAAAAGAUCUAAAAGCUCAUUCAGUUAAAGAGAGUGCUUGCUAUAUAAACCAGGCAGACAGGGAUGCUUUAGCUUUAAUUCCUGAAAGGCACGGCAGGGGCUUGGACACAUUAAAAGAAUGUGCAAGGAGCAGGGGCAGGGACUAUAUAAUUAGAGGAAGAGGGGAGAGGUCUCCUUGGAUCAUGCAAGUUCUGAGUCCUCUGUUCCAGUGUUCCAUCACUGAGCUCUAAGCUCUCUCUGUAGGCAUGCAGCUCCCCAGCGCUCUCCAAGGUGCUGAAAGGAAAGCUUCCUGGAACUGAAUACAGCCCUCACAUAAAGUGUGUCCAAACUGCCUUCUGGAGGAACAAGGACAGGGGUAUGUAACUCAUUUCCAGAUUGCUUGUUGUACCUAUCUGUCGCUAUGGUUUCUGUGCAAUAAUAGAACUGCUAUGGAGGUAAUACAUGCAUUGAGAGUUUUUCUGCAUGUCUUAGCAUUGCGUAGGUAGGAGAAGCAUUCUGUAACUAAGGAUUUUUGUAAGACACCUAGACCUUGGUUUUAUUCAGCAUCAGAUUAUUCACCUGUUUUUAAGAAUUCUACUAAUAUAUACAAGGUGGGGUCCUUCAUUAAACCACAGGUAUGUACUCUUGUAAGAAUGCCUUAGGCACUUACAGUAAACUUGGUAGUAGCUUAAUGCACACAAUCAGAAAUGAAAUUGGAAAGCAAUGUCAUCUGCAAUACAGCAAACAGAUUAUAAAGGAGUCUAUUUAUUAAACAUUGCAGUGAAUUGAAAAUGAUUAGCACAUUUUAGGCAAAAAAGAAUCAAUCUGUAAAAUAUAUUUGAAUUUGAGAUUUUUUUAUUAUUAUUUUAUUUUUACAAAUUAUGCACUUUUAGCAUACAUUUUGGAAAGCAAUUUUUCAUUUACUGCUAUUAGGUGUUUAGUGAAUAAAUUCAGUAAUGCUUUAAUUGUAGAAUGAUUAGAUAUAUUCUGUUUAUUGAUUCUUUUUGGCUCAGUUCCCAUCCGAAUAACACUCUGCAUUAGGCAGCAGCAUGGAAGAAUGGGAAUGAUUUUUGUGAAAUAGUGAGGGUCAUAUUAUAGAGUGUACUGGAAUAGAUCACAGCAGGGUUCCCAUUGUCCCUGCUGUUUAUGACAACAGAAUGACUGUGUGCCUGUUUAAAACAUGGGAAUAUGUGCAUCUCUUUUGCUAUUAAGUGAAGACUGUAAUUCAAUAUGAUAGCAGGACUACAAAAUAAAAGAAGUCGGGUUCAUUUGAACAGAAAUAUAGUAGCAGUUAGAAUAAUAAUUUCACAGGUCACUUUAAUCAGGAAAAACAUCCAACACUAAAACAGUAUAAUCCAUAAAACACAACUGUAGCUAGAUAAAUACUCACAAUAAACAAAGCCCAAGAUAAGCUCUAUUACCAAGUAAGUAAGUAUCCAAACUGGUCAAUUAUUUCUACAUUGCAAUAGGACUGGACAUGAUGGGAGUCGAGGUUUAUAUAUGCAACUAUUACUGCAGAUUUCCAUCCAAAUGUACAUUCACUGCAAUCUAACGAACAAACACAAACAGUAGAAUUGAGUCAUUGGUUGAGAUAAUCCCUCUCCAUGUGUGGAUAAUACAGAGCUUAGUCUCAGAAUACUGUGACUGGUAAUCUCUACAACGCUCCUGUUUUGAUAUACAGCUUAAACAAUUUUUAUGCUUUCUUUUUAUUUAAAAUGUUAUUUUUGAAAAAAGGGACCUUUAACCCCUGAAGGACACAAGACAUGUGUGACAUGUCACGAUGCCCUUUUAUUCCAGAAGUUUGGUCCUUAAGGGGUUAAAGAUAAAACUAUUAUAGCCAUUAUUGUUUUCUAAACACACUAAUUCUCAAUAUUGUAGUUUCCUAUUUCAUCAUAAAGUUUUGGGAUGAUUAAAUAAGUGUAUAUUACAAUGUCAGUGUUUUUCUUGGUUAAUAUUAUUGAAGUUUCAUUUAAUUACAAAUCUUGUUUUUUUAUCAUUCAGUAAGAUUUCAGUCUGAUUUUAUUUCAUUUCAUAUGAUUUUCCCCUACAUGUGCCUGUUAUGAGCAAAUACUUAAGUGAACUCAAGAAAUAUUAUGAAAUACGGAACUUGAUUGACAAGAACCCUCUGCAUCAUAUUAGACUUUCUACAUCAUAGAGGAAUAUUUAUUAAUAAUGUAGACUAGUUUUGCAUAUAUCAGGUUCUUAAAGACCUCACUUCAAAUUUUUAUUGUGUUAUUACCCUUGUUGAUUAUUAAUUGUAUUUAACAAACAGCUGUAUUUAUUUUGUUACCCAAGCGUGGCUCAAGGGACUCUGUAAACUAUCUAUAUAUAAAAUGACAGAGAACUAAAGAAUAUGAGUAGAGUCGGUAACUUCCCCCAAAAGUUCCAUGAAGAUUUUCACAAUGUUUUUAUAAUGAAGCGUCACGUAGACACAUCAGUAAUCCCAUGGGAAUGCGAUUUGAAUAGUUGGUAAAUGGUUUAGCAAUUGUGAAAUAAUUUGUAGGAAUUCCCAACUGUUACUCACUUAGAUAAUGCUUACUUUCAAAUUUUUAUGGGAAUUUUGGCCAGAUGGUUGCUUCUUACCUGCUUUGUCACAGUGAAGCAAUUAAUCUUUUCUUAUAUGAGAACAAUGGAAAUUUUUAUUUUGGGUAGACUAACAUGUCUAAACCAUCCCCCCCAAAAAGUCUAAUUGAAAUGUAUUCCCCACAUUGCAUCGGAGGGAUGUCUAUGUAUCUAUGGUAUGAGUGUAUCGCUUGAGCUCUCCAAACAGCAAAACCAACAAAGUUCAUAAUAUUGCUCUACCCCCUGUACUUGAAUAUUUAUUUAAUUAGUUUUAUGGAUUAAAUAAUUUCCCUAUACCUCUGAAGAAGCAGAAUGUAUGUAUGCAUGUGUGUAUGUAUGUAUAUGUGUAGACAUUCACGUGUGUGUAUAUGCUUGCAUGCUUUCUAGUAAUAAAACCAAGACAAGACGAUAUCAUUAGACAUCAUUUACCCUUUUUAUAAGGGUUUACUUCACUUUUCAAACCAGAAGAAGUCCAUAUUUAAGAAAAUCAAGAGCAUAUGGUAGCGAUGGAAGCUUUUCAAGAUCUUUUCUAAACAGCUAAUCAUGAAGAAACCACCCAUCAAAAUUGGCCGGGAUAGCAAAAUGUUUGAACUUUUUACUAAACAAGUCAAACAUGUUGGUUUAAUACACAAUAAAUGAAUUCCCUUGUGUUUUAGAACUACAUGCAAUUACAUAGCAAAUCCAGAUUUAAUCCAUAUAACACAUUUUGGAAAUAAUAGCCAUAUUCAUUUUAGAGGGUUUCAAUGCUUGUUAAAAGCACAACUAGCUGUUGCCCUCAUUUACUCCAAUUCUCCAUCCAAUAAACAUUUGUAGACAGACCUAUAGGGAUUCACAUUCAUAUGAGUUUCAACAUAUUCAAAAGAUUCCUGUAGCUCCUUUUAGUUAUUAGAGAUCUGUUUCUUUUCUUUUGAGACUCUCUGUAACUAUAAAAUGCUAGUUUGCAAUGUUUUGACACAUUAUGUAGUCAUUCUUGGUUUCCUCUGAACAUUUCCCUUUUAGAUGAGUACAUUUUUCUCUUUACUGAUCAACUCAGCGUCACCAGCAAAUACACAUUGUACACAAAAAUAUGAAUACAUCAGGAAUAGUUUUCCAAUUUUUUUUUAACACAAUGGAACUGGGGGUUCAGGUUUAAUGGUAGCAGUAGGGGAAGACACUGUAGCAUGUGCAUGUACAUUCAACUAAAAACAGCUAGUUUGCAUAGUUACCAAUAAAAUAUGUUUUUGUGGCACAUAAUGUUGUCUUCCUUGUUACUAAGUAUAAAAUUAGCAACAUGAGUCAUCGGUUCCAUGUAAACUAGUGGUAAAUUGCUAGGGGAUUUCAGAAUUAUUAUGCUCUUGUGUUAUAUCACCCACAGUUACAUGAAAAUGAAUUUAAUUAUAUUAGACUACUGUACAUGGAGUAUAGUGUUAAUUAAAUUAGUUAAUGAAAUAGAGAAUUAAGUUACUUUUAACAAAACCACUAUGUAUGUAUGUGUGUAUAUGUAUGUAUGUUUGUGGAUGUUUGUGUAUGUGUGUGUAUGUAUGUGUGUGUGUGUGUGUGUGUAUGUUCAGGAGACAUCAUACUAUGGGAUGGUAUUCCUUAUAAUACAUCCAAUGAUGUAUUUUUUGUAUUACAUGAUAUUUUCAGGUUAGGGUAAUAUUAGUGUGUGUUAAAGUAGUGUAGAGGUUACUGGUUAGUUGUAGGGUACUGCAGGGGUUAAUGUUUAGUGUUACUAGUGACAGUGUAUUGUAGGGGGUAGUGUUGUGUAGUGUUAGAAUAAUGUAAGGGUCCCGGUGCUGUCUGAGAUUAGAGGGAGUUACCGUUGUGGUCAGCAGCUCUCUUAGGGGCUAUCAGUAAAAUGGCAGUAGGUUCUGUUCAAGAAUGUAACUCCCGCUAAUCUCAUGCAUGUCCUGGUUUAGAUUAGAUAAGGCCCCUAAACUGCAUCAAGGUUAUCUGUUAAUUGCCCCACUGAUUACAGGUAUUAAUUGCACGGAUAAGGUGCACUAAGGGUUUCUAAAGCCUACUAAAAAAUGGAAAGAUCACGUAACAUAUAUAAGUAUGUACAUACACAGAGAGAUCUCACUUUCUAAACUAUACAUGUCAAGGUGUGAAAACAUGUUAGCGCUACAUGGUAUACUAUGUUCCCACUUAAGGAAAAAAAAUCAGUGUUACUGCAUCAGUUUUAUGGAUUCAUCCCAACGCAUAUAACUCUUUCCAUGCCAAAUUCAACACCAAACAGGUGAAAUAAAUUAUGUGUGUAUAUGUUGCAAUUCCAAAUACUUCUCUUUUAAGGCACUUGGUGUAAGAACUAAUUGCAUAUGGUGUAAUUAACAUGCAGAGGUUUUAAACCAGACACUAGGUUUCUUGCAAAUUAAAAUGUAAUGAUACUGAGUAUUCACACUGUCUCGGAUUUCCUUUAGGAUCCUUAUAAAGGGCAGAUGUACCUUACUACAUAUAAUUAAGAUACUUAAUACAUAUAACUCAUUUUUAUUAACCUCAAUAAUAUAAAAGCUAAAUUGAUCAUAUCUUAUGUCAUAUUAUAUCUCAUAUCAUCUAUAGUUGGUACAUAAACCAGCUGAGGUAUUUUUAUACGAGGGAUUCUUGUUUUGUGAUUGAUAUUAUGUCAAACUCCUGAUUAAGAAAUAUGGUCUUCAAAUGUUCUGCUUUGAUAAUCACGCAUCCCAGAAAACUAGCAUGUGCAUUCAAGGAUUGUCACCGACAAUGCCUGGAACUCUGUACCACAUUUUCUUUGGUGGAAUGCAAUUAAAAUAUUGCAGUGUAUUCUACUUCAACAUCAGCUGGAAACACAAAGCUUACUUACUUUAACCCCUUAAGGGCACACAGUGAAAAUGUUCUAUCAUGCUGGCUUUUUGCUUCUGAAGCCGUGUCCUUAAGGGGUUAACGUACGGUAACUCCGCUCAGUUUUAACUCUUUUAUAAAGAGUGUACAUAGUGUAGAUGGAUAUUUCAAGUGAGACAUUUCAUUUGAAUAACUGGAUGACAUGAUGUAAAGUUAAUCAUAGUUAUCAAGUCAAUGUAAUUGAACAGAAACAGAAUGGCUGCAGGCCAGGUUUAGUAAUAUAUUUCUGUGUCUCUAACCUAAUAAAACGAAACUAUAUGAAAUUAUCUUAAUUCUUUAAGAUUAAAUAGUUUUGUGUGUGUGUUUUUUUUUUUAAAUCAAACGAAUUAUGAGCGCUAGAAAUUAAAGCUGCUUGAUGCAUUAUUUGCCAUAAAAAUGUGUUCCACAGAAUACUGUUACUUUGCAGCACUACCCUAAGGAAAGGUGAAAGUAGAUUUCUUCAGGAGGUAGACAUUUGUGGUGCAAAGUUCUAAUGACAAAUACCAUGGUAUUGGUUUCCAUGGUGGUAGCUUCUGAAUCACACGUGUUUUUAUCCUUUGAUAAACAUGGGGUGUUCUACUUAUGCUGAUGGUGACUUAAAUGAUCCUGCACUCAUGUUUGUAAGGACCAAAUUGUAUGAAAUUGAUUGUUACAAGUUUUAAUGGAGUUAAGCACCAUGGGAAUAAAACCACUGAGUUACAUUUCUUUACAACAACAUAUUGUAGGAGUCAGAGAGAUUUAUGAGUAAUAGGUCAUGUCAAGCUAAUCUGUUUUUGCUUUUCAACAAACUGUAGAUGACAAUAUAGACCAGUGUGAUUACACCUACUUGUCUUAUGCAAACAGUUUUCAUAGUCUACCACAUGGUAUGUUAUUAUAUAAAUUAAAAAGAAAAAAAAAAGAAAUGAGUUUAGGAGAAAGUCUUGGUAUUUGGAUACGAAAAUCAGAGCACAUACGAUCUACAAAACUAAAUAUAGUGAAGUGAAAAAGAAAUUGUAAAAAAUAGUGUAGCGUUGAUAUGAAUGAAUCAUGCUUCAUUUGGAGACAAGAUAGGUUAUAAGUCAAACACAUCAAAGUGCUGUCCUUGAUUCCAUUCUUUACAAAUAAUUUCUAACAAAAGCUAGAAUGAACAAAAAGCAGCAGCAGUAUUUUUGAAAAUAAAAAAUGAUAGUAAAGAAAGCCACAACUCCGAAGAACAUUUCCCAUGUAGGAAUUUGAUAGGAAGAAGGAUUGAACCUUUGUUAAUAGUUAAUCACAGAUGUUGUAGAACAUAGAACGUACAAACUUAUUCAACAGGGAAAUUAUAACAUCUAUUUUUGGGGGGUUUGGAGUAGAAAUGACAAUUAUGCUUUGCUGUUUUUGUUGGGAAAAUGCAAUUUGUGAAUGAUUUUAGGGAUAUUGGUAAUUAAAUUGGCUUCAUAUCCCUUUCAAGUAGCAUCAAAUUAUCAUUUUGCCAAUGUCUGGAUGACAUCCCUUAUUUUGGUAAAAGUUUGCAGAGCUAUAACUUUUUGUUUUUACUUUAUUUUUGUUUCCAUGAAUACAACUUUUUGUAUUUACGGUAUGCUUAGCAGAUAAUGCCUCUUAUUUCUGAGAAAGGGGGUAGAAUGUGAACUGCUCUUCAGUUGUUUCUCUAAGAGAUGGUUUAAGGUUCUGUUAGCCCCUAACCCUGUAUGCCUAUUUUUUAAGUUCUUUAAUUCCUUUGGUGUAAACUCUGAUAUGCUAAAAUAAGGGUAGCCUAGUGAGCCCAUGAGCUGCAGUUUUACCUGUAUGUACAUAUUGAGCACAUCAUUUCAACCAUCCCUUGUUAAAUAGGUAAAACCUAAUAACAUCACUUUGAAUUAGUUUUCUUGAUGGUUUAGACAAUUCAAAAAAUACAUUUUCCACUAACAUUAUUUUUCAGCCUAUAGCACAUUAUUCAUAUUCUAGGGUCGAUCUAUUUGGAUGGUCUUGUGUUUGGCUAUUCUCUGCCUCAUCUGAUUGUGCAACUCUCUCUCCGUCCACAACCCUGAUGUUGUCCAGUGAUCCAAAAAUAACAUAUUACAUCAAGAAGAAAAUUAAUGCUACCUCAUCCACAUGUCUCGUAAAAUGAUGAUUAUAGGUAAAUUGAUUAGUCUAUACUAUCCAUGAGUUAUCCCAGAUGGCAAUAUGUGAGUCCUGGAAUGGUGUCAAUACACAGUGGACAAAGGCUGGUUUUACUUGUCAAUUAAAAGGAAGAUACAAUAACAUAUAUUCAGAUAUUUCAUAAAUAUAGGAGAAGACAACAUUAAAAGAUGCAGUGAUAAAAUUAAAAUGUGUAUUAAACAUAAUGGUAUAAUUCAUACUCGGUGAAUAAUAUUGGGUUUGCAGGUUGAGAGAGGUAGAAUUAAAUUUGGUCCAAUAUGUCAUCACUUUGUCACUAUAGAGUUGAAAUGUGGAAUUUAUCAUACCUUCUUAAUAAUUUGAUAUGCUUUGUUAUCAUAACCACAAUAGAAUAUAUAUAGAAUAAAAUAAAUCUAUAGAGAAUAUAGAAUGGCUUAUUUCUAUUUAUAGUGACUGUCAGGGAUCAGCUGACACUAUAUGUUGUACAUUGGCAAUGAUAUAAAAUAGUACCAUGCCAAAUGGGGGUGAGAUACUUGCUUAUUAUGUUUUGUAAUCUAGAGACAGUCAAGCUGAGGUAUAACAUAAGGACCAAAUGAGCAGUUUCAAACAUACCAGUUGUUUAAAAUGUGAUUUCAACAAAUCAAAACUGAUCAGCAAUGACGAGUCAUCUGAAAACUCACAGGACCCUCAAGCAAUAGGAGAUCACGGGUCCCGCUCUUGGUGCAAGGUCUUUGUGCAGCUCUUACACAUAUAUUAUGUCUGUGCUGCCCAGCACCCAUAAUGGCUGAGCGAGAGCAACAAUCAUGUCUCCCACACCAGCAGGGGCCUCCAAACAGGGAAAGAAUUAUGAUUAAGGGGUUAAUCCAACCAAAAACAGGGUUUUAAUUACACACUGUUUUGGAGUGGAGUAACCAUUAUUGGCGUGCCUCACUGGCCCCCCACAUUAAAGAAAUUAAAUUAAAACCCACACUUUCUCUGUGUUUGUGACAUCCCAAGCAGCAUCCACCGCAUGAGCAACCACACUAUUCCAUACAAGUACCUUCCAAACUCAUGUGUUUGUAGGCUUCUUGUGGGUCGUGCAUAUAUGAGAUGCUGCUUGUGAUGUGUUCCUGUAUGUUAAUGUGUUGGGUUAGAAUUAAUAAUUUGUCCUGUUUUACCUAUUGUACUGCUGUGGCAUUCUGUGCAUACAGUGGGGCUCCUAGUGGGUUUGAUUGUGUGAAUGGGCAUGUUUGCAGUGCAGUAUUUGAGUUGAGAAAGCUGGUUAUGUUGCAGAGUAUGUGUAGAUAUGGGAUGUUGUGUGUGGGAUAGAGACUGUAGUAGGCAUAUGGGAGAUACUGAAGCUAUAGUGUGUAUUUGUAUGGAUACUAGAGGCUCUACUGUGUGUGGUGGCUAUAGAGGCUGCAGUGUGUGUGUAUGUGGAUAGAGGCUGCAGUGUGGGGGUAUGGGCUGUAGUAGGUGCAGUCAAGCAUAGAUACUGUAGUAGGUACAGGGGGCAUAGGGACUGUAGUAGGUGCAGUCAAGCAUAGAUACUGUAGUAGGUACAAAGGGACAUAGGGACUGUAGUGUGUGUGCAUGGGGGAUAGUGGCUGUAGUGGGUGCAGGAGUGAUAGGGGUGGUAUCAGGUGCUCAUCGGUGUAGGUACUGUAGUGGGUCCAGUGAGGGAUAGGGGCUGUAGUGGGUGUAGGGAGGGAUAUGGACUGUAGUGGGUGCUGAAAGGUAAAGGGGCUGUAGUGGUUACAGGGAAGGGUUAGGAAGUGGGCUUUGUUGGGUACAGAAAGACAUAGGGGCUGUGUUGGGUGCAGAAAGGCAUAAGGGCUGUGUUGGGUUCAGAAAGGCAUAAGGGCUGUAGUGGGAGCAGAAAGGCACAAGGGCUGUACUAGGUGAGGUAGGUUCAGGGAGAGAUAGAAGCUGUGGUAUGUGCAGGAAGGCAUAAAGGCUGUGGUGGGUACAGGGAGGGAUAGGGAUGAGAGGAAUGGGGGCAGUAGUGGGUGCAGGAAGGCAUAGGGGAUUAUGUGUGUACAGGGUGGUACAAAGAGAUAUAGAGACUGAGUAGGGUGUAGGGAAGAAUGGGGACUGUAGUAAGUGCAAAAAAGUAGGGGAGCUGUAGUGGGUGACGGAAGGCAUAAAGGUUGUGGUGGGUGCUGGGGGCUUAGGGGCUAUAGUGGAUAGAGAAAGGCAUAAGGCAUGCGUGAGUGAAGGGGGUAUAAUGGCUGAAGAAAAUAUUUACAUACCUGUUGUCUUUGCCAGGCCGCUGCUCCUUAGCUUCAGCAGAUUCUGCAGGAGAGGAGAGGGCAGGAAGUGAUGUCACUUCCCAUCCCAUGGGCACUGCAUCUUCCCCUCAUAUGGAGCUCCACACAGCCAUGGCAUGGAUGAAGAAGAGCAAGAUCACUGCCCGGUUUCACUCAGAAGGUGGGGUGGAUGGAAGGCAGAGGGGGGGACUUUGGCUGGAAAGAUCUAUGAUGUUCAAUCUCAGCUAGAGCAUGGCUGUGCAGCCGGGCCCCUGACUGCCUCUGGCACUCUGUCCAUGACCGAUCUUCCCAGUUUGUCAGUCUGCCCCUGGUUGUCUGCUUGGAGAGACCCAUAUUUCCAGUCCAAUGAUUUUAAAAGAUCUUCUACUGUGCACAAUUCAGACACCUAAUAAAAAGAUAGUACAGUACAGGCUAUGCAGUCACUGUACAUGCAGUUCAAACAUACAGGGUUAUUCACUAAAUAGAAAAUUCAAUGUGAAUUCAAAAUGAAUUUUAAUUUUUAAGGCCAAACUAGCCAAACUGUGAAUUUUCUCCUAAGUUGGCUAUGUUUCCAGGUCAGCUUCUUUAGAUUCAAUUUUGAAAUUCACUUUAAAUUUGUAUUGAAUUCUCAAGGUAGAAAAUACGUGUUUUGCUUGUAUAUUCUUUUAAUUUGUUGGAUGUUCAUGAUUCGUCUCAUGAUGCAACAGAUUGUGGUCAAAUGAAAACUAAAAUGAGGCAAAAAUAGCUAAUUUGGAAAAAAUCCCCAGGUUAGCUUAACAUCUUGGCUAUUUUGUCCUGUAUUUAGUAACUCACUUUUCAUUUCAAUAAAGUUUCUUUUCAGACAAUAAAUUUUUUUUAAUAAAAAUGUCUAUAUCUUCAAAAUACAUUAAUCAUUUCAGCCUUGUUAAAAUUAGAGAUGAAAAUUUAAACACACAAAUAGGACAAAAAAAAACACACCCACAUAUUGUGUAAAAUAUGUGAUAACACAUUUAAAAAGUAGUACCAGUGUUCUAAAUACAAUGAUUUGGUUUACGUGUAAGAUAAAAAUAUUAAUGUGCUUUGUUGAGUUUGCCAUAUAUGCAUUCACAUAAAUCAAAGAUAUUUGUGUGAAUUUACUAAAUCAUACAUGAAAGAGAGCAUUUUAUUUUGGGACUGAAAUAUGGAUGCUCCUUCUCAAUUAUCCCAAUCAUGGGAAAGCAGUACAUUAAAUAUCUCCUCUGUUCGCAUACAAAACUGGUGCAUUUGUAUACAAUUCAAAAAUCUAGUCUUCUUAUUGCAAAAAGACAAAUGUUUAAAGGGUUCAAAAAUAAACCCUUAGGAAACAGAAAAGACACUUUGAUGAAAAAAACAAGUAGGCAGAUUAAAAAUAACAUCUGCUUUGUUGCAAAUAUAAAUUCACAAAAUGCUCAGUUUUCUUCCCAUAUAAAUAGAAAACAUUCACAAGCAGACUAAAAUAUAAAAAAAAAAAUGUUUGAUGUUAACCUUUUGACAGCUUCAUAGCCUCAAAAUGAACUUUAAAAUAAAUAAUUUGGUAUGAUGAAUAACGUCCUACAGGAAUUUCUUUUUACACCUAAGAGUUAAAUUAUGGCCAUCAUAUAUUAUUCUACACUCCCAGAGUAAAACACAGACACUGAUUCUGAGCAAAUUAGCUCAUUUAAUCUUGUUCUAGUGUACCUUAUGUACACGCCAAACAGGCUUACACUCAUUUACUGAGAUUGUCUAAAUUACAUCCACUGGAAGGCUGUUGCAGGUAUCUACAACUUUCAAUUAAGUAGUUUUUUCUGUCAUUACUGAACAGUACUCCGACUUCCAACUUUGAUUUAAAUCUGUUUGUAUCACUUCUCAUGUUAUUACAAAAUGUAAAUGUAAUUAAAAAUACUUCUGUCCUCUAAGUGCGCUGAAAGUCUGGGACUAUUACCUAACAUGUGGAUGUUAAGCUAAUUGACUGGAAAGCUACAAAACUGCUCUGUUUAAAUGCAACACUAUUUGGUUGUAAACACUUAUGUGACUUUACUAUUGGCCGUGUGAAAAUCACUCUACAGCUGAUCUGAGCCGAGUCUGCUUUAUCUUAAGUGGAUACAAGUGUAUUUAAGCCACCCAGUACUGUUAACUUCGCAUUUGGAAAUGCCAGAAAAAUAUUCAGAGUGACAGUUAGUCAAUUUGUAAUGAACUAUGCCCACCGUGGAUAGUAAAAUACAUAUUUGAACAUCCAGGAUGCUGGUGGAAGUUCAUUUGUUUUACUUUAUUUCUAAGGCACUACCAUUGAAACAUACAGAAAUAAGCCCUCUGUUCAAACCCUCACUAAUAUUCGGCAGCAGCAAGGGCUAUAGUAUUCAAUGAUAUAAAACAAAACCAAUACAAGUUACCCGCAUCAUAUACCAAAUCCCUAUGCACAUUUAAAUAACAGAGGGUUUUAUUAACACUGCAAUAGUCAUUAGAGUGUAAACUCAUCUGCCAACAUUAAGGCAAACCUCUUAGGUGAUUCCAACACAAAUGCUUCUAUCUGAAAGAAUAUAACUCUAAUGAAAUAGGAACAGGUAUUCCCGUGAAUCUCUAUCAACUAAUUAACCCUUAACAGGACUCACUUAGUUGGCUCCAUAUGAAUCACUUCUCGCCGCCAAGUAGAUAGCAGCAGUGCAGAGAUCCAAGUAAACCAUUGCAACUAUAUAUCUAAAAGUAGAUGUUGAAACGAGAUGUAAGGCAAUUUCAUGUUGGAAUCAUCUUUUUUUUUUUUUUUUUUUUUGCAGUGCAUAUAUGUAUAACAAGCAUGCAGGUGGUACCCCGACGGCAUUCCACGUGCUUAUUUCAAAACAUUCAUAACAGGGGUAUAUGCUAACAAUGCACAAUUUUAUGUAGUUAUAUAUAUGUUGAAGAUUAUCAUGUUGGAGCAUAUUUUCACACAGAUUAUACUAGGACAAGCAUGUAUAUUGCAAACUUACUUUUACGUCUAUGUGUGAGAAGGUGUAUAAAGAUUCAUAGUUGCUAGUGUGUUCUCAUGCAGGUAAACCAACAGCCAUCAAGUGAGUUUUAACUAUGCUUAGGAUGCCCCAUUAGAUUGUGUUAGCUAGUACUUAAAAUAUUACUUGUCGAUCCCUCAGCAAAAGGUAUGGGUAUAACAGAUUAAUGGUCGUUACUUUAAGUUAAGUCAGCAAUCAGAAAGCAGUUUGUGCGUCAGGGGGUAUAGUCGGGAAGUCCAGCGAUAUGCCUGACAAUUGUCCCGGUCACCUUCAUCCGAUCCCCUCUGGGCUCGCCCUGUAGCCCCUGGGAGUCGCCAUCCCCUGUGGUGUCAAGGACAUACGUGCGUGUAGAAGCCAUGCUUCCGACCCUUGGUGAUAGAGGUUUGCAUGUUGGGGGGGUUGGCGCUUCCCUGUUGGGCAGGUCGCUUCGGCAACCGUCCGGAGUCGUGGUCGCUUGAAGCGGAGGUGAGUGUGGGGUUGAGAUCUGGCUCUUCGUUGCCGCUUGUUCUGCCGGUGCCGCCGUCUGCGCCUCUUAGCGGAGCCUCCGGUAGUGACCGUUCUGCGUCCACUCGUAGGGCUGGAGGUCUCUGGGGGUAUAUUUGCAAGAGUGGUCAGCAUAGUUGAAGCAGUGUGCAGCUGUCUCUCUGUUAUCUUAGCCCAGUUUAGUUUGGACAGAGAGUGAGUCGCUGGAUCUCCGCUGGCCCCCGUAACUGCCGAUAGGCACGUGGCAUCCGCCAUAUUGGAGUCGGUGGUCCUUGGGUCGGGUAGUCUUUGGGGCAGACACUCGGUAUGCUGUUGGUGCCGGGAUAUCCCUCACCGGCAAGGGGGGGGGAGAGGGAGGCUCGUGGGUGGUCCUCUGCAGCUUUAGGGUCCGUUUCUAGGGAGUCUCGUGCUGGGUGAUCGGCCGCCUCACCCUCGCCUUUGUCUCUACCCAGGUUGCAGGUCUAAGCGUCGCAGUAGGCCCCAGCGAUAUAUCUCGAGUUCCCGGUGUCCUAGAGUCGUACUUGCGGUUUCAUUGUAAUCUCCUUUGCAUCCUCUACAUGGGUGGUGCAAUUUUAUCGGAGUUUGUAGCUUGUUAGCCAGGUUAUUUGGCAUUAGUUGUAGUUUCAGACGGGAGCUCGUGCUAUCCACGUCUGAUCAGCUCCACAGCCAGGCUCCGCCCCCGGAAUCAUCUUUUUUUACAUUAGUUUUGUAUUAAUGUAUUUAAUCCAAUGGAGGAGUCACAGAAAGCUUGAAAUAGAGUAGCCAAAUUGUAAACUCUUCAAUGUGGAAUGUUUUUUUUUUUUUUUUUCUUCAUUUCCAAAUUCCAACUUAAAUGUCUUUUUGAUGUUUCUAUUAGUUAAUCUCAGCACUCCAGACGUCUUGAACUACACCUCCCUAGAUGCUUUGCCAGCACUAAAGCCGCAAGAACAUUAUGUGAGAUGUAGUCCACAACAUCUGGAGUGCUGAAGGUUGCCUACAGCUGAGUUAAACAGUACUACUUUGUGCUAUCAUACAUUUAGCAAAAAUCCUAAAAUGAUUAGAUUCUCAGUAAUAUAUCACCAGUGUUAAAACGUUAAUGUAUAUUUUAUACACAACAAAUUAGAGAAAAAAAGGUAAUUUUGUCACAAAACAGAAGCAGGUUAUUUAUAUGAAUAAUAGUUUUUCUUUUAAAUGCAAAAAAAGUUAAUACACUAUAGUUUAGGUUUCUCUUGCAUUCAGGUAACCUUAAAGAGGAGCUGUCAUUUUCAAGGAUUUUUAAAACUAAUGUUUACUUGUCCCUAUAUUUAACAAAUAUGCGAGCUAUGAAAAAUAAAAUGAAAUAAAACGGAAUCCUAUAUCCUAUUCAUCCUAUAUUUGGGUGCCACUAUCUUAGCUCCCUGUCAAUCAUUAUUAUAUGUUCCAGCAGUCAGCAUUAAGAAAACAUAAAGAGUAGAGGAAAAAUAAAACAUUCCUUAUAUUUGUCUUUUUCAUUUACAACGUUUGACCCGGAUUUGCCUUGCCUGAGCUGGAUUAUGAUGUCAUUUGCAAAAUCUUUCAUAUAAAUGUAAAAGAAAGCAGAGCAUUUCAUGAAAAAAUGGUUAUUGCACAUUAUAAGUGAUUUUCUAUGAUUGAUUUAAUGGUGUACAUUUUGGAGCAGUACCAGGUCCCCUUUAAAGGUCACUCUGAGGAUUAUAACAACGACAGCUCAUUGUAGUGGUGAGGGUGCUAUUAGUCUGUAAGCACCAACCUAUUUAUAUUUUGUCAAUUUGUAUUGAAUCUAUUUGACAAAAAUCACACCUGCUUUUCAGCUGCCCUAAUAAUGGUGAAAGCAUUUCCACAUCGAUUGAAGUCCAUUUCCGUCCAACCAAUACUGCAAUGGAAGCAUGAGACCACCUGGCUAUAGCACCACCAGUGGUCUCCACCUAUCAUUGAUUUCCAGGGUUGGUAGAAUCGUGCAAUAAAGAUCAUCCCCCUAUGUGCCUUAAAGGACCACUAUAGUGCCAGGAAAACAUACUCGUUUUCCUGGCAUUAUAGUGCCCUGAGGGAUCCCCCACCCUCAGGGUCCCCCUCCCACCCGGCUCUGGGGAGAGGAAGGGGUUAAAACUUACCCUUUUUCCAGCGCCGGGCAGGGAGCCCUCUGCCUCUUAUCCUCAUCUUCUCCUCCCUUUCGGCUGAAUGCGCACGCGCGGCAAGAGCUGCGCGGCCAUUCAGCCGGUCUCAUGGGAAAGCAUUCAUAAUGCUUUCCUAUGGACGCUUGCGUGCUCUCACUGUGAUUUUCACAGUGAGAAUCACGCAAGCGCCUCUAGUGGUUGUCAAUGAGACAGCCACUAGAGGAUUUGGAGGCUGGAUUAACCCUAACAUAAACAUAGAAGUUUCUCUGAAACUGCUAUGUUUAUUUAAAAAAGGGUUAAUUCUAGCUGGACCUGGCACCCAGACCACUUCAUUAAGCUGAAGUGGUCUGGGUGCCAAGAGUGGUCCUUUAAAUAAAUAAAAAUAUGUACCUUUUUUCCUUCUCCACUGGGUCCAUACAAUAUGCAUUUGGUCAAGGGGUGUGAUUUAAAUCUACGCCUUUGCAAUAUAAAAUACCAAAACAGUUCUACCCUUUGUCCAAUAUUUUCACGUGUUGAUUGGAUUGAUCUAAAAAGAAUGUGUAAUCAAAGGCAUGAUGCUUAGUAGAAUGCAUAAUGAAACGAGAGAACCUCAAACAAAAUAAACAUUCAAUUGAUGUAAAAAAACAAACAAACAGAACAAUGAACUAGAACGAGACAUUGCCCAGCCUUAAACAGAGACAAAGAUUGUACCAGUAAUUGAUAUUAUCGAUGUUCAACUUGUGUAACUAUUGAAAUAAAUAUCGAGAGAACAGCUUAAAACAAGCUCAGGUAUUAUAAAAGAGUCUCUGUUGCUAUUAAGACCUACAAGAUCUAGAAAAACAGACAAAUCAUUCUAAAUGACUGGCCUAUAAGCAGCACUUUAGGAAAUUGGCACCACUGCGUGACUCUAGAAUAGCCGUCCUAUUUUAUAGAAUAAUAACAGUUUUUGAGCAUGUUAUACGUUUUACAUUGGCUAUAUUAAAGGAUGGAUUUCAUUGAAAAGUUAUUCGAAUAUAAAAGCCCUUAUAUGAACUAGACGAAACCAGUGAAAUACAAAAAAAGAGUAACCAUCAGAUUUAAAUAUUAAAACAAAACAAGUUUGAAUUCCUCUGAAUAGCCAGUGGUUUGUUAACAUAUCAUGAAUCUUUGUUUGCAAGCAAGCUCAGCUCAUCCUUUUAACUCAAUAAAUUCUCCUCUUUAGAUUGAACAAUAGUCUAAUAUAUGUAUUACGAGAACGUCAAUUCAAACUAUAUUUAAGUUUUGUUCGGUACCAAUCAAAUUACCCCAAGCAAUUCCUGAAGAGAAUGAGAAUAAGAGUAAGGCAUUAGACCUAUAAGAAACAGGCAAAAUUAAAGAGAGAUAGCACAGUAAAACAUAAUGUUUAUAAGGGAUAAACAUACUACCACCGUGAAGUUAUUCCCAAUCAAUUAUUUGUUACCGUUGCCGUUUCAAGCUGGAAAGAUUAAUUAUGAUUUGCUGUCCAACAACAAUUCUAAUGAAGCCAGUAUAUGAAAAUAAAUAAUCCCAUAUUUUACCAACCAUGGUGUUAUUAUGAAAUGCAGAAAGGCUUAGCCAAUAAGCCAUAGACGUUGUAUUCAUGUUAAUGUCUUAUAUGAACAAGAUUGAUGAUGUCAAUUUGAGCCCUAGACUGAACAGUGCCAUCUAUACCCUGUUAUUUAAAUAACGGUAUUACAGACUAUUAUUCCAGAAUACUGUUAUUGCUACAUUAUGUAAAACUGUGUGUUUUCUUGAAAAUAAUGUGAUAUCUGACAAUUCUCAAUAUAGUGAAUAAACCAGGUAAAGUUGAUUACAACACUUUCUAUCAUCGGCUAAAAACAACCAACGAAACAUGAAGUGAAAUAAUUCAGCUGCGUCUAUGCAUUAUGACUUCAACAGUUUGCGCUUAAUUGCCAGAUACAGGAUUAUUCAUCAAAGUGUGACGUGUCAGGACUUCAAAGUCAAUUCAAAGUCAAUGCCAAGUCCAAAAUAGCCAAACCGGAAAAAAAUCUCUGUUAGUUUUCUAUUUUGGCCUAAAAUCUUGAAAUUCACUUUGAAUUUUGCUAUGGAUUCUAGGAGAGUCAUAAUUUAGCGAUUAAUCUUGACUAUGUGGAAUAAAAUAAAAUUGGAGAAACACAACCGAUGUGACUUUAGCAAAUAGUAAAAUGGGGCAAGACUAAUGAUGUUGUCACCUCAUUGAACUUUAUGUAUUUUCCCAUUUCAAGGAACAUUUAAUUUACUUUUAUGACAAAAUGUGAUAUAAAUUGGACUAUAUAUAUGGAGCUGGCGGAAAACAAAAAUGAGAAAUGUAUGCCAGCAUGGGACUGGACAUUCCCGAUGCGGAUAGUAGAAUAGCACACACUAUCCUUUUAACAUUACAAAUAACAAAUGCUGUAGGAUUUUCCUGCUUAAUUUGCCCAGCACAUAGUUAAACUGUAGGUUUGUAGGUGUACAUAAUAUCAUGCUUUCUUUAAACCUAGUUCUAGCUUGAAAUUGAUGCACUAAUGAUUGUGAUGAUGCAGCUUUUAUUAUGACAAGUGAGACUAUUUUUGAUGUUUAUUAAUUCUAUAAUAUAUUCAGUGGUUUCUACAAGCAAUUUCCUCUCCGUGCAUUUGCAUGGAAUCAUUUCCCAUGUUAUUCUUGUCUAGUGACAGCUCCAAGGUAUUUGUGUCAUAAGAAAUGACUUUCCCAGGGGGUAACUUCAUUCAGAUUUCGUUUUAGUUCUAAAGUGGAUCUGCUUAAUUCCAUGGAGUUACUCUGCCGUCCUGUGUAUAGAGCAGUGCCUAACCUUGGCAAUCCAUCCAUUUCUAAACAAUAUUUUCCAUAAAGUCUAGCCAGCCUAUAAGCUUUUAUUCAUGAUAAAAACAGUUUAGAAGCAUCCAAGAUGCCAGGUAUAUCCACACUUGGUAUACACUAUACCAUUUCUAUAGACCGUUUCAGAGGCAUUGCACUGUAUACAGUAUUUCCCUUUACAUCUGAUCUUUUGCCAUUUAUAUUUUGUGCUAACUGGUAUUUAUCUUCCUCUGGACAUUUCGAAACCUUGGAAAGUUUAUGUUUAAACGUUUCCAGCCACUGCAAAUAUUUGCAAUAACGAUCACGAAGGGCAGAACUCUCAAAACCUCCUGAAUUGCUUUAUUUUCUGUCGGUCAAAUUAAGUAUUGUUAAACCUUUUCUUAAUAGAUGUAUUUAAUUUAAUUAAAUGGAAUUUGUUGGUACCAUUAAAAUAAAAAAAUGUACACAUUUACAGAAAUUAACACUAGCAGGCAAUUCUGAAUAAAACUCACAACAUUAGAAAAAUAAACAAAUUGUAGACGUAACAUAUAGUCACUGCUUCAUACAUCUAAUGUUAUCAGGAAUGUCCUUUAUAACUGGUCAUUGAGUUAGUGGUUCUAACACACCUAAUGAAUAUGAAUAAAAACAAAUGCACUGCUUAAAGCAUUCGUUGCUUGCGCAGUCCCACUGAUGUUAAUUCAGUAACUUCUUACUAAGUAGCUGUCUAUAGUUCGUUGACUUUGCAACAAUUUCUUCACUGUUUUUGGCCUUGGAAUAAUAAUGCGGCAUUUAUAAAUAAAACACAGAAAAAAAUUAUUUAAAAAAUAAAAUAAAAAAUGAGCUUUAAUUUAGUCACUUCAAAUGCCUUAUUGGAUUUACAGCCUAACCUUGACCUAUUUCUCUCUUCCUGCACAGUGGUGGGAGGAGGUGGAAGAGUCAUUAUCAGAAUAUGUGACUAUAACACUGUCACCUUCCUUGGUAAUACAAGCACACCUCAUGACUACCAAAUAGUUUUUCAUUAUUGACAGCGGCAAUAAUGUAACCAAGGCUAUAAAAGAUUUAUAGGUUGUGUAUUUGCAUUAUACAAAUAUUUUAUAUAAAAUAUACUAUGAAUCACUUUUAAUAGGCCUGUUAUUUUCCUAUCGAGUAAGUGUCUCAUUUUGGCGGUUUUGUAACAAGACAUUGAUGAGCCAGGAUACACACUAAAUAGAUAUUAAGUUCAUAUAUACAGGAGACACUAUAAAAAACAUUCAUGUUCUCUUUAAAGUAAUAAGGGGGGUUGAAAGCAUUAAUUUCCAUGACAGAUUGAAUGCAGAUAAGUAAAAGCACAUAUUUGAGAGCACUUUAUGUUCUUUAAUGAAUAUAUUAAUAUGUAGGCUCCAUCAUGUAAAUAAUUAUAUUCAUAUAUAUGUGUGUGCAUAUAUAUAUAUAUAUAUGCUAAACUGCUAAUAUUUUAAGGAACUAAAGUUUUUAGUACACUUUAUGUCCCUGAGCACGCUGGCUCCACCCCGGCUGGCAACAUCAUUACGGGGGAAAGGGGGCAGGGUGGUAGAUAUGCUUUGUCACUUAGAAUAAAAUGACCCAAAUCAAUAUGUUCUAUAUCUUUCCAAAAUCCCAUUACAAUCCAGAUUUGAUUUAAAAUGAUUGCAGUCUAACCUAGCUAAUGCUUUUUAUAAUCAUGAUGAUUUUCCUCUAACUUCCAUUUUCACUCUGUCACAUAUUCAGAGAAAGUUUGCUUAAGUUUUUAUUCUGGAAGUGUUCUAUUCUGUCAGUUUUUUUUCCGUUCAAAUCAGAUAGAAGCCCUUAGAAUAACGAGAUAUUAUCUCACCAGCCAUCAGAUCGAUCUGCUCUUUACAGCCACAUCCUUAUCAUUCUAGAUGUCUCAGUCAUUUUGUUCUCAGCAUGCAUCUCUUUAUCAGGUCAUUUCUCCAAGACACAUGCUUAUUCAACUAAUACAUUAUUCCACAUCUCCUACAAGAAAAUCACACUUUGUUAAUAUUUAAAUAUUAAAAGACAAUAGCCAAGUGCAUAUUGAAGAACUUGCAGGUUGAACUUUUAGAAGCAGCUUUAUUAUAUUUAAAUUGCCUAAUGUAUGUCUAAUUUGCUGUUUAUAUAGUUUCCUGUAUAUUGCUUGAGCAAGGGUUGAAGGUGCGGAGCUUUACAAAGUACAUUUCAUUAAGUGUCCAACUCAGUGUGCCUGGUUGCGCCUUACUCUGUCUACAGAUAUGUUACAUUCCUCUCCCUGUCAUGACGUAUGCUAUAAACCCUAAGCUAAUAUCCAGCACAUUUUAACUUUAUAUAUUCUUAUAUAUGUAACAUCGCCCUAUACAUAUUUUCCUAUAUGUUAUAUUUUUCCCGCACACAGUGUUCCAAAUAUUUUCAUAUUACCCCUUUCCCAUGUGUUAUCCUAUUGUUCUCUUACUGGUGGGAACAUAUAUAAAGAGACAGAAUAUAAAUAAAGAGAUAGGAGGGACAACACUUCGUGCCUUGGGAAAGAAUAUGAAAUGUGCAUAUCAAUUAGACCAGAUAUUUUCAAUUUAGGAACAAAUUCGUUUAAGUAUAGAAGACACUCAGAACACAUUAGACUAGGCUUGGAUGUCUCACCCAUGCAGCACAUACAUAAUAUAACUGAUAUUAUUAGAUAGGUGGAAUGUUUGAGUGUUAUGAAUUUGUAGUAAAUCUGUAACACUGUAACUUUUUUAUUUUGUUCUUCUGUUAUAUCUAGCAUAUUCUAAGUGAAAUUCUCUCCAGUCAGAAUCGUGGUGCUGACUGUUUAAUUGUAAUAUCAGGUAGAAUACCUUAGUAGUACUAGACAUGGAUUUAUCUGAACAUGGGGAUAAAGUUAUAUAUUAGUUCUUGGAAAAGGUGACAAAAGGAUAUUACAUUUAAUAUUAAUACACAAUGCAGAGUGGAUUAAUCUCAUGGUUUGCCAAUUGGAAGUUCUGGUGGUGAGAGAAGACUUUCACAACACUCGUAUAUUGUCCUUUGGAAGAAACGUUGCCUCCAUUGGUCACCUAUUGCUUGCAUGCUGUGCAUACUGGCUGCAGUUGCCAAAUGUGCACAGAUUUAACAUUUGUUUCAGGGGUGACUAAUGAUGCUACCGGAGGUGGAGUUACAUCUCUGUAUGUGUACUGUUUCAAAUAUAUAUGUCACACAUACAAAAUCCAAGUGCCGCAACCACUUCAAAACAGUGAAGUGGCCAUCGUGUUUGGAGUAAACCUUUAAGCACAACAUACAGAGAAAUGUGAAUAAAAUUACUUAUCUAUGUGUGUCUACAGCUGGAGACUCGACCCAUGACUAUUGCUUUUGGUGCCAUUGGUUUGUGAGAGUGAAUGCUAAUAUCUAUUAGCAAUGCACUCAUUAUUUAAUUUACAUGAGUGCCAUUCAUGAAUACAUGAUGACGGUAUUACUCUAACACACAGGUGCACACAUUAUUGGUGAAGAGGUUAAAAAACAUCAGCUUAGUCCAUGUUCAAAAUCUAAUGAUUGAACAAAAUGAUCAGAUUGAUAUGGAACUGCUAAACAGCAUAUUAAAACUCUACAGUGAUACUAAAAACAACAUAUGUUUUUCUUUUAACAGCUUUUUAA